AUGACUUCAAGUUGUAUGAUUCCAGUGUUUGCUUUGAUGAUUGGGUGUUUAGCCUCUGCAGGUAAGUGGCCUCAGCGUCAAUUUGGGCUUCCAGAUGUUGCAAGCACUUGGAUUUAAUUGCAGGUUGCAUUUUUUUUAAUCGCCGGGAGGCAUUUAGUUCAAUACCAAUGUAAAUGUUCCCUGGCGUGACUGCAUUUGCAAGAAAUAAUAUUUGGAACCUUGUUAUGGUCUACUACUACAAGCAAAACUGCACAUUUUAACAGAAUGGGUGUGUUCGUAUUCUGCCUGUGGGCAGUUAGUGGCUUCCAUGGGAAAUGUGAUAUAGAAUGAUAUAGAUGUUUGGUCUGAUCCAGCAGAACUGCUUUUUUGUACUUAGAAUGGUCCAUUUCCACCCAUGUGUGCUUGCUGUUCAUUAAGAUUUGUUGGAGCAACUCCCCUUCACAUCCCAUUCAACAUCUGAGUUGUGUUUGCCUGGGACACAAGAGAGACCUUUCUCUGUAGUAAUGCCUAGGCUUGGGAACUCCCUUCCGAGAAACGCCUGCCUUGACCUCUCCCUGAUUGUGAGCCACCGGAAGGCCAAGGCAUUUCUCCUUAGAUGGGUGUUAGAUCAGCCAAACUGCUCAUGUUUUUAAAGUAAUUGGUUUUGAGUUUUUAAUCUUCGCUGUCCUGAUACAUUUUCAUCUUUUUGUUGGCUUUGUGUUGGCCACAUUUGCACAUAAUGCUAAACCAAGAUCUAGUGCUAUCUGCACAAACAGGAAGGAGCCUGAGUGAAGCACCAGGCUUGAGAGCUUCUGCCUCCCUUCCUGUGCUGCCUGAAGAACUUUGCUAGUGUUUAGUUUCAGGUUUCAUUAAUCAUGGCUUGUUAUGCUGUGCAAACCAGAGAGUGUCCUUUAAAACAAACACUGGUCAGUUGCAAAGCAAUCAACUUCCCAACCAUGGCCUGAUUUCAUGUAGCACCAAGGCAAGGUUAAUGGAAGCCAAGGUAUAUAAACCAACAAACCAUGGCUCUUGAGUGUGGAUUUUGUGGUUAAUAAACCAUGGUUAAGAUGCUGGGCCAGGUUUUGACAAUCAAAUUACAUCAUGGUUUAUAAACCAUGGCAUAUGCAAACUGGGCCCAUGAAGCUGACUUGUUCAAGUAAGCAGAUUUUGCAUUAAACUGAUGUCUGAUUCAUAUGCAAGGUUAAGCCAGGAAUCUCUGAAAGUAAAUGCUAGUAAAGUCCUUCUCCAAGCUGGACAGGAGGAACAGGGCGAAGGCAGGGGAGAGCCCUGUGGCUUUGGUCAGGCUCUUUCCUGCUUGCACACAUGACACUAUACCUUGGUUUUAGAGCAAAACUAUGAAAAUGCAUGCGGGCUCAAAUACAUACCAGCAGUAAGUUCAUAUGAUUUCUAAUCCAUGGUGUUUUGAAACUGUUUCUGAAGCCCACAAGUGAUUUUUGUUCUGGCACAAAAGUAUAGAGUCCAGCGGGGAAGUGUCCAAGAUGUCCAAGAUGAUGUAGUGGGGAGACAGUGGACAGUGGAUGGAUGUCUCGUUUAAAUAUGAGAUGUUCUCAUUGUGGAAAUGGUGACCAACUGCAGGGAAAGACAUGUCUGACCAAUAAAGUGCAUUACAAGCUGGCCUCUUCUCUCUCUUGUUUUUUCAUCAAUUGCAUGGAAAAUAAUACUCUUUCAAAAAUGUGUUUAAACCUUCUGGGACUUUCUCCAGGGUUUAACUUCAACGAAGGCAUCCAGCCAGUGCUUAUUUUGAUUCGUUAACACGACGUGAUGCCUGGAUGUUGUAAUGGUCUUAUUUGGUGACAGAUAAAUAUUUAAAAGUAGGCCAAAUGUGUCUGAAGGUGAUGUGCAGGAUAUUGAUGGUUAAUAGCAAUACUUAGCAUUUUUAAGUGCUCAAAGGACUUUACACACAUCAUCUCAGUUAUCCUUAUGGCAACUUUGAAACGUUAGCCAGCAUUGCUAUCCCUUACUUCAGAGAAGUUGGUGGCUUAUCCAAUGCUACUAGCUGAGUUCAUAACCAAAGUGAGAUUUGAACUAAAGUUCUUUUAGGCUGCAGUCCCAUUAUGUAAGCCCAUUGAACACAGUGGAGAUUACUUCUGAGUAGACAUAUCUAGGGUUCCAGCCUUAAUUAUUAUUUUCUGCUUGCCAUUGCAUCAACAAAUGAUUUAGUUGGCUCAGACAGGAUCUUACUCGAUGAUUUUGGAAAACAGAAGUUGCAUUUCAUCAGCACAAAUAAAUUAGUGGUUGUUGGGGAGGGGGAACGAAGUUCACCUCUUGGAUAUAUCUUGAGCAUUAUUUUUAUGAAUUGCUUCCCAUGAGACAUCCCAAAAGUAUUUGCAAUAUUUGCCCUCUCUAAAACAAUCUUGGAGGUUGUGGACCUCGGCUGCCGGGGAGGAGUAAUCAUUUAACUGGUACAGUUUUUGGUCCUCAGUUUCCCAGCUCAUUUACAAAGGUCACCAGUACCUUGAACAUAGCCUUACAAGGUGGUUCUUACGAGGAUAAGGGGGAAGGGAAAUCCAUGCUUGUAUGCCAUUUUGAGCCCCUUUGAAGAGUGGCAUCCUUUAAGACUUUGGCUGCAUUCACGCAGCAGUUUAUCCAGUUUUCCUGAUGUUUCCCUAAGUGCUGCCAGUCAUGCUGGCUCUGCACUAUUUCCACCGCCAGAGAAAGCAAUGCUUCUGAAUACCAGUUGCUGGAAACCACAGGAGGGGAGAUUGCUCUUGUGCUGGGGUCUGCUUGAGGGUUUCCCACAGAUAUCUAGUUGGCCACUGUGAGAACAGGAUGCUGGAGUAGAUGAGCCAUUCGCCAGAUGCAGCAGGCUCUUGUGUUCUUACAUCCUUGUUGCAUCAUUUCCCCAAAUUAUGAUUGGUACCAAACAGCCUUCAUGUCUUAUUAGAUAAUACUGUAUAGUAACAGUAUUACUAUUAUUAAAUAGUAACAGUAUUACUAUGUGUUACUGAAUAAUACUGAAGAGUGGGUUUCCCCCAAACCGGUGGGAUAGUGUCCUCCUUACUUCUAACACUAAUAAGGUUUGUUUCUUUUUAAAAUUGUCUGUGUAUGAAAGAUAAUCAUAUCUGUUAUAGCAGAGUUCUUUUAACAACGGAUAGUAAUGCUUUCCCUUUUUGAAAUCUGUUUUCCCUCUUUCAUCAAUUCUGUUAUUUCGUCCUGAUAAGGAAACUGUGUCGCAUCUCAGUUCUAAAGUCGUGCAACACCAUGGUGACGAUUGGCAUGGAAAUGGACAAUAAAAAUAAACAUCCCAUUUACGGCUGUGAUGUCUUUUUUUUUAGAUUUGCUUUUCUGGAAGGAAAAUCCUCAUGGGCUUCCUAGAGUGGAUUUGCAAAAUAAAUUAGAAGUUAAGAUAGUAGAAACCCCUUGAACAGCAUUGUUAAUUGUAUCAUGGGAACUGGAUGAGGAUAAGGAAAUGUUCACCCACUUGUUCUCUCUCUCUCCCCCUUGCUGAGCAUCUUCCAGGUUCAAUAAAGCUCAACAAUUUAUGUCACUGUUUCCUUCAUUAUAUUUAGUCAGAUUCCAUUGGAAAGUAAAAGAUACAAACUUGUUUCCUUUCCUGAGGGGAGAAAUAGCAUGUGACUGAUCUUACAUGGCUUACUUAAUUUGAACAACUUGUAAAGACUUGAGGUUUGUUUGUUUUAUUAUUUUUAUUUAUUAAAUUUCCAUGCCACCCUUUAUCCAAGGAUCAUAGGACAGUUUGCAAUAUAAAAAUACAUAACAAGGUAACAAUCAAAAACAAUAUCUCCCCUUUACUAUUUAGGAAAUAGUAAUGUUUUGCAGGGUGCUGUAAAGAUAGAGGUAUAUUUUUAAUAUAAGAAAUCAGCACACGCAGAGAGGUUGAAAGGUGAUAAAAUGAAUGGGUCAAAUUUUACCAGUUUUGGUACAUCGGGUUAUCAAAUGCAGCAAUAGACAUGCUCCAGAGUUAAUGAACAAGAUGCCCUCCAAACGUUGUUUGACUACAGUGACCAUUGGGCCUGCUAAUUGGUGCUCAUGGGAGUUGCAGUCCAGCAACAUCUGAAGGGCACCAUAUUGGCUGUAUCUUAUACCUGUAUCUUGAAGCAGAUCCAUAAAAGACAAUAACCAUCAGACUCUAAGGAACCUGCAGGCUAUUGAAUCCAGCAUUUAUAGCUAAUCUGCCCACAUCACCAAGAUUAUUUUAACUUCUAAUAUCUGUAAUCACCUGCCUUAAGUAUCCUCAGAAGUUGGAAAAGAGGUUUAGAAAUGAUAUAGAGAAGUGUUUGUUUUCCUUGGAAGCUAGACCUCUGUAUUUGAAGAUUCUUAAGUCUGAGUCCCCAUGGUUUUCUGAUAUUGCUUGCCUGUUCAUAUGGUUCUUUCACUGGCCUCUUUUAAAGCGUGUAUUAAAGAUUUCCCCCCCCCCCCAAUUUGAGGUUGUUGGUAUUGUUUCUGUGUGUCAGAAUUGUGCAAGUUAUGUCUUGUUUGGCUUUUGUAACGCUCUGGUUUGCUAGUGGUAUAUUCUGGCCAAAUGGCUCUUGACAAAUUCCUCUGUUUUUUCAGAGCUUGCCUGCAGAUUUGGUCCCCUGUGGCUUUGAUGCAGCAGAGGAUGAAUAAGAAUGCUCACUGAGUAAACAUGGAAAUUGGGCAUUUCGUUAAAUCUGACACUACAUUGUGCUAGAUGAAUUCUCAAAAGCAUGAUACUACAGGGCAGUAGAACAUCUACAGUGGGGUAUGUUCAGGAUUUGGAAUUCUGUAGAACUAGGUAUUCAGUGUGUAUUAUUAAGCUAUCCAGAGCACCAAGCCAAAAAAGAUGUUCUGCAUCGCAUCCUUAGGUUUUCCUUUUCUACUUUGCUGCUGUUCUUCUGUUCCACUUCCUAUACUGUGUGAAGUAUGACUUUGUGCCAAAAAGAAAUUUUUGCUGAGGUUUCCUUGAGUGCUGCUGAAACUCAAGCAAGAGGAGAUUUCCAGAGAGGAAAUGAGUUGUGAAAUGCUACAAGCCUUUGUACUAUGUAAUUGCUCUCCUUGAUAGUUCUGCUAAGUGAUACACUUGAAGAUGCAAAAUGCUCAGGUGCAAAUAAUGUGUUCUUCAUUAUGUUAUUCCGAUAAAAAAUCAUGGUUUGUUGUUAACUAGCAAAAAUAAGAGAGCAUGCAUUUUUAUUCAUUUAUUGCAGCAUAUCUCUAUGAUUUUUUUUUUUUUUGGAGGAAGGGGGAAUCAAGGUUAAAAACAAAAAUAGGCACCAGUAAAAUCUUACCAUCAAAAUCAAACUCCAAAAGCUCCCCCACAAAUGACAGGAAAGCAGCACAGUGAAAAUCAAUAUAGGGCAUGGCAAAAAUAGUCGGUUUUCAAAUGUCAGCUGAAAUAGAAAAGUUUUUUACCUGCCUAUGAAAGGGCAGCGGGGGGGGGGGGUGACAAUCUGCUUCUGAGCUAUGCUCAAGAUGCUAGCGAUAACUUACAAAACCUUAAAACAAUUUGGAACCUGGGCAUUUCAAGGACUGCUUCUUCUUGUACUGUUCUGUACUGCAGCUUUUUCCAGGUAACGUGAAGCUGCAACACUUGCUUCCUGGAAGAUAGAGGGGCCAGAUGGUGAGGUCAGCACACUGCAGACACAUAGGCAGGAGGCUGGAUUAGCUCCACUGGUGCAAUUGUGGAAUGCUGGAUUGUCUCCCCAACUGUGGAAUGCUCUCGCCAGAGAGACUCGCCAGGCUCCAUCAUUACAUGUUUUUAUCUCUAUCUUCCAUCCAUGCAAGCAAGAGGCAUUAUCAGAGUUCAAGGACCUAUUCCAACCAGGCAAGAACUCUCAGGGAGGCUGCAAAGCAGGGCUGGUAAGGGAUAUGAACUCAGGGGGAGGUGUGUGUCCCGAAGGGCUGCCUUUGGUCCCCGGGCCUGAGGUUCCCCACCCCUUCCAUAGAGUAUAACAGAACUCUGGAAUAUAGCACCAUAUUUAUAAAGUGCCUAUUUAUAAUACAGAAGUUGCAAUGCAAUUUAUCCUAUGUAACUUACAAAGCAACCCAUCAAGCACCAGGAACCUCUGUCCCACAGGAAAAAUUAGACCUGGCAGACAGUUAUCCUAUUAUUGUUUAGGAAUCAGCAGCGGUUGUUUUCCCCAAGCCACACCCAUGACAUCAGGUGUGGGACAUGCAAAGAUGCAGCUGCAAAGGAACAUUUGGGAGUCUUAAAGGAUGCAUCUCAUUAUUCCUUGGCAAAUGGGCUUUACAUUUGGCCUGUUUUAAAUUUGGCAUCAAAUGCAAGCAAGGGAUUGGCUUCAUUUUGGGAGGCUACAGUGCGCAUCUUUGCACAAAAGCAAGACCAAUUAAGCGAGAUGGACUUCCUCCCAGGCAAGUGGAUAUAGGACUGAAAUAAAAUAGUAAUAAUAAUUUCAUUUCAUGCAGGAGUGCAGAGCCCUUAUCCAGAAUGAAUAAAUGUAUUCCUUGCUAAAGGCCUAUACUUCUUAAAAGAAUCAGUACAAGAAAAACAGCCAGUAUUUCUGGCCAAUAAUGUUAACAAAAAAAUUCUAGCCAAUAAUGUUAAUGAUAAAAUUAGGUUCUAAAUCCACAAAUGAAGCAGGCUUUCAGUUUCUGAUAUUUACAAAAGAUUUCUUUUUUUAAAAGAACAGCUGGUGUCUGUGCGCUUGAUGCCUUUUAUACUUGCCGUAUAAUCAAAACCUUGAGCAGUGACAACAACAAUGUUGGCAUAGGCAAAUAUAUUCCAGUGGAAAAGUUUAUCAUAUGCAAGGACUGUGGGAGUUCAAUAGCAUUUUUUAAUGAGCACAUCAGGACAGCAAUUGUUUUUCCAACAGCAGAUGCUUCAUUUCUAGCCAACACACUUGGGGCUAUAUUUUUUACACUACUUCAUGUGUAACUUCAUUCCUCCUGCAGACAGUCCAGCUGUUUGAUAGGUGUGUGUAUUCCCCUGUGCGGUAGCCAGUGUUUUACAAGCUGUCAGUUACUUGCGUAUGUACUGUCACCAUGCUGGUCUCUUAAGCAUUUAUCCCCCAUGCUGUUUGUUGAUCACUUUCUAAGCGGAAUAUCCCAUUUUGAUGUAAUAUUCAGUCAAGGGUUCAUGGCUGGAAAAAAAUAUUUUAACAAGUGAAAAGCAAAAGCUCCCAUCUCCAAUUCUUAGCAAUAUACAAAUAGCAUUGGUGAGGUUUGUUGAAAACUCCUUCCAGGCCACUUAGCCUUGCCCAUUCAUAAUGUUGAUGUAAAUGAUAAACAGAGGAAAUAUUGUUGCCACGAUGGAAGGGGCUCAGCAGUGGAACACACUUUGGUUUAGCAAGGAGAGAACUUAAGCAUGAGCCUGGGUUCAGGUGGCAAUUGCAGACCCUCCAAGAGUCCCUAUUUUCUAGGGAUAGUCCUGGAUUUACAGAAACCAUUCUGGUUUCUCCUUUGAUCCUGGAAUGUCCCACUUUUCCUUAGGAUGUCCCAAUUUUCAUCUGAGAAAUGUUGGAAGGUAUGUGGACCAGAGGUUCCCCUAGUGCUGCCAUACACACUUGACUGGGAGUGAGCUCCGUUGAACUCAGUGCACUUGGCUUGGGAGCAAAAAUGACCAGGGAGGAGUACAGUGAUUGCGAGUGAGCUCCGUUGAACUCAGUGCACUUGGCGUGGGAGCACUGAGUUCAGUACAGUGAUUGCAAGCUCCAUAGAGUAGCUUACUGUGUUGUGCAAACUAGACCUAUAAGGGUAACAAAAGCAUAAUGUAGAAAGAAAGCACUUAGGGUAGGUUGAAAGCUUCCCCAAAAUGCAUUUUGUGACUGCAUUCACAAAUGUCCAGAGACUGAUUUUGCAGAAUCAUAACUGACCUUCUACUGUGUGUGGCAAUGUGAGCAAGUGCAAAGUUUGCGGCUGCAUUAUAAGGAGAGUGGUGGACCAGAUAAACCUUGGGAUGCUCCAGGAAGGCAAUUACCACAUUCUCAUGUAUUGCAUGCACUGUCAUUUUUAUGAAGCUCUGUUUACAGUUGACCCUGGUCUUCUGUUUUAAUAGGCAAAAGAGAGAAGCGAACCCAGUCUGGAGGUCAUAAAUGCCAUAAUAUGAUAUGUAUUUGUAUUAAUGGAUGCAUGUGUUCCAAGUGAACUGUCCAGAUCUGUGUAACUUGCCUGGCAGAUAACAAAGUUGAAAUGUGUCCCAGUGCCUUUGAUUUACAAACGCACCCCCCGCCCCGAGCCCAGCUUAAGCUUCAUAUUAAGGAUUCUGAUGAGGACUUAGUUGUCUGGGCCAUCCAUCUGCUUCUGAAUAAAUGUCAGUGUUAGGACAUCUGAGUAUUUAUUAGUGGAAAAUUUCCCAAACAGUUCAUCCUGGGGCUGCAGUUAUCUCAUUUAAUUUGGCUUUGAAGAACCAUGUUGGAGGUAGUUUGUUUGAAGGUUUGUGUUUGGGUGCUAAUGCAUUUUAAAGCAGCAUUUAAUUGUUUUGGGGCUUCCCUUAUGGUCUUUGAAAAUUCAUCUUUUUUUUUUAAUUAAAAAAAAGCCUGUGUUUUGUGGUAGUGGUGAUUUGAUUGGAUGCUGCCUCAUGCCAGUUGCUGUUUUUGGAUUACUACCAACAAUUUUCCUCUUUGAAAUAAUGUUCUCAGCCAUAUUGUUCUCAUGGCUUGUGGCCACCACUGAACUGACCCUCCCUCUGGGAACCUCAGAUUUUCACCCUGGCACUUUCAGGGAAAUGAAUUUGGCAUAGUACUUAUCAGACCCUAGAAGAGUCGUAAUUUGGCAUAAACCUGUCUAAUGGGGGAAGGACAUGCCAAGCAGUGUCAGUCUUUAGUCUCUAGUGAGUAUCAAGCGUUUCUGAGUCCAGGUUUAUGCUCACAAGUCCAGUUGGGGGAGAGAAUGAGAGUCUGCUGGCCCACUCAGGACAAGGGUCAGCUUGUCUCUCUGAUAACACAUCAGAUCUCCCCUCAAGCACUUGGAAGCCUUCACUUCGUUAGAACAUCAGCUUUCAGCUCGUUUUGACUUGUGCCUGGCUUUUAUCUCUGUUCUGCCAGAUGUUCUACCUUCUGACUUCCUGUUGCUUUGCUCCUGCUUCAGAGCAGGUUCUAUUAGCAAGCCACUUUGGACUGGGCUGUCAUAAAAUAAUAAUAAUAAAAUAUUUUCAGAUAAUUUUUUUUAAUGAGCGCCUUCACAUAAAAUAAAGGACAGGCCCUGUUCUCAGGAUCAGUCUCAGAUUCUCACAAAGUGCACAUCCUUCAUAAUUUCUCUUAUGUAAGUAGGGACGUCCCAAGGAAAAGCCAGACAUUCCGGAAUCAGAUCAGAAACUGGGACAGCUUCUGUAAAUCCAGGACUGUCCCUGGAAAAUAGGUACACUUGGGGGUAGGGAGGUCUGAGAGUGACAGGAGCUGUGUUAACCCUUUCUGUUGAGGGACACAUGGUUUUGAGUUAGGCACAAGAGGGUCAUAGCGGGGGCCUUCAUCGUUAUUGUCCUCUCUGCCAUCUCUUAAGUUCUUUAACCACUGAUAUCCGAUCUCUUCUCAAUCCAGUUACCUUGCAGAUUUUUAGAAGGGCUUUACAAUUUUUAUUAUUUUGGCAAAAACAAAGAAAAAGGUAGCCAUCUUGCUGUUUUACCUAUGUUCUCUUAAAAAUGCUUAGACAUGAUGUGUUAUGUAACUGGUUAAAUGAGUAUGUUCUCCUCCCAUCUUUUUCUGUAGCUCCUGCUACAUUUUCCUUUGUCAAUGUAGAGGAUUCAGAAGUACUGGAAAGAGAGGCUGCUGUAUGACGAGAAAAAUGGUACCAGCAAACUAUUAGCGUUAUCUCUUAGCUGCGAGCCAGUACAGAAAUCAAAACAAGACCAUAUCAUAAGCCAUUUUUCAAAGUAUUGAUAUAAUAAAUGUUCUGGCCUUUGCAGUAGCAGUGUUUAUUACAUUUAGUCUUUCUUAUUCCAAGGACAUGGCUCCAUUACAAUCUAGCUUUGUGUUCACACUGUAACCCUGUCAUGCAGGCUAGGUUGAGAGGCCAUGGUUUGUCAAAGGUUACUCACUAAGUCCUGUGGCUUAAAUAGGAAUCUGGACCUACAUCUCUCAAGUCCAAACCAAUGUAGCCAAUAUAUCUCAACAUCUGCAAUAUGCUGUCUUCUUGAUGAUUUCCAUUUCCAUCCAUGCCUUAUGUUUCCAAGAUCAAAACUGUACAUCUGCAGCAAGAGGCAUGCGAGUAAGUCAACACAUGAACACCAGAUCAACCUUGAUUUUAUUGGUAUGAUUUAGAAGAAAAGAAUUCUAAUGAAAUGUUUCUGAGUGCUGCACCGUUUAAUGGUGUUGUUAAAAUCUUAUAGUAUGUAGCAAAGGCAUAACAGGCCUCCCCUGUUUCUUCUUUUUGUCCAUUUUUGAAAGUUUGCAGAUCGUACAGUGUCUGCCUGCCAGGAGUAAGUUUAUUUCUGCCGAGAUGUGUCCCACUGCACAUGAGCAUAUAUGAUGAGUGAGUUGGCCAGAAAACAUGACCUCUGCAUUCACUUUUUGUUAAAAGUUUUCUGGAAGGUAUAAGCUAGGACUCUUGACCAGAGUUAGUGUUAGUGAGAACCCUAUUGGAGCAGAACAGGAUCCUGUCCUCACAGUGCCAACCAGAUGCCCAUGGGAAGCUUGGAGGCAGGUUCUGAGUUCAAUAACAUUCUCUCUGCUUGCGGUUCUCUCGCCCCUGAGUUAGUGUGCUACUGAUGGAAGUAGAACAUUGUGGCCUUAUCCUGCAUGUUGUUUAAUCCUCUUUUAAAGCCAUUCAAGAUGGUGGCUAUCACUGUGGCUUGUACGAAUGAGUUCAUUUUGUGAUGGUGGCCCCUUUCUAGUUUGAUGAUGAUGAUUUAUAGGCCAAAAGAGAAGAGAGAAUAAAACUCAUAACACUAAUUCAUCCCCUCCAAAGCUGGAGUACUGUCCUGAAUUUACUAGGAUGUCCAAUCUGCAGCCAAAAGACAUUACUCACUGGAAAAGUGCAACAGGGCAAGGAUGAAAACUCGUGCCAAAUAACUUUGAGGUGCCACAAAACUUUUUUGUUACGUUUCCUCCAUACUGUUUCUCUCUCCCAUGCUCCUGGUUGGGGGAGAAAUGAGGUUGAGAGAGAACAAUAAUUUGAUGCUACUCUUUCUUGUGUGUUUCUAAGGUAGCUGGUGAGGAUUGUAGGCCACAACAUCUGGGAGGCACCAGUUUGACAAAAGACCACUGCAGGGCAACAAUUCCUGGGGAAUAUUAUUAUUAUGUGACAUUCAGAUUAAAUUAAUUCCUUGCUCAGCUUCCCAGAAAACAUCUCUUAAGUGAUGCCAUCAGAAACACGUGUCAGAUUUGUGGGCACUGCUCCCCUUCCUCCUUGGCCGUGCUUGAACUGCCAAUAAAUAAUAACUGUGUUGGGGGGUAGGUGUUUGGGUUGUUUCUGUUUGCUACUAUGAUACAUAUUUUUGGGUUCACUUGGGAUAGCUCAGUUGGUAGAGCAUGAGGGUUGUGGGUUCAAGCCCCACAUUAUGCAAAAAGAAAGAUUCCUGCAUUACAGGGGUUUGGACUAGAUGAUCCUCAUGGUCCCUCCCAACUCUACAAUUCUGUGAAACUGUGAUUUUAAAUUGUAAACCGCCCUGUGAUCUUGGCUGAAGGGCAGUAUAGAAAUUUAAUAAUGAAUGAAUGAAUGAAUGAAUGGAACACAGCCAAGUGAACACAGAAUGUCCCUAGCCUUUUGAUCCAAACUUAGUGUUUGAACAGCAUGGCAGAUCUGGGAAAGAGCAUGCAUGAGCUUAAGACCUGCUCCUGAUAUCAUUUUGAGCCGAAGCUGUGAGGGAAUAGUGAAUAGGUUUCAAAGCACUCUGGGUUUACUUUAUGACUUUAUCAGUUCAUUGUACUGUCCUAACAAUGCUGUGUAAUGCAAGGGUGGGGAACCUGUGACACACCGGGUGUUGCUGGACUACAGCUCCCAUUGUCCAUGACUGUUGGCCAUGCUGACUGGGACUGGGAGCUGGAGUCCAACAAAAUUUGGAGGGCUACGCAUUCUCCACCCUUGGUUUAACAGAUAGGCCCUUGCUUAAAGAGGCUAGUUUGGGGGUGGCUGUAAAAAGGGGCAGAAUUAAUGUUUAGAUUUUGCGCUAUGGCUACCUCCCACCCUGAUCUCAAAUUACUUUCCAUUAUCUUCAUUGCUGCCAUUUAAACAGAGUCCUCAUUUUUGUGUAUCAAAAUUUCUUAGGUUGGAGGUUAUAAGCAGGAUGGGGACAGCAAUGUCAGCUAAUAAAAAGAAGAUCUUUAUAUCUAAUGUUAAUAUUCGCCACCGGCAUUUUUUGCAUGUGAGUGUGGGGCAGAUCUCCGCUUCCUGCUGCCAAAGUUAAUAUAUUUGUAAAUAACGUAAGUAAUGUAAAUAUCUCCCAAUACAGAUUUUUCACAGAAAUCUGUUCAGAGUCCUGUUUUUAUGUCCUGCAAUGCCUCUAAUUCAUUUGUGACUCUAAAUGGAUGUCAAAUGAGACAGUCUUUUAAAAACAAUUGGCCCAGUUAUCUCUUAGAUAAUCUCAUGGAACAUUAAAGCUCAACAUUGUAGUUAUAGCACAGCUUUCUAAAAUCAACAAGAAUGGACUGUUUUACAUGCUGUGAAAAAGGGAUUGUUUUGUAUUUGGUUUGGAUCCCUGUUUCCCUUCCUAAUGAGUGAAAAUUACCCUUGGCUUUAUUAAGGGCUGUGAUGUUGGUCAGCUGUUUGUAUGAGCUUUUGGCUGGGGAUUUUGUAAACUGUACGUUUCAUUUCUAUUCUAUUUUGUAUAGUGUUGAUGUUGUGAAAGCCGCCUUGUGUAUUUUUUGUGAAAGGUAAUAUAUAAAUUCAUGAAUUACAUUUUAAAAUGCAUUAUAUUUUAGUACAUCAGUUAUACAAUUGUCAUUUAUCUUACACUCUUUGACUUCCACACACAUCCCUCUGUCGGGUUUUAUUUAGUCCUUGUUAAGCUGCAUCUCCUUAAUUACCACAAUUCUUCUGCUUAUUUUAACUACUGAUCAUAUAUCUAACCCCACUUGGAAGUUUAUCUGAUUGUUAUAUUUCUUUAAAUAUUCGCCGAAGUAUUCCCACUCUUCUUUUAUAUCCGACAUCUUGAUUUCUUAUCUUUCCAGUCAACAUUGCUAGCUCCACGUAAUCUGUUAGCUUAUUCUGCCAGUCUAUUUUUGCGGGACUAUUUUUGUCCUUCCACCUUAGGGUAUAUAAUAAUAAUAAUAAUAAUAAUAAUAAUAAUUCAUGAAUUACAAUAAAAUAGUGUAAGAAAGUUUUCUGCAAUAUGGCAUUUUUCCGUGUAUAAGACUAGGUUUUUUUCCUAAAAAAUAAUGUCAAAAAUUAGGGGGCGUCUUAUACUCUGGGCCAUCUUUCCCCAUUUUCUUAAAUCUGAGUCCCCCAAAAUAGGGGGUGUCUUAUACAUGGGGGCAUCUUAUAGAUGGAAAAAUAUGGUACUCCCCUUUUUUAAAAUUAAGAGGCUUCAUUCUGGCUGUGAUUGUCAUUCCGUAGGAAGUGAAAAGCGGACUUUGGUUCAUAAUUACAUUCAAUAAUAAUAACAAUAAUAAUAAUAAUAUUGUACCACUCUUAAAGGUAAUGGGUAAAGGGACCCCUGACCGUUAGGUCCAGUCGCAGACAACUCUGGGGUUGUGGCACUCAUCUUGCUUUACUGGCUGGCGUACAGCUUCCGGGUCAUGUAGCCAGCAUGACUAAGCUGCUUCUGGCGAACCAGAGCAGUGCACAGAAACGCCAUUUACCUUCCUGUACCGGAGUGGUACCUAUUUAUCUUCUUGCACUUUGAUGUGCUUUCGAACUGCUAGGUGGGCAGUUCUGAUCAGCAAGCCCUAGGCUCUGUGGUGUAGACCACAGCGCCACCCGCGUCCCUUGUAUCACUCUUACAAGUGUUCAAAGCAGCACUCUGUGUAUAUUACCUAAUCCUUGUAACAUGCUAGAGCAGGGAGAGCCAAUGUGGUGCCUUUUCUCAUGACUAUUGGCCAUCCUCACUAGGACUGAUGGGAGUCCAACAAUGUCAGGAGGAGGGUACCAUGUUGGUUACUCUAUCAGUGUAAAGUAAACCAGUAUAAUUAUUCCCCAUAUUGUAGAAGGUGGGGAGAACUGAAGGGGGGGGGGAGAGAGGCUUUCAUUGAUGAGAACAUAGCAGAGAUGAGAAUUCAACUUGUGCCUCUUUAUACAUAGCUCAGUCUCUUAACCAACAUGCUGUACCACCUCACGAGCAAUAAAUUAUGUGGUGUGUGAGAGAAAAUGACAAUAUGAGAUUAUAGGAAAGGAAUACUCAGUUUGAUGUUUCUGAAGUUAAGAUUUCUUUGCUGCAUUCAACAUUUUGAAUGCUGGUUGACGCCAUGAAGAUGGUGCCUCGCUUUUAUCUCUCUUUCUCUAGGACCAACAUGGCUACUUUGGAUGGAUUGUGAAGUUCAGUGGUACUCCUGGUACAAGUAGAGAAGACUUGAAUGUAAUGGUCUGUAGGCUUUUAUGAGUAAACCUGCUCACUAAGAUUAGCAGGCUGCUAAAUUUCAGACUGAGAUUAAUUGGCUUCAGUAUUAAGCUGACUUUGACCGCUAGAGAGUGGCCUCAUGUCACCUAACAUAACAAAAGUUGCUUCCUUGCUUCUCGAGCCUCUCUUUUCAAGAAGUUGCUGUCUUACAAGCCUCCUAAAGAAAACCAAAUUUUUGUGUCCGAGUGUAUGACCUAUGUUGUUAAAGAUCAAAUUAGAUAAAUUUUAGACAGCUAUACAUUCCCGAAAACAGGUUAUACUUGAAUGAAAUGGCCACUACCAAAGUUGUUUUGUUUAAUGUUGUGACAGUCCAAGUUUGCCCUCCUCAGGGUUGGAUGUUGUCAAUUUUGAUGUACACUGAAAGGCUGUCAGACUCUUUAGAUAAAAUAAAGCUCUUUAGUGGAGAGAGAUAACCAUUGUGAAACCACACCGAUUACGAGGGCUGCCCUGCCCCACCACAUACAGCACUAAUGGCUGUAGGUAUGUAUAUCUUCUAUGAAGCACUUAUAUUAAAUACCAUUGUUCCAUUAGAAUGUGUAUUAAUAAGGUUAUGGAAAUAUAAGUGACAAAUAGAGUGAAACUGGUUAACCAUAAAUGUUCACAAGCUUCUGCACUACAGCAAAGAGAACAGCUGGCCAUUAAAUUAACAAAAAUCAGAUUGAGUUUUUAAAGUUACAUUUUUGUCUCCUGUAAAUGUUGUUUUCAUCUUGUUAUGGAAACGAUGUGUAUCUAAUUUUAAGUGGGUAAGAGUAGGAGAAGGAGGCAAACAUCUCCUUUCAUUUGCACUUAAUAGCUGUGGAAGUGGGAGGUAUUAGCAGUGAGUACCAAAAUUGAUGCUGCAGUGAUUUCUAAACAAAACACGCAUCAAGGAAGAUGGAAAGAGAGAGUGUCGGUUUAUUCCUUACAUGGCUUGUUUUUCAAAGAUCUGACUUCCUUGAUAACUUCUAAAAAGUAGUUUGUGUUGGAGGGAGUCACAUCCCCAAACAGGAAAAAUUUACUUGCAUGAUUUCACGACCAGUCCCCCAAAGGAUUUUUGAGAUAAUUACAAGUUAAGCUGUGUUUUUUUAAUGGUUAGGGUUUCCUUUUCAGUUGCUUCUUUUGUGUAAAUAUACCAUUUUCUGGAAGUGUUUGCAAAUGAAUACAAACUAACUAUAUCUGGACCUGCAAAAAUUGCAAAUCCUAUGCAGACGUUCAAACCCUGUGUGUGUUAGUAGGGAAAGUGGGAUUAUAGUAACCUAACUCUCCAUUUUAGGUUAGUUCACGGGACUUCACAUUUUCAAAAGAGCCACAUACAUGCAAUUAGUAUACAGGUGGAGUGGACCGAUGUGCAUUAUUGUCUGUUCUAACUAUCACAUUUCUGCCAUUUUGAAAAUCUACAAGUAAGCCCUGAAGUUCUUGUUUGGUUUAAGUUUGGCUCUGCUUCAUAUUGGUCAGUUGGAUUGAGAACCAUCUUCCUCUUUCAAUAUUUAAGGAACCGAAAGGCUAGGUGGAAACGGAAACAACUGUGGUUCUGAGGUUGUCAGCCAGAUUUGUUGGUUUAUUAUGUCAGGGGUGGGGAAUAUCAGGCCUGGAAGUGGUCCUGUAGGCCUCUCUCUGGGCCCCGGGACUCUUCCCAGGUCACAUCCACUCUCCUAGCUCACAUCCCUCGGUUCAUUCUGCUUCCCAUCCUUCCUGAGUGUUUUUGUUUUUUGCUUGCUUGGAUGGAUGGAGGAUAUAGAAGGCUGUGUGAAUGUGGAUAGGAACGAGCCUACUGUACUAAUGUAUAUUUCAUAUUUCUUGUUCUUUCUACUUUUUCCUUCAGUACGUUGUCCAAAAGUAAAUGUGACCUUUGGCAUGGAAAAGGUUCCCUAUCCCUGGGUUAUGUAUAUUUCUUCUAUGUUAGAGUUUAGGAGGUUCUAGGCAGCCUGCUAGACACCCAUCAGGCUUAGACUGUGUUUUCCUUCAGCAAGGUUGCUGUGUAAAGGAGCUGUCAAGCAAGCCAGGUCAACCACAGGGCAGGCAUAUGCAUGGGAGGCACGGCAUGCAAUUAGCUUUUUAUUAACGGAAAAUAACAACACAGCAGAGUCCUCUGAUUUGCCUUAUUCCAGCUGAGAUGUUGCUGAAACUAACCACUAGCUCCGUCUUUCCCUCUCUAGACUUUCCCUCUGGAUUCCUCCCAAGCAGACGAAGGCUGUGUCAAGGGGGUGAACUCCUCCUCUGGGCCUGUCUGGCCCAUUGCUCAGCAAUGUGCAGGACUCUUCUCGAGCGGGGUGUCAGAGGGAGAGACGCGCCAGCAGGACUGGGACUGUCUUGCUGCUGUGUAGCAGGGGCAAUCUCUGACUCCUCUCUGACUGAGUCUGCACUCACACUGUGACUCUAAGCCUCUGACCCUGUCCUGAAAGGCCCUCCUUCUGGCUCCUCUUGAACGCUCAACCCCCCUGCUUCUAGCACCUCCCAGCUCAUCCCAUCUGCAGGCUGCUCUUCAGUGUCCCACCACCAGGAUCUGGGAUCUAAGUCUUCUUCUGUGGCCUCCCUUGGGGGGCUCUUGGGUGGGGAGCUCCCACCACUUUCCCUUAUCCAGGUUGUCACUGAAAGCCCCAUGCCUUCACACCAGGUUGUGGGAGGAAUUAGGUUGAUGGAGUCUUUGCUUUGAGUCAGUUUAGAAUGAUGGUGCUAUUGUCACCCAGGUAAGUGUUGUCACCCAGGUAGGUGAAGGGUGAUAUCUAGCUAUGAUCUUUUUUUUUUUUUUUAAUAAUAUUUAUUGAGAAUUUUAAGAUUACAAAGAAACAAAGAAAAAAAGAAGAAGGAAAAAACAAGUAACAUUUAAACAAUACGAGUCAAUAAAAAAACAAGGUCAAAAAGAGAAAAACAAAACAAAACACAUAAUACAUCAAAAUCAAAAAGCAAAAAUAGACAAAAAAUUUAAAAACAAAUCCAAUAUUCCCAAAUCAUUAACUGUCAUUACCUUGUUUCAUCGACCUCCUCACACCUCCCUUUUUUGUAUUCUAGUUGUUAAUUAUCUCAGCAAAUCCUUUCCGUAUUUCAUAAUAUUCUGUCAUUAAAUUACCUUAAUCUAUUUUAACCUUAUCUUACCAUAAAAGGCCCUAAAACUUAAAACUUAAAUCUUAUUUAUACCAAAUUCUCUUAACCAUGACAUAUUCUUACAUAAUUCUUUUUAACAUUUCUGCUAAAGCCAAAUAAUUUCAUUCCAACAUUUUUCUAAUACUCUUUACUUUUACAAGAUUUUCCUAAAUAAAUUGUUUAAAACUUUCUUCCAAUCUUCAUCCAACGUCUCUUUCUCCUGGUCUCGGGUUUUGUCAGUCCUUUCUAUCCCAUCCAUCUAGUCCAUCAACCUGGUAACCUUAUAUCCGAGGCCCUUGGAUCUCUUCCAUGUCCCAUCCGCAGAUCUUCUUCAUAUUUAUACCUGUGCUUUACUUUGUCUUCUGCUCCUUUCACUCGGGGACUCCAGCUUGACAAUGUUUUUGUCCCUUCUCGACAGAUCAGCCCCUUUUCCAAAGUCAACACUGAACUCCAUGUGGUAUUUAAAAGCAUGUUUCAAAGUCCCUCCAAAGUUAAGGGCCCGCACAACUCCGAACGCCUCCCGGCCCAAAGCCAGACUUGAAAGAUCAAAACAUCCCUGCAUAGGGGGGUCUAUCCAGCCCCCCAUCUCCAAGCCAAACAGAACUCUGUCUCUCCAAAUCUGGCUUUUUCCAGGUUCAUUCGUCAAGUCCAACAACUCAUGUUCCUGCUGGGCCACAGUUCCCUCCGUCUCUGCCUCACUAGGUCCAGCAACAACCUCCUCCCUCAUCUGAUCUGUCAAAGCACACUCCUGAAUUAAUUCCUGAGUGGGUUCUAUAUAGGUACCCACUACCUGUCCAAACUUUCCGAUCCCAACAGUCAUCAAAUCCAUCUUCUCAUGUAACUGUUCCAAUAAAGCACUUGUCUUACAAAAGGCCAACACCAGAGCCUCCGAGUACAUUCUUGUUGAAGGUCAAAGUCUGGUCCCACGAUCUUAAUCUAUUGCAGCUGCAAAGCUCCCCAGUUCGGAUUUAAUAACAGUUUCACAAGCUCCCUCUAGGGGAAAAAGCUUCUAUUUGUAUCCAUCUCUCUCUCUCUCUCUCUCUUUUUUAAAGCAAAUCUAACAACAAAGUUUCCUUUUUCAGAUAUUUUGUCAAUAUUUUGUUCCUUUUAGAUGCGAAGGGGAACAAUGGAAUCAAUAUGUUUCUCUUCUUUUAACUAUCUGUCAAAAACGUUUGUCUAUAGUCAAUGAACUUCCCGAAGACGUCUGUCCUGACACCCCGCUCCCAGGUUCAGGACGGUGGAAAAUUGCUUUUCUUUACUUGUCUUCUGCAAGUUUAAUCAGUCCAGAAAAAGUUCCCCCCUCUUCUCCUGCUUCCAAGGGGGGUUCAGUAAUUUUAAAUGAUGAAAAUUGAUCCUUUACAGACGAUUUUCUAAGCUCUAGCUUGCCGUGUCUUUGCUUCAAUCUAUUUACAAAAAGCGGAAGGCAGACUUCCUGUUUAGACCUUCCCGCUUCAGUGCCAAAUUAAAAGAAAUUUCUUAUUCCAAUUUUCCGUUCUACUCACGGACAGUUAUUUAAGCUCCAAUUGUCCACAGGAAAAAGUCAGCGCUCUCCGGCAGCAGCAAUGCGGCUUCACUCCGUGAAAGAAGCAGUCGAUUCAAGGCACCGCGCCACUCACCCCACGUCGCUCCGGAACCCCGAAAUCGGGUUUCCCCGCGAGUAGGGGGGGGCGCAAAGGUGCCGGCCGAAUCCCACGUCCACAGGCUUCUCCCGCCUGUGGUUUUUGAUGGGUCUCCGCCUCGCCAUGGCGGUUCAGGCCCUGUUUUCCACGGAGCGGAUUCCUCCCGAUCGGAGGAAAUCCACCAUUGCCAGAGGCGCCAACCCGGAAGUGAUAUCUAGCUAUGAUCUCACUGCACUGUCUAGUUAUUUAUUUUGUACUUAUUUGUAUUUAGUUAUAAGAGAGUUUAGACCUGAUACCGUCCAUCCUGUAUGAGACCUUCGGUCAGCAUAACUACAAAACUAAACUUAUCAACUCCAAAAUAAUAAGCAGUUGUAAAUGUGAGGCCCUAACAUUAAAUAAACAAAUAAAUAAAUAAAAAUCCAUGAACCUUUCUGUGACUUUUUGUUAAAAAGGAUUCCUUUGUUUCUAGCAUUGGGCCUCCAUGUGGGAUAGUUUUGGCUGCUUGUCAUGACUUGAACUGUGCUCAAAAGAAGGCAACAUGCUAUGCUACAAACAGCCAUUUCCCCGCUGUACUGCCUGUCUUAAAACCUUUGUUUCCCAGUGAAUUUAUGUGCUACAUCAUAUAAUAGAAUAGCCGUCUAUUACAUAGAUAAUAGAUCAAUAACCUUGAGCUGUGUCAUCCCCCGCACCCCCGGUAAAACAUAGUUUUUUAUGGCUGCAUCAUUAUUUUCUAUAAUGUGAGUGGGCAAUCAGUGCAUGUCCCGAGGUUAUAAACGGUAUGCAUUCCAUAAUCAAUCAAACUCUCUACGUGUUCCAACAGCAUUGGCUUACACUACUGUAUAACUCCUACUAAUUUCACCUGCCAUUUCUUCGCUAUGUGAUGCAUUUAAUGGUAUUCUGCCUGCCUACCCCACCCCCCACCCCUGGUUUUAUGGAGAGGUGGUGAGUGAUUUUUUUUUUUUAAUAUAACAGUAAAAAGAAACACACUGUUAGGUAAACAGGAAUUUAAUUGGAUGUUUUUAAAUGUAAAACCAUUGAAGUAGUUGCCUAAGGAGAAACUGCUCUCAUUUUGGGAUUAGUUUUGCCUCGUAAGUCAUAAGCUUAUAGCAGCAGGCAGCCACUCAAGAGGCCGUUGGUGUAGCGCAAGUUGAGUGUGCAAAACCCAAAUGUUUGGAUUUCUUUGAAAAUGACAUGGAUUUACAGACCCCGUUGGCCAUUGUUUAAAGAGCAGAUAUAAUUGCCAAGCUAAUCAGAAGCCUAACCCUAGCCCCAAAGAAGAGAGAAAGUUGAGUAAUUUAGGUUUGGCCUCUCAGAGCUGUGUGCGGAUGCCGCAGAAGCACUGGGCGGUAAUUGCUGAUUUGCAAACACAGAUAAAUCUUGUGGUACCUUGUUCCUGAGAAUGCAAGUUAGGUAGGACAUUAAACUGAGCUUUGUCCCCUCCCCACCAUGUCAAAACAUUUCUGCCUGUAGGGUACCAUCAAGAGGUGCUUCAGCGCAGCACAGGGUUUCUCACAUGGUGGAUCCAGUGGGCCAUUUUCAGGUGGUCCUCAGUGCUACAACCUGUCCAAAGCUACCUCACUUGCCUGCCAAACAGUGCCAUAGCCUUUGGGUUUGAUCAAUGCCAGCGGCUCUUUGCAUGCUUAGUAGUGGCUGGGAGACAGAGACGUUCAGGGUUGAGGUGGGGGCAGGGAGAUCUCCUUCUAUCAUCAUCAUCAUCAUCAUCAUCUGAACUGGGGAUAGGAAGAACAAGGAGAAGAAAGGGAAGUUGUUACAGGAGGAAGAGAUGACUGUAAAAGUUCCAGGGAGGAGGGAUGGAGGAAGCAACCAAUUGCUGAGGGAUGGGAGGUCUGUGAAAGGAGAAAAGGAGAAGAAAUUAGAGGAGAUGGGUAUAUAUAUUUUUCAGAGGCAUGUGGUGGGUGAGAAGGGGAAGAUAUAAAAGAAAACGACCUUUCCCAUUUAGAGCCUCUGGUGGGUGGGCCUCAGUAAUUUCAGUUGCCUCAAGUAGGCCCUAUGGUAGAAUGAUGCCCCUGAUGUUAAGCAACUGAGAUAGAAAUCAGAAGUUUCUAGUUCUACUUACUAGGUGGUCUUAGGCAAGCCAUUCUCUUUCAGUCUCACUUUUCCCAUCUGCAAAAUGAGGCUUAAUACUUACUUACCUUGUAAGGGUUACAUCUGAAGCACUCUGAACAUUUGAAAGUACACCUUGGUUUGGUUGGCCAUCUGUCAUGGGUGCUUUAGUUGAGAUUCCUACAUUGCAGAGGUUCAGACUAGAUGACCCUCGGGGUGCCUUCCAACCAUACAAAUCUAGGAUUCCAUGAUUCUAUGAUUGUACUGUUUUCAAUAUCUGCUAAAAACGUUUCUGUUCGGGCAAACCUACGCAGACAUUUCAUCUGAUUGUUAUAUUGUUUCUAAAACUUUUUAUUUUACCUAUAUUUUUGAAAAAAAAAAUUAUGUCUGCUUAUGAAGUCUGUUGAUUUUAUUUGUAUUUUCUUAGCAACGUUUUAUGUGAUUUUAUGUAAACUGCGUAGUGUUUAUUUUGAUUAAGUGAUAUAUAGAUCUUAUUACAUUUUUUUUAAAAAAAAUUAGAUAUUAGGGGUGUUACAUCUGCACCGUAGCCUAAUGUGACAGUAGAUUUCUGCCACUGCUAAGGGUGAAUUUAAUAUUUUCAGAGACAAAACUGACCAAAGCCAUAAUAGGAAAACACUUCGUGGAGAAAUGCCAGCCUUCUGUGAUUUCAUACCAAUAGAACCAAUCUGUAUGUGAUUUUCAAUUAAAUAUUUCGUCAAUAGCUGUUUGUUUCUGGCACAUGUAUCACCAGUCCCUUGUCUGGAUUCAUUUUUCACACGAGGCCCAUUUUACUGAGAGAGGCAAAUGGGAGCGCCAUGGGAACUGUGUUCUGUUUGUUACAAAAUGAGAUAUGUCAACGUCAAGCAAAUUGCAUCUAGGAAUAAAAUGAAGCUGGGGAAUAAAAGUGCCUCUAAGAGGGGGUGGGGGGAGCUAACCACCACCAAGGCAAACCAACUCUGUUUAGGCCUCAUGCUGUUCUCAAGAGCCGUAUCCGUUCAUCUUAUAGAUGCUGGAAAGUAGCCAAGGUUAAGACGAAGGGGUUCUGUCCCACAAGGCAUUAAAAAAGAUUCUCCCAGAUGGAUAUUUACAUGUAAUAAAAGCUCCAAACACUUCAUAUUCCUCCCCGCUCCACCCCACCCAGCAGAUUCCUGGAGCUUACCUCCUGAGAGUAGAAUGAUAUAUAUGUGCUUGGGUGUAACAUAAAUCACAUGCUCACUAACAAGAAUGCUUAAGCGACCAUGUUUACUAGGGUAGAAACAAGAUUUCCUAUCUGUCAGGUGAACAGCUGUAGCUGUUAACAAUUAGUGGGAGAUGCAGUUUUAUAGCUCAAUUGUCCAAAACAGGUGCAAGGGAAGGCAGCCUGGCCCUGGCCCAGUAUUUCAAACAGCGAUAAGAAGAACGGGCCCCAUGUUGUUGUCGAAAAAAGGCAAAUGAAACCCCCAAAUAUCUGGACAAUAUAUAUUUUUUCCCAAUGGGCCUGUGAAUUAAAAUAGAUAGGCCAAGUCCUCUAACUUGGCAUAAGGUUUUUCUGUAAUUGAGCCUAUAUAGUAUCCAUAAAAUAAAGUCUCUUCCCCACCCCCUUUCCCAUCUACUAAAAUAAGCAUGGCUGAAUGCUUACCAGGUCAAAAUGGAAAACCUACAUUCUUUCCCGGUUCUGAAUACACUAAGCCAAUGCUAAGCUAUAUAUUUUCUGGCAGCCUUCCAGCAAAGCAGGCUUUCUAAUUGAAAACAACCCCUGCUUAUUGCUGACCUUCAAAAUGUUCAUGGUUUUGCUGGGAAUGUGGGCCAAUGUUUGUUGUGCUCAGGCACUUAAGAAACACACAGUGUCCACGGGGAUUAAACUGUGGUGGUAAAUUCUGUGGGGAAGGGAUAUUGCUAUAGUAACCCGACGAUGGUUUAUGCUCCUUCUCUCGUGGCUCUUCUACUGUAAAUGGAAAAUACAGCUGUGGCUCUAAAUAUUUGUCCGUGUUUUUGGUGUUUCUAAGCUCAGAUCAUGGCAUCCUAUUUUGCAGUUUAUCCUGUCCCUAAAGUGAGGACUGAAUACUUCUUAAUGAUAACAAAGAUGCUUAAACUGUGUUUCAGGGAUUGCAGCAUAUGGCCUAAGAAAAUGCCCUUUCCUAUGUUUUAUGAUGAGAUGGCCAAGAACAGUGUAUCAAAGAUAAGCAUGGUUUGAUAUCUGAAGGUCCCUGUUAAUAGAACUGUUUAACGUUAACUAUAGACCAGUCAAAUCUGCAAGUGACUUAAGCAUGUUUGCAUAUAUCGCUGAACAGAGUGAAACCUUGCAGUUUUUGGCUUUGUGCAACUUUUAAAACACUUUAAAAAUUAUGAAAGGUUUCGGGGGGCAUGGGACAGGAGAGAGAACCAGUUUAAAUGUUCAUGAUAUUCCAAAUAGCUGCUUUAUUUGGCAUUGAACUGCUGCGUAAACUUAGCAUUAUAUAUAAACUACUUUACAACCAACUUUACAUGGGAUUAUGCAUGUUGUUUGGGGCUUAUUUUUGUCAUCGUGAUUUUUCCUCAGCUAGACUUUUUUUGCUAAAGAUAUUGGAGAAGUGUUAAAGCAAAACAGGGGCAUUAAAUCUGUAGGGACAUAAACCAGUCUAUGUAAUAGUUAGCAUCACUGAGGUUAAGUGAAGCUCAAAGCUGUGUGUGUGUGUGUGUGUGUGUGUGUGAAAGAGAGCGAGAGAGGGAAUUCCACUAAAGGAUAAUUCCAAUCAGUUUUAGAAAUGGGAAACUGAAGCUCUGAGACUUGCCUGAGGCUACCUGGAAAGUCCAUGACUAAGUUAGGACAGCUGCUUGGGCCAGACAGAAAUCUGCACUAUUUUUUCCUAGGGUGAUAGCUACUACUGCUACACUUUUGUGUAGCCUAAGAAACUAAGAUAGAUGUUUCCAACCUUUUUGAGUCCAUGGCUCCUUUGACCAACUCCAUUCUUUCUGCAGGCACCUCUGUGGGACUUGGGAGCCCAGUUGUGUCACCUCUUGUUUGCAGAGCCAGCAGCCUCUCGCCCUUUUUCAAACACUCUCCCUUGUGGAGUGUUCCUUCAGGCUCCUCUCUUCUCCCCUCUCCUUGGGAGUCUUCCGGGAAGCAACUGGUAUCUGAGCCACCCCAUGCGCCAAAGAGAGGUGCCUCUUCACACUGUCCCACAGCGGCCUGGGAAGCACCCCCUGGCCAGCCCCAGAGGCACCAUUCAUGUGGGGAGCUUGUAGCCAGGGCUGCUGCAACAAACAGCUGUGCAAGCCUUUGGGAGGCAGAGACGCGAGAGGGCAUCAGAGGAGGGAGGGAAGGAAGGAAAGAGGGACAGAAGCCAGUGUUGUCUGCAGCACCCCUGACCAUCAUUCAAGACACCCCAGGGUGCCGCAGCACACUGGUUGAAAAAAACUAGACUAAGAUACAAGUGGGAGUGGCUAAGUAAAGCAGGGGUGAUGGAGCUAAAUGCACCAGAAUACAACUCAUGCACAGGAUGGUUUACUAAACCCAUACUUCAUGACCUAGUGUUACUUGUGAAUGCAGCCCAUGUGGCUACCAUUCUCUUACCCAGCAGAGAUCAUGCACUUCCAUCUGUGGAUCUAGAGUUGUAUUCAGCUAACUUUUACUCAGAGCAGACCCACUGAAAUUAAUGAGCAUGGCUAAGGUAGGUCCGUUAAUUUCACCGAGCCUACUCUGAAUGAAACUGGGUUGAAUAAUGCCCACUGUCUUUGGACAUGCAGCUAUAGAGCUGGAUUGUGCCCAAUAAAUUCUGGACUCUUGAAACAAAGCAAAGGCUUUGAAUGCAGUCUCAGAUUUGUAUUCAGGAAAUGUGAGUCUGUUUGUGUUUCCAUACAUGAUUAAGAAUUCAGCCUUUCACAUCCUUCCUCCUCAAGCUUAAUAAUGCAUCUAGUACACACACACAUACAUGUGCAGAGAGAGAAAAGGACAUAUCCAAACAUAUUCUUUGUUCUUUUCUAUUUCCCAAUUAUUUUUAUUUUAAAAACAUUUCUAUAUUUUGAAGGUAGGUGUGUAACUAUAGAUAUAGCUAGCAAGGUGUGAAAAGCAGCUAAAUAAAACAGAAAUCAGAGUUAGUACUUGAAAGCAUGUGGAAUAUGGGCUUGCUUGCAUAAAUUAACUUUUGAUAAAAGGAUGAAAGAAGGCAUUACAACUAAUAAAAUUUCUGGAGAAGCAGAUUUUAUUAGUGAUUGGAGCAACAAAUUUCAGGCUAAUAUAUAGGUCCAUUUUCUCUGUUUUGAUUUCUAAAAAAAAAAAAAAAAUUCAUUGCAGUAAGGGUGGAUGGGGAAAUAAAAAUAGCUUUCUUCCCCCUUAUUUUUGUUAGCAUUUUUUAAAAUUUAAAACCUUACAUGUCAACACAGAAGAAUUGUGAAUAAGCAUAUAACAUGUCUUGUUUGUUAUAAAUAAAAAGCUACAAAAUAAAUGCAACAGGACAGCUAACUUUGGUGAUUGGGCUGCUGGACCUCUGAGCUGGGUUAAUUCUUCUUUUAUUUCACAGCGGAGAUCUAUUUUAUAAUUUGGUGGUGGGGGGUGGUCAUUGUUUUGUUAACUUUUGGCCAAACAUUUUCUCAGAGACAAGGUUAAAGCUUGGAAUAUUAUAGAGAGGGAGGUUUUGUUUUGUUUAAGCUCUUGAAACAAGAUCAGCUUUCAGGUUUGGUGUAAUGAGAUUGGCGAAUGGGAGUUAACUCCUAUUUAAAGGGUCAAUUAUAGGAAUUCAGCCUUCAGUUGAACUUGGAAACUUGUUAUUAUUCAUUAGAAAACUGAAGCUCUCUCUCCUCUCCCGUUCACCCAGGGAGGCUUCACCCACACACCCACAUGGUGAUGUAUAGGCUUAGGGGAGAAUCUUUGUAUUUUGGAAACCACAAGUUGUGUAAAGCGAAGUAUUGGUUUUCCACAGUCUCUCUGCGCCUGAAAACUGCCAUGAGAGAAGUGGUCCUCCUCCUUUUGCCAUCCAAAGAACCCGCCAUACUUGUCAACUUGGUAGCAGAAUUAUGACAUGUAGGCUGCAUUGGGACAGCACUUUAUUCUGUUUCUCUGACAUUCCCUUACCAGAUAAUGGUGUACUUGGGUGCACAUACUUCCACAGAGGCCUUCCAUUGGGUCCAUAUCACCCUCUCCUUGACUCCUCUCCUGCCCCUCCCUCUGCUGAAAUAAUGUUGCUGGACUAAGAAAAGAAGGUAAAGGAUCCCUGGACGGUUAGGUCUAGUCAAAGCAACUAUGGGAUUGCGGCGCUCAUCUUGCUUCAGGCUGAGGGAGCCGGCAUUUGUCCACAGACAGAUUUCCGGGUCAUGUGGCUAGCAUGACUAAACCGCUUCUGGCUCAAUGGGACACCUUGACGGAAACCAGAGCGCAUGGAAAUGCUGUUUACCUUCCCUCCGCAGCAGUACCUAUUUAUCUACUUGCUUGCUUGCUUUCAAACUGCUCGGUUGGCAGGAGCUGGACAGAGCAAUGGGAGCUCACUCUGUCACGGGGAUUUGAACCGCCGACCUUCCGAUCAGCAAGCCAAAGAGGCUCAGUGGUUUAGACCACAGCGCCACGUGCGUUGCUGGACUACAACAGCCUCAGCCCGUGGUCAGGGAUGAUGGUAUUCUGUUGUAUUCCUACAAAAGCUGGAGGGCACCAUGUUGGCUAUCCUCACCUCAGAGGCUGUGUUUUGCGGAAAUAAAUUAUGGAUAUCAGAGUGGGACUUUGUGAAGGUUGAAAUACACAGCUGUUAGGUUUAGGUACGCACAACCUCCAUCUGUACUUUUGCUGGGCAUUUUACCAAACUAGACAAAUCCUGUGAUCUUCCCUUAUCUUUUGUUUUUAGUUUCCAGUGUCAUGUGUUAAUGACUUCUGGCUGCAGGACUGUAACCACAGUGCAGAAAGCGAGCAGCUACUUUCUCUCCCUUUCUUUUUCCUCCCUUUUUAAGGAUAAGGAAUGUACAGACCUGUGCUUAUUUCUGCAGCCACGCAGAGAGACUUGAAGCUCAAUCUGUGUUUACUUUUGUGUGUGUGUGUGAGUUUUGUUUGCUGAUUUAUGAAUUCCUGCACAAUUUGGUUUAAAAAUAAAUACACAUCCAGUCCUGGACUCAUGCCGCAGGUUUUAUAAUGUCUAGCAUUUCCUUACUUAUUGUCUUUUAAUUUACCAAAUGAGCUUAUUAUGACUCAGUUUCAGCAGUACAAUAAACAAUACUACUACGCAUUGGGUCGAGGCUUUUUGGUAGUAUUCUGUUAAAAUACAAUGGCUUUAAAAAUCCGUUAAGGGUUAUUUAUACUCUGUAUAGAGAUAGCUCCGUGGAGUUUGGUUUUCUUCUCCCUUGAGUUUCAGUAUGGAAACUUGACUGUGCAACUAGCUGAAAGUUUCCUGCCCUUGUUACUUAAACAGAGCACUUCCAUCCAUUGUUUUCUGUCCAGCUUCCUACCCUUUCUGUAGUUAAGAAGGUUCAAAUCAAAGACAGAUUUAUGGGUUAUCUGUAGGUGGGGGUUAUAUGCUUGUGUUUGGUGUGGGGGGGGGGGAAGGCUUGACACAAAUGUUACACAAUGAGUCAAAGCGAUGAGUUAAGUCCAGCAUCUCUGCUUUUAUGAGCCUUUUCACUUUCUUGACAUUUCCUGGUUCGCCAAUUCAUUGCAGUAAAAUAUUUUCAAUAACUGAAAUGCUUUGCCUCCUCCUCUCCCCGGUUUGUUUUUAUUGGGAUCUUGAGUGUAAAUGGGUGUUGCGUUUCAGAGUCUCCAAAAUCCUUCCAUUUGCAGGAAUGUGACAUGGAAUUACUUCCUGCACAUAUCAUGAUUCUUAGUUACAGGCAGUCCAAUGUAGUAUGUCAAGAGGAGAAGUGAAUGAAAGGCUCGGGGGGGGGGGGACAGCGAGGCAAGUAAGGGGAAAGCCAAUGUAGCUAAAUAUUGGAGAUUCAGGACAAAAGACACUCACUGAUUUAGGCAACGAUGACUUGCUACCACAGAUAGCUGGUAGCAUUCAUGCCAUUGCUCUCAAAAGGGUAGCCACUAGGAGACAGUGUCUCUAAAAUAUCUCACUGAAGUCUGGAAGAGAUUGAGAGAAGAUGGAACCAGAAGAAACAACGUAAGGAGAGCUGACAGCAUGUGUGUGCCAUCUGUUUUCAGAGAGUAAGCCUCUUAAAACUAGAUAAAGAUGCAUCCCCAUCUCUGGCCUGCUGGCAAUUGCCAUUUCUCUCUCUCUCUCUCUCUCUCUCUCUCUCUCUCUCUCUCUCCACCCCCCAAUCUGCCUCCUGGAUGAGGCCACAGAGUUAUGGAGCAGCAUUGCAAAUGGUUUUACUUCUGUGACCUAUCGAGAAGCAAUGAGUUGUCUUGACCCCGUGAAUCCUCAUCCCAGGACCUGUCAACCUUGGACAGCAGGUUGGAACUGAGCAAUACCAGGAUGAGAUGGUCUUAUCCAGGGAAUCAGGCUGUCAUAUUAUUGAAACACAAGUGUCAAUGGAUCUGAACAUUGGUUAGCCAUCUGGGCCGACUCGUGUCCCAUAGGACACUCCCUGGAGCCGGCCCUGUGCUCAGAUGAACUCGCUCACUUAUUUCUUUCUUUUUUCAGUUUAGGGAGUGACUCUUGCCCGAAUUAUCCCUUUACUGCAUCUGUAGCUGUUAUCUUUAUCAAUCUUCUUCCAGGUUCUAGCUGAUUCUUUGCAAAUUUACUAUUCAUUCCUGCAGAACUGAGCUUUGAAACUUUUUGCCCUAAGGCUGGCAAGGCAGAGCUGUGCGAGAUAACAUCUGAGCACAUUUACAGAAAGUGCAGGGAUAUAAUCCUGAGAAACAGCCAGCAGAAGCCUAGUGAAUCUAGGAAUUACAGGUUUUUAAAAUACAACAACAAAUAAGAACAGAACCAAAGGCCCAUCUAGUCCAGGAUUCUGUUUCCCGCAGAGACCAACCAGAUGCUUAUGUGGAGCCUGCAAGCACUUUCAAAGUAAUUUAUGGACUCCACAACAGUGCAAAGAGAGGGGUGCCACAGUAUGGAGCAUUGUGCAUCUGCCCCCCAAGACUUCUAAUUACCUGCUACAGAUGUUGCAUCUUGGCCUGUAUUGCAUGUGCAGCACUCAGCAGAAGUGGCAUCAAUCAGGUUUCUUAUUCGUUCCCUUAUUUUGUAUGUGUGUGUGUUGUCAAACGUUUUAAAUAAACAGCUAAACUGCAGUUGUUCUCUUUCUAUCUAGGUUUGUACUGUACUGUGUAUGUUGGCAAAGUGUUUCCUGUUUCAGCAGAAAUGCCUUUAAAAAUAUAAUGAAAGCCUUCUUUGGAUGUGCUGUUUGAUUGCUGCAUUAUGCGGGCUCCUCCACAGGAGGUUUGUUCUCCUUUUAAGCAGAAACUCCUUUUGUUUGAAGGGGACCUCUUUUCAAAUUACGGGUAAUAGUGUUGUACCUUGGUCCGUAAGUUAUCCUCCCCCAACUUUGCUUUCUUGGCACUUUGUAAGUAAGGGAUGCUAUGUGUAGAAGAAGCAACAUUCUGAAACUCCUCUAGGUCCAAAAAAAUAGUAAUUUGUCAUUAUUUCCACAAAGAGGGCAUAGCAGCAGCUGCUGAUAAGAUUAGACCAUUUUAACCCUGUCCCAUGUGUGUACCUAUUGAUUAUGGCCCGCUGUGGAGGCAAACAUUAUCAGAGGUAUGGUUAGAAACGGAGAAGAUUGCAAAAAGCUAGUGUCUUCCUGAGACAGACUGCAGUUGAGUUGAGAGCCAGUGUGAUACACUAGUUGGAGUAUAGUUAGACCUGGGAGACCAGGGUUCAAAUCCCCACUAGCUCGCUGGGUCAGUCACUCUUGGCUUAAUUUACCUCACAGGGUUGUUGUGAGGAUAAAAUGGGGAGGAAGAGGAAACAUGUAUGCCACCUUGAGUUCCUUGGAGGAAAUUGAUAAUAUUAGGGUGUGUGCUGGGAAGGACAGUCUAGUAAGUGGAGAGAGUUGGACAAUUGCAUAGUUCAUGGCCACAGACCAUUAAAACAGCCUUCCCCAACUUGGUGUUUUGGACUACAACUCCGUUCAGCCCCAGCCAGCAUGGCCAAUAGCCAGGAAGGAUGGAAGUUGUUGUGCAAAAGAUCUGGAGGCUACCAGAUUGGGGGAAGCCUGCAUGACAAAAGCAAGCACAUAUACAAGUUAAGCUCCCCUUAGCUUUCAAAAUGGAGUUUCAGCGGAUAUUGUGUACCACAGAAUACAGUGGUACCUCGGGUUACAGACGCUUAGGUUACAGACGCUUCAGGUUACAGACUCCGCUAACCCAGAAAUAGCACCUCGGGUUAAGAACUUUGCUUCAGGAUGAGAACAGAAAUCGUGCUCCGGCGGCAUGGCAGCAGCGGGAGGCCCCAUUAGCUAAAGUGGUGCUUCAGGUUAAGAACAGUUUCAGGUUAAGAACGGACCUCUGGAACGAAUUAAGUUCUUAAUCCGAGGUACCACUGUAAUAAAAAAAAAAAGAGGUCUUGAACGGUGUUGAUUCUGGUUGUAUUAAAGACUUGGUGUUGAAUCCACUCUAGCGAAAGUGGUGGGGGAACAAUAUUUCCUGCAGUUUCUUUUUCUCCUUUUGACACUCACCCCACCUCCUGCCAGGAAAGAGAUGGAUCACUCUUGCCGGGGGUGGUGCUCUCUCGCUCACCCAGUCGGGUCAUGACAAGCCACGAGUACAUCAAACCCUGCCCAUGGCAUCUGGGAGAAAGCAUUACAUAUAUGCAUAUAUGUAAGGAUAUAAAGACAAUGUUUUUCACAAGGCAGAACUGAGACAUUAAAAGAGGGCCAUGUUGCUCAUAUGCAAUUGCAUCAGUCGAGGGAGAGGCGCAGUAUAAAACGACUUGUAAUCCAGCUUAUCUUUCUAGACAAUCAUUGCCAUUUAGUGUAGAUUUAUUUGUUUGUUUGCAGAUGAGGGGCGGCUUAUAGGCAUGAAAUGCCUCCAGUACCUUCCAGAUCCCCAAAGGCCCAUGAAUUGGGUAGAUGGCAAUUUGUAGCUUUUCAAAAAAUAACACUACAAAUAUCCCUGGUGCUCCUGAAGCCUGCUGUUUCCUGUUUUGCUUUAGCAGCUGAAAGAAAGCUCUUGAGUCUUUCAUGCGAUGCACACAGUAUGGCAUUUAAAUGUUCUCUCCUCUGAAGUUCUGCUAAUAAACAUCUGUGGUUUCUUCCUGUGCUCGCUGGAUCUCACUGGGGCAAUCUUGGAGCUUUGGGGGAAUCCUGUAGAAAAUAGUUACCACGCUCUGGAAGUUGCAGCACAUAGCCAUGCAAUUUGUUUGACUUGGUCACACUUUUCAGCUGACAGCCUUGAAGAGUUUGUUCUCUGUGGAAAUGGAGCGCACUGCAUACUGGCCUUUCUUAAGAGUUAGAAUCAAGUCCGCUACGGUUACAUGUUGACCUCAAGGUUGUAAAAUCCCUCCUCUUCCCACAUUGUAGUUGCUUUAUUACAGCACAACACACGUUAAACAUUAGUGGCCUGGUGAUAUGGGAAAUCGAGGUGCUAAAAUUAAAUUCAAUAAUUUCCAGAUGUUGGUAUGAGAACUGCAUGUUUUUAUUAGAAGCACAUAGCGACGGGAAGAGGGAGAAAACUUGUUUUCUUAAAAAAAAUUUUUUUUAAAAAAAAUAAGGCAGUUCUAUGGGAUUUUACUGCAAACAACAGUAGUGGCUUGACUUGACUUAAGGCAUUGUUAAGCAGCAGAGCGAGGUAGGGCUGGUUCCCUAGGUCUUUCUCAUUCAUUGAGCAUGAAUUGUGGCAUAGUUGAUAUGGAUACAAAGGGUAUUAGAGGUAGAGGGAGCCUGCCACCCUGCAUUUUUUUACAGAAGCAGCAGCAUUGCAACUCUAAAAAUUACAUGGUGGGAAUUUUAAGUGAGAUUAUAUAAGAAAUCCUAUCAUAGUCACACUGCUAUUUGACCAAGAGAUGGGUUUGGCUAAGGGCAGCGGAUUCCCCUGGGCUUUUCUUUUAAUACACUUGUCAUGUUUUUAGUUUUAUAAUUUAAAAAUGCCUGUAUUAGGUAUCCUCCUAAUUGAUUGAUUGAUUGAUUGAUUAGAUGAAUUAAUUAAAAUAAAACUGGCAAAGUGAAAUUGAUGUUUGUUUGUUUUCUGUUUCUUCCAUAGAUUUUUUUUUUAUAAAAAAACGCUGCCCUUUGUCUAAAGUUUCCAGGGUGAUUAGUGACAUGUUUGUAGUGACAUUCUUUCUUUAACCAGGCAGCUGAACUUCAAACAUUUUUGAGGAUAGCCAAAGGAAGCCAUUUCCACCGCACUGAAAUGGGUGGGUAAAAAUCAAAUGAAGUGCUAGUUAUGAUUUGCUGAAGCCAUGAAGGCACAUUGAGCUAAGUAAAAAGGAGGGUUUUCUAUGAAUGGUGAAUAUGUUUUGGAAGAUGCCAGUGGUUGUGGAUGGUUUAGAGUGGGGGGGGGGGGAGACCAGGAUGUGGUGUUCAAAUAAAACACUGGCACAUUUUGCAUAGUAGUUGGUUGAUGGUUUGGCAAUGGACAAGGAAGCUGAUACAGCAUGAAAUGGUUUGUUUUGAUGUUGAAUGUGCUUUGCCAAGGGAAGAUGACUCAGAGGCUAUGGAACUAAAUGGCACAGUGUUGUGUCUUCAUAUUUAUCUGAUUAUCACUGUUAGCCGGCUCCAAAUCAAUCCGAGAGUGAGUUAUAAGGAAAAGCCACAAUGCAUGUGAAACAAUACAAAGAACAUGAACUUUGAAUUUAUUUUGCAAUGAAUCAAAAUCAGGGCAGGUUUCUACACAUGUUCCAACCAGCUUAACUAAACACCAGAAUGUUAUUAUAGUAUUUUGAUAUUAUGGUACACUGAAAUGCUUAAAUGUUUCUUUGAUUACCCUUGGAUCUUCCUGAUACACCUGCUGUCCUCUCCUGCCACACGUGGCACACCCUUUGAGAACCACUGUCCUACCCACUACCAAAACAUGGGAUGGGAGAGAUAAGUCACUGACUGCUGUUGCCUUCCUCCUGAAACUCAGAAAUGUUGCAUCUUUCAACAUGCCUACUUGAGUGAGGGCAUCCUGGAAGCACCACUGCAGAAAAAGCUGAAUGCUCUAAGAGCAGAAGUCUUUUGGAAGUGAUAUGUGGAGUAGACCUCUCCAGAUUAUCUCCAGUGCUGCAGAUGUGAUGGGAAGCUCCUAUGGGCAGAGGUGGUUCCUAAGAUUCAACUAUGGCUUACACACACACACACACACACACACACACACACUUGUAUUCAGCUACACUGAAUAAAACUCUAAUUUACAUUGAUGUGUGCCUGGUAGGAGCUCAAACCACAGUACUUCUUCAGCAACCUCUGGAAUGAAAAACAUACAAAAUCUCUGGCUAUCACUGCAGGCUUGUGCAUAGAUUUGGAGACACAGGGCUGUUUUCCAUAAACAUUUGCCUUGCUUUAGCUUCCUGCAGAUGUACUUUAUAUGCAAACUCCUCCACACACGUCAGCUGUCCUGCUGUCUUGCUAUACCACAGCCAUAAUGCUCUAUACACAGCGUGAAAGUGUGUGGUUCUAUACCAUGUUGUAGAGAUUAUUUGCAAGGAUAUACCCUGCGUUUUGGGCGAGAGGGCUGUUAUCAGCUUAGGCAAUUGCUGUCAGACGCAAUAAACCAGGCACCCAGACAUGUCCAUUUGUUUAGUGAUAAAAGCAGCAUUGUUGCAUAGGCGGCUUAACCUGACUGGUGUUUUUGCGUUCUAGAUCAGUGCAACAUCAAAAGCGAUACAGUGAAUAUACAGUGUUUUUGCAGUUAUUUGUUCUGGAUUUGCAAUGAAGCUAUGUGAUAAAUAACCAUUUAUCUUAGUCAUGCCAACACUGACUUUUAAAAUUCUAGAAUUUUGCCCUAAAUUCAUUUCUUUCUUAAGAACACCUUAAUCUGAGGUUGUAUUACUUUCUGCUGCACAGAAUGCUGUGCACUCUUACCUUUCAUAAGAGUGGAGAGGUCAUCUUUCUUGCUUUACAGAUUAAGAUACGGCAGUGGAAAGGCUUUUGCUAUUAUCACCCAGUCAGUUUCUGGAUGGGAUGGGCUUUGAAUCUUUGCUGUUUUAGUCCUAGUCUAACACCUAGAUGCUGAACACCACUAGCUGUUGGAAGAUCAGUACAGCUUAGAAAAGAAUUGUAGAGUUGGAAGGGACCAUGAGAGUAAUCUAGUCCAGUUCCCUGCCUUGCAGGAAUCUUUUGCCCAACAUGGGUCUCAAACCCAUGACCCUGAGAUAAAGAGUCUCAUCCUUUAUCAACUGAGCUACCCCAGGCUAUAAUAGGAAUGGAAAAGCUGUGGUCAGCUAGAUAUUGUUGGACCCCCAACUCCCAUAACCCUCAGCCAGCAUAACCUGUGGUCGGGGAUGAUGGAGAGUUGGAGUUGAACCGCAUCUGGAAGGUCACGGGUGCCCCAUACGUGUUGUAGAAGAAGCAUGAAUUGAUUAAAAGUCGAUUCGCUAUCUAGGCUAGGAAAGCCACUCCCGACAUAAGGAGGGGGGGGUUGCGGGCUCACGCCCCACCUACAUCCUCGCGGGGCUGGCUGCAGCCCUGCGGGACUUGGGGAAUCCCGGGAAUCAUUAGUAGUCAUUAUUCACCGAGCCAGCCAAUUGGCUGGUGGCGGGGGCAGGCUUAGUAGGGUUCAUUUAAGGUUGGGGUAGCCCAUGCUUGCCCCUUUUCUCUCUUACAGCCAGCUGCAGUUUGGUCUUCGUCUUACGGGCUGGUUGUUUCUUUGUUGCUUUUUCGGUCCGCGUGUUUCCUUUUUCGGUUUUACAGGUUCUUUGCGCUGUGGUUCAUUCAGCCGCGCCGGCCAUUUGGAGGAGAAUUUCUGAGUCGCGGAAGCCCUUCCUUUUCGUGACACACCGGCUCCAUCGCCCCAGGCUCAACGCCAGCCUCCGUUUCUUUUCGGAUUGUCAGACCAACGAUCCAACGUGGUUUCUGAGCCAGGCGCGAAGCAGCGGAAACCCUCUGUCGGGCAGCUCAGAGCCUUCCGAUUAAUUGCCGGGCUCAUCUAGCGCCGCUGUUUCUUGUAACCGCAGCAGGGCCUCACGCACCCGCUGUGUCUCUCUCUGCUGCACCUCAGUGAGUUUUGGCUACUGGGGUCAAUCCUAGACCCGCACCUCCCCACGAGGACUACUUUGGAAAGAUCUACGGUCGUGAGCCGAAUACCGCUCUUACCUGUAAUCAAUAAAGUUGUGGCCAUUUUUCGCCCAUUAACCUAAAUUCUGGCGUCCAGUGUCUUUAUUUAUUCCAUCUGUGGGAGGGGGCGGGAAUCGCCACGCAAAGCACAUUGCAGAAGGCUGUUUUUGUAACAGUGGAUACAAUGUAAAGAAACUCACAGCUAUAAAUUUAAUAAAUGUAAAUACCAUUUUAAAAGUAUAAUUGUAUGUAAAACUCAUUAAAAUUUAUAGGGCGUAGUUUUAAUUGAGUUUACGUUUGAGUUAUAAAUUCAAUAUAUGAUUUUCACUCUAAUCUGUACUUCUUUGUCAGAAAUAACUCCCUCUGAGGGCAAUGUGGCUUUACUCUGAAGAAAGUAUGUACGGGUUUAUAUCCUGGCAGCACAAUCCUAAACUGGUUUAAGAGAAUCCACUGCUUCCCUGGAUCUUAUUCCUAGGAAAGUGUUCAUAGGACUGCAGCCUUAAGCACUCAACAUUGGUUUCAAUGAAAGAAGAGUAUGCUUGAUUUCCCCUCGAUCACACCCUGCUUCUUUAAUCCAUAUUAUCGUUGUUCUUUGUAACUUGUGUAUUACCACUUUGAAACCUUGUGACAGCUCAGAUAAUAACAAAGCUUGCUAUCCAACAGUCAAUGAGAGAACUGCCUAAAUGUUGCCCUAAUCUAGUUUAGCCUUUCCCCUCAAAAUCCUGUUCAUUUGUCAUUUACUUUGCAGGUCCCGUGCCUACGAACGAGUGUGUGUUGUCACCUGUCAAUAGCUCCCACCCAGUUCAAGCCUUGCUUGAGAGCUUUACGGUUUUAUCCGGCUGCGCAAGCAAAGGGACCGUUGGAUUGCCACAGGAAGUUCAUGUCCUUAAUCUCAGGAGCCCUGAAGAAGGCCUUGGCCACCAUGAAAGAGAGGUAAGAAGGAGAAAUCGUGCUGUUGCUUAUGUGCCGCUUUCGAGGACUCUUCACGCAACCAUCAUGUUCUGAGUAUGGUGGUUCUGGCCUGGCUAGCCAGGCGCAAAGCAGAGGGGAGCAGGGUGUGCAAGCUAAGUAAGAAACCACCCCAGAGAUCUUAGUAUUAUCUCUUUUGUUUAAAAAAAAUAAUUAUUUGUGAUUUUCAGUUAUAUACAUUUCAAUAGUUUUACAAUCAUUUUAACAUUUUGAAACUCAACCUCCUUCCUCCUCUUUCUGCAAUUCCUUAAAUUUAUAUUUAUCAUUUCCUGCAUAUUCUAAAUUAACUUAUUCGUUUAUUCAUCUACUUUAAUUAUUUACUCUUAUGAAAUUGCAGGUUGUUACAAUAACCCUGCCAAUGUUCUUAUCUGUUUACAAUUUAUUUGUACAUAUUUUAUAAACCAUUUUCAUUCUUUUAUAAGAAGUUUGUUGUCUUGAUUUCUUAUUUUUUCCAGUAAGUUUCGUCAUUUCUGCAUAGUCCAUGAGUUUUUGUAUCCAAUCUUCUUUCAUCAGGACUCAUUCUUCUUUCCAUUUUUGGGCAAAUAACAUUCUUGCCGCUGUAGUUGCAUAAAUGAAUAAAUUUCUAUACUGUUUAGGUAGUUCUACCCCUAUAAUUCCCAGAAGGAAAGCUUUUGGUUUUUUUUUACAAAUGUUAUUUUAAACAUCUUUUUCAAUUCAUUAUACAUCAUUUCCCAGUAAACUUUAAGCUUAGUGCAAGACCACCACAUAUGAUAGAAAGUACCUUCUUUCUCUUUGCAUUUCCAACACUUGUUCGAUUUUGAUAUACACAUUUUUGCCAGUUUACCUGGUGUUAGAAACCACCGAUGUAACAUUUUCAUUAGAGAUCUUAGCAUUAUCGUAUGGGAUUCUGGGAUACUCCUCAUGUUGGAUUCUGCAAGGUCACAAGGCCGUGCACUGCAUCAAGUACAAACCAAGAUGGCGGCAUUGACCUUCAGAAACUUGGCUCCUUAACCGAUCUGGGCCGAAGCAGGACUCUGAAGUCAGUCACAGUUACUCAGCAAGAUAUUUUUAUCUCACUCUUCCUCCAAGGAACUAUGGGUGUGUUAAUGGCAUCCCAUCCCCAUAUUUGAUCCUCAUGAUGCCGCAAUGAGCGGUAGCCAUGUGUAAGAGGCCCUGAUGACAUUAAGUUUUAUAAACAAGAAGGUGCUUUGGGAAAGGGGGAAUGUAGAGGGGGAAGCGGUAAGGAAGAGGGAUGCUUUCAUUCGUGUGUUAGUCACCAUUUCUUCUCCAGCAAACACAAAUGGGGUUCUUCCUCCCCAGCACAGAUUCAGAUGUCCGUUUGCAAAGAGAGGGGGAGAUGGAGAGGAGAAAUGGUAGGUAGAAUCAAGCAUUCUUCUGCUUGCCACUUACUUGCUUUAGAUUCCCUGUUCCCAAAACAACUUAGUCGUGUCCAUUAAUUUCAACGGGCCUGCUUUGAGUAGGGCUAAUGUUGGAUACAACCCAGUGGAUCUGGCCUCUCUUCUAUGUGUUUUCCCAUAGUCAGUCUGUGGCGUACUAAGACCUGAGAGACCAGGGUUCAAAUCCCCCACUUUAGCCCAGUCACUCACUCUCAGCGUAGCCUACCUUUACAGGGUUGUGAUAAUAAAGUGGGGAAGAGGGGAAUUAUGUACACAACUUCAAGUUCCUUAGAGGAUAGGUAGGAUAAAAGUGCAAUCAAUCAAUAAAAACAUGAGAAUACUCUGAUAAAUAUUCGGCAAUCAUCUUCCAGGCAGAGGGCCUUCUUGGUAGUGGCACCCAACCAGUAGAACAGCCUCUCAUCAGAUGUCAAAGAGAUGAGUAACUAUAUAACCUUUAGAAGACACCUGAAGGCAGCCCUGUAUCGGGGAACUUUUUAAUAUGUAAUGCUUUAUUAUGUUUUUAUAUGUGUUGGAAGCCACCCAGAGUGGCUGGGGCAACCCAGUCAGAUGGGCAGGGUACAAAUAAAAUAAAAGAAUAAGAAUAAAAAUCAACUCCUUUUACAUGCUCUAGGACUUGGAACUCAUCAGAUUUCCAGAGUAGUUAGUUCAUUCCUCACUUCUAAUAUGUUUAACUUCAUUUACGAUACAAGAAAGGAAAGGGUAACAAGAAACAGAUUUUUAACAAGAAGAGGAUUUUACUUUCUUCAAAGCCAAAUUGCUUAUGUUGUAAAUUAUCCUGAAUGCACUUGGAGCUUUGCCACAAUCACUAUAAACAAAUCUUUAAGUUCAUAUGCCUUUAGCCUUGGUAAUGGAUCUUCACUGCCUGUGAAGAAUGGCAUUCAGAAAGCAAUUGCUCCUAAAUUCAUUCGUUCUUGUGCAAUGUGCAAAUGAGUUAUUAAUUUAGACGUCAUAUGGAGGGAUUAGCAAAAGAACUUUUGUUCUAGUUGCUAUGAAAAAAAUAAAGCAAAAAGAAGAAAUGUUCUUGAUGUUAAACUUGCUCAGUGUUGUUUUGCUCUGAGAAUAGAUCAAAAGAGAAUUGCUGGAGAGAAAGAGAAAUAUCUCAUCGCAUGACAGCUCACGUCGCUAGCACAUGCCCUAGAAAAUACUCCAUGAUGUAGCUGUAUGUAUUAGCUGAACAUGAAGUUUUUAAAAGUAGACGGGGGAGAGAAUCAAAUGGGAGGAGGAGGAGGAAACAAAAUUCUCAGCAGCCCAUUACCCGAAAAUAAAUGCUUUUAUCCGAACCCUGAGCCGAAAAACUUCAAAGUAUGUAUCCCACUGCCUUCAGGAGAACUUGCUUCCAAUUAAAUGUCUUUAGUAUUAUAGUCUAAGGAUGGAAUGCUGUGCCAGCACAAUGCCACAAACAAGGAUAUUAAUUAUAUACUGGUGUUGCAGGGACUUUUUUUUUUAAGUAUCACCAAAAGAUUUGCCAGCACAAAUAUGUAGGAUGGAGAUGGGCCAAGGCCAGAGCCAUAGCAUGUGGGCAUUCUACCCCUAUUGACUUUUGGAUUCUACAAAAAUAUUCCAUCAUUCUACCCAAAUUGGCUUUUGGAUUUGUUCUCUUAGUAGCUUUAAAAAAAAUAAUAAUAAAUAAAAAUAAAAAUAAAAAUAAAUCCUUGUGUUUGAUAUGAUACAUUUGUAUGCCACAACAUGGGUCUCUGUGAGCUGAGACAGUGGAUAUGAAUUUUAGCAAUAAACAAAUGGAAUAAAUGAAAAGCAAUCCAAAUUGUAGUCUGACUUCUUUUUGCAAAAGCUUGCCUACCAUCAUUUUGAUCAGUAACCGGAAGGUCCCAGACAUGCUACUAAUUUCUGAUCAGAAUAGUGUCUCUCAAGUAUUCUCAUACUAAAAAACACCAAGGCCACAAUCAUUGCAUAAUUUUGUACACCUCUAUCAUGCUGGAAUGCUUUAAGCACACCCAUCUCUAUGUUAGACUGUGCUCCAGAGGCUCCUCUGUGCUCCAGAGGCUCAUGUUAAGAGGGUCCUAAAAGGAUCGGGGAUGAGAGAGAGGGAGAGAACACCAGAUGAACAUAGGAAAAUGCCAUAUACUGAAUCAGACCACUAGGUAAGGUAAAGGACCCCUGGACAGUUAAGUUCAGUCAAAGGUAAUUAUGGGGUUGCAGGGCUCAUCUCGCUUUCAGGCCGUGGGAGCCGGUGUUUAUCCACAGACAGCUUUCCAGAUCAUGUGGCCAGAAUAUCUAAACUGGUUCUGGCGCAACAGGACACCGUGACGAAAACCAGAGUGCACAGAAACACUGUUUACCUUCCCACCGCAGCUGUACCUAUUUAUCUACUUGCACUGGCGUGCUUUUGAACUGCUAAGUUGGCAGGAGCUGGGACAGAGCAAUGGAGCUCACUCCAUCGCGGGGAUUCGAACUGCUGAUCUUCCGAUUGGCAAGCCUAAGAGGCUCAGGGGUUUAGACCACAGCGCCACCCGUGUCCACCUAGUCAACCCAGACCACUAGUCCACUAGCUCAGUUUUAUCUACACUGACUGACAGUGGCUCUCCAGGGUUUCAGGCAGGAAUUCUUCCCAACCCUACCCGUAGAUGCCUGGAAUUGAAUUUGAGAUCUUCUGCAUGCAAUGUUUGGCUUAGUAUUAGAUGCAAAUGUGGCCACUCUCACCCCUUUCCAAAACCUUUUAAUUUUCAAGCAAAACUACAGCCCAUAAAGAGUCUCCCAUUUAAUUUCACUCUCUUUGGAGCAGACAAUUUAUGAAUAAAGGUAAAGGGACCCCUGACCAUUAGGUCCAGUCGUGGCCGACUCGGGGGUUGCCGCGCUCAUCUCACUUUAUUGGCCGAGGGAACCGGCGUACAGCUUCCAGGUCAUGUGGCCAGCAUGACUAAGCAGAGCAGUGCAUGGAAACGCCGUUUACCUUCCCGCCAGAGCGGUACCUAUUUAUCUACUUGCACUUUGAUGUGCUUUCGAACUGCUAGGUUGGCAGGAGCAGGGACCGAGCAACGGGAGCUCACCCCGUCGUGGGGAUUCAAACCGCCAACCUUCUGAUCGGCGAGUCCUAGGUUCUGUGGUUUAACCCACAGCGCCACCCGUGUCCCAUAAUUUAUGAAUAUUGAACUAUAAAUCCACAGGUUGAUAUAGAGGAUAAAGCCUUGCUUUGUAGUAACUCACCUAAGGGGGCUUUUCCAGAAGUGUUUUCCAUAUCUGUUUUGUUUUGUUUUUUUAAGAGUGUUGUUUAGUGGCCUCUUGUGUACUCUGGCAUAGCACAUUCCACAUCCGCAAUCUCUGCUUUAUUUCCCGUAUCCUUCUAAAAGUGGGGUUGUUGUAGCCUUUAGGGAUGGCUGCUGAGAAAAUGAACAGGAAACUAGGAAAAGGCUGGCUGGCGACAGUGGAAAGCAGAAGGCUGUAAACAAUUGAGCUAGAUCAGAAUUCUUUGCUUCUAGGAUACAAGGCUGAAAACAAAGCAGAGCAAAGGUUAUCUUCAUCCUCAUUGUAAAGAACUGAGGCUUAGUGCCCAGGUUUCAUUCAAGGAAAACCACAGCCUCCAUCACCUUGUUUUGAGCACAGAGAUGCUUCAUCCCUUGAGUUGUUUCCUGCUGCCUGGCAUUCUGUUUAGAAAAGGCAGAGAUUUAUAAGUUGACUGUUCAGUGCGUCCAAGAUCUUGGCACAUAAACAGUAUUUUCCAUUCUGUUUUUUCUUUGUAUAACCUGCAAACAUGUAAAGUGGUGGCAAACAAGCUCGCACAUGCACCUGGUGAUCUCGGGAGCAUGGUGAAGACGCUCUUAUUUGAAAAUCCAUUUCACCAGUUGUCUUGUUAGAAGUGUGUGCUUUGUUUGUUCCUUAAACUUGUCACAUUACAGGUUCUGCUAAAUUACAUAUGCCUUUACAUGCUGAGAGGGAGUGCAAAUGCCUUCUUGCAACAAAUCCCUCAUAGGCCUCAUGCAUUAAACAUUCUUCCGCCGUUAUCCUCGUUCUCAUAAAUAUACAACAUGUUGUGGUAACGUUUUUUUGACACUCUCUCCGAAUAUGUGGAAAACAGAAGUCUGUCAAAUGUAACCACUUGGGGGCAUCGAUGAUGGUGGUGAUGAUGAUUAUAUGUUGCAAGCAGAGAGGUCGUGAUAAAAUUAAUGGAAAUGAUUUUUGCCCAUACAAUGUAUAGCUGAAGUAUUUGCACAGUUGCGUCAAAAAUGUUUGCUGGGUGCUGAGACGCAGGUUAUAAUAUCUACUCUAUGGAAAUCCAGCCCUGGCUUUUCCAGGUAGGACUGUGAAUGUCCCCUGUCUGAAAUCCCAGAGAGCCACUGCCAAUCAUAGGCAGUAUUGAUGGACCAUUGGCUCCGACUCAGUAUAAGGCAGCUUCAUAUGCAUGGCUUUCCAGCUAAAUAUUUUAAAGCACUGUCUUUUCCACCUGAUUCCUCAGUUUUGCAGCUGUGCUGAAAAAAAUGAUACAAUUUGGAGGAGGAAUAAAAGUGGUUUUUGUUUUGUUUUUUGGUUAUCAAGAUUUAAAAUAUUUCUUAGACUUGUCAGCUGUGUAAUUAUAUACAUGUCUGCUCAGAAGCAAAGCCCAUUGAAUUUAGUAUGAUUUACUCCCCAAGUAAUUGGGUAUGUUUUCAGAAUAUGUAUUAUUAUUAUUAUUAUUAUUAUUACUGCUACUGCUUCUGGCUUAGUAACUUUGGGGCUGGUGUUGACUUAUUUUGUAUUUGUGUAUCUUGUAGAUGUUGUGUUGAACUUUUUUUGUGUAAGCCACCUUGGAUGAAUUGUACACAGAAAGGUAGCCUACAGAGCUAUACAGUAUAUACAGUGGUACCUUGGUUUUCGAACAUCUCCGUUGAUGAAUGUUUUGGAACUCAAACACCAUAAAUGCUUUGGUUUUCGAAUGCGCCUCGGAAGUCAAACUGGAAACGCAGCUUCCGUAUUGAGAUUUCCGUUUUGAGAUUUCGGUUUUCGAAUGUUUCGGAACUCAAAUGGUCUUCCGGAACGGAUUACAUUCGAAAUGAGGUACUACUGUAUACGUAUUUUUUAAAAAGACUGUUGAGAUCUCAGGGAUGCGAAUAGGUAGAAUUAAGGCACUUCUUCCAGUAUAGGAAGCCAUAUGGUAGUGCCUCUGUUGGUUUUAGAGGCACCCCUUUUCACGCAUCUGAGAGGGAAAGCUGGCAAGUUAAGGAUGUGUUUUCCACCAUCACUUCUCUGCCUGUAUUGCUUUCAGCGGUCCCAACCUUGGUAUAACCCCUCUGAUUGCCCAUUCUCCAGAUGGUUAGAUAUAACUUAAUACCUUAAUAGGUUGUGGAGUGGGUUUUGGCUGAAGGGGAAAUGGAGCGUCUUCUGGGAUUCUCAUGAACAGGGAACUGAGCUGUGGAGGGAUAAUAGACUAUAAAUGUCCCAGUCCAAAACAGGUGAUGCCAAGAUGCCCAUGAGAUGCUCACAAGCCGUACUUGGGUACAACAGCACUCUUCCCACCUGUGAUUUCCAUCAACUAGUGCUCAGAGGCAUAUUGCCUCUGCCUCUGGAGAUAGAGCACAGCCACAGUGACUAGGUGUUGUAGUCCAACAACAUCUAGGUGCUUCCUCAUCCCUGCUCUAUAGAGGUUUCAAGAUCUAGCCUGCCCACUGGUCUGAGCAAUUUGGGGACCCUACUUUUACUGGUGGCUGCAAGUACUGUUUCUGGCUUUCUUCUCUGUGUCUUAGUUUCUCUCUACCUCACUUUGCCUUACCCACCCAACUUGACUGGAGUUGGGUCUCACAACAGUGAGUCCUUCACUAUUUCUGUAGGAAGAAUAUUGAUAGUUUACAUUAUGCCUAGUUUGUGAGCCUUCUUAAGAAAUCUUGAACAGUUAAUCCUCUUACACGUUCGAAAUGUUGCCCGGGAAUGUAUUGAUUCAAUCCACUUGCCUAAAGUCUCAGAUUUACUGACCUCCUUUUCUCGGCAGGUGUAAGGAAUUUCUAAUAACACUUAACUUUUCAGUAGCUGCUUAAUGCUUGGGAAAGCAGUGUGAUACUGUGGAGAUUGACACCCAGGAGCAAAAAUAAAAUUUACCACUGAGCUGCUUAAAGAUUUAAAGGUUUCUUCGUUCUUUUCAUAAGGAUGUGUUUCUAAAUCUUCCUUAAUUACAGACAGAAAACUUGAAUCAGUAAAAAGCAAAUUCAACUGCCUGGAGCUUCAAGCAGACAGCUUAUUAUCAAAAUGAGAAAAGGAUAACAAAAAUAUUAAUCUCUUAUGGGCAGUCUUAAAGAAAAUUAUGUGCUUAUACAUAUGGAAACUGUUCAAACGUUGGCAGCUGAAUUACCUAGAAUUGUGAUCAUCCUCAGCAUGACAAUGCUUAAUGUACACCUUCAAACAGGAUGUAAAAAGCCAACAAUAGAAUUGAUCCUUGAUAUUUCUGGUGAAGCAGGUAGCAGAUGCUUAUUUCAUAAACUCCUAUACAGACAAAUUUUCUACCAUCUAAAAUCCAUAUAUUGCAUAUAUGAACUUGAGAAGAUAGCUAAUACUGUUGGACCUUUGGUUCAUUUUGCACACUAUUGUCUCCUUUUGGCUAAUGGCAGCUAGCCAGACAAGGGCCUUUUCUAGCAUGUUUCCUGAGAUAAUUAUAAUUAGAGAAGUUAGGGAUUGACCAGUUUCGAAAAGCUGAAGGAGCUGCUGGGUGUGAUCCCGUGGUCAGACAUACUCAGUGAGAAGGGAGUCCAAGAAGGAUGGGAGUUUCUAAAAGGAGAAAUAUUGAAGGCCCAAAUACAGACAAUACCAACAAGAAAGAAAAGUAGGAGGCAUCUAAGGAAACCGGUGUGGCUUGCAGGUGAGCUGAGAAUUAAGGGCAUGUGUAAGAAAUAGAAAUAAGGGGAAAUCACAAAGGAGGAGUAUAUACGAGUAGCCAACAGUUGCAGGGGGAAAGUCAGCCUAGCUAAAGCUCAGAAUCAGCUCAGGCUUGCAAGAGAGGUUAAAAAUAAUAAUAAUAAAGGUUUAUUUGGCUGUGUCCGAAGUAAGAGGAAGAAGAAACAAGUGGUAGGUCCUCUGCGUGGCGAAGAAGAAGAAAAGACAGAGAAAAGGCGGAACUACUCAACACCUACCUUGCCCCGUCUUCCCCCAAAAGGAAAGUGAUACCCAACCUUGUGAUAACAGAAUAAAUAAUGUAAGGAGGGAGCUGCAGCCCAAGAUAGGAAAAGAGGUACAAAUCUCCACGGUCUGAUGAGCUGCAUCCAAGGGUAGUAAAGGAGCUUGCGGAUGUAAUUUCAGAGACUUUGUCUAUUAUCUUUGAGAAUUAUUGGAGAACAGGUGAGGUCCCUACAGACUGGAGGCUGGCAAAUGUUGUCCCCAUCUUAAAAAGGGGGGGAAAGGAAGACCCGGGUAACUACCAACCAGUGAGAUUGCCAUGUGGACUCUCCUUCCUUGCAAAACUAUGAAAAUAUGCUUUUUGAAAGAGAUUUGCAUUCAUGCUAUGUUGUGAUGGGGAGAUCCAGGAUAAUAAUGAAACUAUGGAAUCACUGCCACCCUACAGAUCAGUUAUAACAGUGAAAAGAAAGAAGAAUAAACCCAAAUUCCAGGAGGCAAAACUCAUUUCCAAUAUCUAAACAUCAUAGUUGAAGCAGCAUGUUGAAACCUAUCCUGUAGCACUCAUCAUCAUAAAUGUAUCCAGCUAAUUUUAAAGUGUUACGGCUUAUUUCACUCAUGCAGUAAUUAGGAAAUAUUGUCUGAUCUCAUUCAGAAUUGCAGCUAAGUUUUUUGCUGUUAUCAGGACAGCAACAGCUAGUCCUGUGAUUCAGUUAAUGAUGUCAGACAGUUAAUUGCCUUGAUUAGUUCACAGUGUUUUUUGGCAACAUCUAUAUAUUGAAGAAACAGCCAUCUAUAGCCCCUUUUAUCCAUUGAGUAAGUUGCAGUAUUCCUGCCUACACAGAAAAUUAUGUCUUGUUUAAUGUGGCAUCUGCAUCUUAUUUACUCUGGACUGAAGUCUCUUCUGGGUUGUUUUCUAAGACUGUUCAGAAAAUUACUGGUCAUUUAAUUUGAAAACUCUUUCAUAUUUACCAACCAGAAUUUUCAGAGGAAGUUGUAUGGGGGCCAAAAGACUAUUUGUUUAGAGCUUCAUGUCCAACAGAAACAUGGAGCUAAUCAUAGUUUACUCAAAAAGAGAUAAUAACCAAUUAUUUUCAUGCAGAGUGAACCCCAGCUGGGUUUCUCUCUCUCUCUCUCUCUCUCUCUCUGCAGUAGAAAUUGCAUACGAAUCAUGUAUAUUUUAAAGAAAAUGCUAGAGAGGAGUAUGGGAUCAUACAGAAGCCCAAAGAGAUUUUUUUAAAAAUUGUUUUGCAUAUACUGAUUUGCUUCAUAAAGCUUGGAACUAUCAUUAAGAUCUGGUCAAAAGUAGGAGAUAAGUUGAACCUGAAAGAUGCACAAGAAUAUAGUGAAACCAGGAGAAGCACAGUGAUGUUAGACGCUACGAUAAUCCAUUUACUAAUAUAGUUAAUUAGAGGUCUAGUCAUGAUAGGGUGCUGUGAAAUAACACUUUGGCCUAAUUCAGACCGAAACAACAAACCAUGGUUUCUUGCUGCCUGUGUGAAGCUUGGGCACAAAGGGAGAAGAUUUAAAGCUUCCAUUCCUAUUUCCCACUUUGGCCAAACUAGGGAAACUGGUUUGUACAAGUUAGCAAGCCGAUAUAUCAAGCCAGAAUGAAAACCAAAAACUGUUACUUAAACCAACUAAGGAUGGAAGCCUAUAAUCUCCUCCUAAGGGAGAAAGGAAAGUGUUUGAGCACAAGCAAAACAUGGUUACAAGCAGUUGCUGACUUUACAAGCAGUGUGCUCUCUUCUCUCCUUCCUUUGUGUGCAAGGGGGGGAAAACCAGAAGCUUCUACUCACUGGCAACUACGGUAUGCCACCGCUUAAACCAAAGUUUGCCUGCAAAAACAGCAUUCCAAACCAUGGCUAUGGACUGGGAUGCUUGUUUGCAGGCAAACUCUUGAUCAGAUGAAACCAUAUUUGCUGUGCUUGGAUGUGCAGACUGUCAACCAGAAUCGGAAACUUCUGAUUAGCCCCACCCUUCGCAUGUGUUGGAAGGGGGAGUGGCAAGCAGAAACUGUGUGCCAACUGCAGUCUCACACUUGCAAGUGCCAAUAGCGGCACACCCUGAUUUGCUGUUACAUAGAGCAACUAGAAAUGCUUUGAAAUUAUAGCUCCAAAUAACCCAAGCUUGAGUUACACAAUAAAGGGCUCAUCCACACUUCCACUUGUCCGAGCAGUUUUCCACUUGUCCCGUGCUUUCUAGGCACUGGCCCAAGCAGUUUUGCUACUUUCCCCAGGGAAAUCUCACUCUUUAGUGAUAAAUCGGAACAAACAGCAAUCCACUGAAAACCUGAUUGCUGUUUGCUCCAAUCCAGUGCUAAAUCACAGGUUAUCCCAGAGGAAAGCUGUAGGGCAAACAGUAGUGUGGAUAAGCCCAAAGUGAGAGAGAAUCAGUAGAAAUACUGCAAUGCAGCACAAGGCUUUUACUCUAACAUACACACCACAUUUUUUUCCAUUCUGUAAUACUUAAAUAUAGACACCCUUACCAGGCCCCAGUCUCUUAAAGCUGCAAUGUUUUCAAGUCCCCUAUGACUCAUAUACUUCUUUUUCAUACUGGCUCUAAGUGUGUGUGUGUGUGUGUGUGUGUGUGUGUGUGUGUACUUUAUUUUAACAGCAUAGCGUUUCAUUUUAAAUUGGACAUUUCCUGCAUUUGACUGAGGUUUUUCCUUUUCUGAAACACACACCUGUGAAACGAUCUACCUCUUUCAUACACAGCUGGAGAAAUGCCUAAUCUGUUGACUGACUUGACCUUUGGUGUUUCAGAAAUGCAGAUAUUCUUCCAUGGGACUGUCACUUAAAAACGCUAUUUUGCAAUUAACCCAAGACAAAAAUUGCUCUUUAUUAAGUGGCCUGUCAAGGGGUAUUAGUUUAAGUAACCUUUAAAUUAUUCAGCAUUUUACACUCAGUAAUGGAGUGAGAUUGCAAAGCUACACGUACUUCCCUGAAAAUAAGUCUGAUUGAAUAUAGGAAGAGCUGAGCCAGAUCAGAGCAAAUGCUUUCUAGUCUCGCACCCUGUUCUCACAGUGGUUAACCAGGAAAGGGGCUCAGCAGUACUAUUUCCACUUGUAUUCCCCAGCAAUGGGUAUUCAGAGACAUACUGCCUUUAACACUGGAGGCUUAUCCUUUCUGUCUAAAUCCUUUUUUCAAGCCAUUCUGGUUGGCAGCCAUGAAUUUUAGUGAAUUGCAUAGUUUGUACUGUGUGAAAAAAGUUACUUUCUGUUUUGUGACCUGCCUCUUCCAACAUUUAACUUCAUUGGGUCGCUCCAAGUUCUAGUAUUAUGAGAGAUGGAGAAAAACUUCUCUCUGUCCACUUUCUGUGGAUACUUUUAUUUACCCUGGUCAUUCUCCCCGCAUUCAUCCCUUUUCUCUAAAUUAUAAAAGCCCCAAAUGUUACAACCUUCCUCUUAAGGUAGUCGACCCAGUUCCUUGAUCAGUUUGGUUGCCAGUUUCUCUGGACCUUCUUCAGCUCUACAAUCUCCUUUCUGAGUUGUGGUGCCCCAAACUGAAAUCAAGUAUGAUCAAACAUCAUAGAUUUGUGAAGCAGCGGUGUGAUAUUGGCAGUUUUGAUUUCCUUUCCUUUUCUAAUUAUGCCUAACAUGGAACACACCCUUUACACCGCUGCUGCUCACUGGAUCAAUAUUGUCUUUGAGCUAUCAGUUGUGAUCCCAGGAUCUCUUUCCUGGACAGUCACUUCUCAUUGCAGGCCCCGUAAGUGUCUAUCCCCACUUUGUUACGUGUCUAGCCUGUAACGUACAUGGCACGAAGAAGAUGGAAAGCCGAAUUGGCUCGGAUAUGCCAUUGGAAAGCUGGCUUUAUCAGAACGAUAACAUCCCCUUUGCCACCGCUGGAAACUACACUAGCAAAUGGAACAACUCCCUUGCCGUGUUUACACAAUUUCUUAAUGGGCAGCACUGUCUGAAUUUUUGUCUCUAAAAACAUGCCUGUUCACAGAGAUGCUUCUGUUUUCCGAGUAAAGAAUCCUGUAUUUCUGUCGCAACAAAUCUAACUAAGACAGCUUAAGGAGAGAUCCUUUCCCCCACAUAAACAACAAGACUGCCAGGUCUAGAAGCUCCAGAUGUAUCAACUUUUUAUGUUCAGAAAGCACCAGGUACCUUGCAAGUUCUGGCACAGAGUCACUGGGUAUAGCAUGUUGAAAGCUUCUGAACUCUCAUAAUUCCUAUUAAUGGUGUCAUUCUGUGGCUGGUACGAUUUUUAAUGACCUGAUAACCUGGGAAUGGGAAACCUGCAAUCCUCUGGGUGCUGCUGGACUAGAACUCCCAUCAUUCUUCACCGUUGGCCAUGCUGGUUAGACCUGAUGCAAGUUGUAGUCCCUCAAUAUCUGGAGAGGAAUAGGUUUCCCACCCCUGUCUUAGGAGGUACUACUACAGUUCUGCAGAACUGCACAUAGGAGUGAAGGCCUCUACAGUGCAAACCUAUACCCAGGAAGGAAGUCCUAUUGCGUUUAGUGAGGCUUACCCGCAAGUAAGUGUGCAAAGGGCUGCAACAUUUGAGAGAGGGUGCAGUAAAUUUUUCAGAGUAAAGUCUUAUUUAUUUAAAUAACUUACCCCCACCUUUCUGUUCUGGAAUGUCCACUGCUAGGGCUGUUUUGUGGUAAAAAAGUUUUGCAAAAAAUAAAUAAAAUGAGAUGGCCAGGCCUCAUGCUGUAGCUUUUGAGAGAAUAGUCUCUUGAUCUCUGUGGGGUAGCUGGCAAAAGUUGGCCUUGUGACUUUAAAUAGAAUUAAAAGAAGCUAAUGGGUUCUUUUUUUAAAAUGUGAAAGAGGCAGCUCCUGACUCCCAAGGAUGCUUCUGAUUGUGCAAAAAUCCUCUUGACCUCUGUGCGCUGUGGUGAGCCGAGACACACAGAUUGUUAGGGGUUUUAUAUGCUCAUUUUGUAAACCAAAAGAUUUUGCAGGAGAUCUUGUUUUGCUUUUCCAAAUCCAUAUCUGCAUUAAGGCUCAGAAGCAAUGGAUUUGGUAGUCUCAUCUUCAGCUCCUGGCCUCAUAUAUAUACAUAGAGUUUGUUCGGUUUAAAAACCCCAUGAUUAUAAAGGGCAGCUGGAUGAAGCUGGACUAAGGCUGCAGUCUUACUUACUAUGCAUGCUUCUAGAUUUGCUCAGGUUAUACUAAAAAGCUGGUAACCAUUAACCCAAAGCUAGAACUGCUGCAGGACUGUGUGUUUUCUGUAAAUCUGCAAGCAUAGUAUCUGCUGAGGAAUUGGAAUGUCAGGGAACUGAGAUGUCAGGGUUUUUAAAAAGCUAAUUUCUUAUCCUCAGUGUUGCAGUCAAAAAGCAAAGAAAAACGUAGGCAAUGGCUGCGAAAGGCCAGGCUAGCAGUCCCAGUGCUCAGAGCAGAUAAUAGCACAAUUUUUACUCUUUAUCCUCAUGUUAUGGUACUUAUUUCUGCCUCCUCACUUUUGCUCUGUUUCUGCUAGGCAUCCUAUUCUACCAUUUUCUCCAUUUCGUCUCUCGUUUCCCCACUCCUUUCUCUCAGUUACAAAGAGAAGUUCUCUAAAAUAAUUAGGUUUGGAAAGAGAUGCAAUUAUGCCAAGUAUAUUAAUUGUAUGCAUCUUUAACUAUGCACAGGGCCAAAUAAAUAAUGUGGCUUUCCUUAGGCUUUAGCUUUUUCAUUAUUACUUUUUGCAUGCUUUUUAUACCAGACCGGAUUAGUGUGCCCAACGUAAAAGGCUGUGUGAAGAUACUGUAUAAUUUGGCAGAUCUCUGGUAGUUUUUGCAGAGCAGGUGCUUGAAAUUGGAAAGCAGCUGAGGGCUAAAGAGAUUGGCAAUAUUGUGUGGCAAAAUUAGGACUUAGCAGGUCUAUGUUUCUGCCAGUUCCUUUAGCUUCCUUACUUUAUAGGAGCCCUAAAACAUUUCCAAAUUUUAAUUUAAAACAAAAGCCUUAAAAAAACCCCAAACUUUGAUUGAUGGUUCACUCAAAAUGUGGCAGCAAAGUGGGAUGUAAACUGUUUAGGAAAGUAGUUUCCAAAGAAUGAUCCUGGGAACUUAAGACAUUUGUUGGACGCUUCCUGGGCUUCCAGAAUGAGAAUGGCAGUCAUAAAUGGCAAACCACCUCCUUCUAAAAGGCCACAAUUGCCAAUCUUUUUCCAUAACGUACCACUGGGGGAAUACCAAGUACAUUUUAGAGCUCAUUCUCAAUUAUGAUGCUGAAAAGAGCUGGCCAUCCCACCCCUCUCUCAACUGAAUGCAUAUUCUAGAGAAGGCUUUCCCAAACUUGGGUCUUCCAGUUGUUUUUGGACUACAACUCCCAUCAUCCCUAGCUAUCAGGACCAGUGGUUAAGGAUGAUGGGAACUGUAGUCCAAAAACAGCUGGAGACCCAAGUUUGGGAAACCCUGUUUUAGAGUAGCCUUUGCCAAGCUCUCUAGAUCAUGGAUAGGGAGCUAGAUCUGGCUGACGGGCCAGAUCCUAAUCUCCCCCAUGGGCCAAAUCCCAAUCUACCCACCUCUCAGUCACCUGAUGUCAUAAUAAUGCCAGGGGACUGACACUUAUCAAAAUUCAAAUGAGGUGGCUCACAAUCAAUCUGAGGGCACCACUGAAUGACACUAGGAACACACCUUCAAAGAGGUUCCUAAUCAGCUGACUGUCAGUUACAAGGGAGCACCUUUGAAGUCUCUGCGUAGAGGGAGAUGCUCCAAAAACAGCAGCAUUUCCCACUCUGCAGAGAAAUGAGUUUGGAUUCAAAGCCCUUUCAAUGCAAACCACUUCUUCUGAAAAGAAUUAAAUGCUAGAGAUAGUGCUUUGAAUCCAAGCCACUUACUCCAGCCCCAAAAGAGAGCUCUCUAGUGCAGGUGAUCCCAGCUGAUGGUUAGAACGUCAGCUCUCCAGGACUCAUUUCUUUGCACCUCCCCCAACCUGUCUUGAUUGCCCCAUAUUGCAGUGGGCAUGGCUGCCCACUGGCAGCCACGUUAACUGCAAAGCAUGUCAACAUUGUACAUUCUUAGAUAUGGACAUCAAAAGAUAUGAAUCCAGAUUAGAUCAUAAUAAUUUUUGGGUUCCAGUCAUGCAGGUAUGUUUGGGGAUGCCAAGCUGUAGUUUGAGGAGAUCUGGUUUUAUUGUUUCCUUCCUCCUGCUGAAUAUAUAGCCAUGUCUCCUCGUACCAGUUUUGUGGUCUUUUCAAUAGCUGGCUAAAUUGGGACGCAGGUGUGCGCAGAAGGGAUCACAUGGUUACAGACCACUCCAUCAUGAACACAUCACAUUCUUUUCCUUUUGCGCCCAGAAGAGGAAACACAAUCCACCUUGGCUACAGCUGUGUCUCAGCAGCUUAAAAUGGUCGAGGGAAUCCGCUUUUAAGAUGGUAGGAUUGUACACAAACAGAGGUCGGCCCAUAAUUUUGGGCAAGUUGGCAGUUGUGUCCAAAAAUAAUUGCUAAGUGGUGUUCAAAUAGCUACUUGUAUUCAUUCUGACUGAUGCCCAUACUCCUUACUCCCUGCAGCACUGGGACAGUUCUCAUGCAUAGGGAUUCUUGCUGUCCUGCAGCACCGCAUAUCUAAUAGCCAGAGUGGGAUACUGUAACUUAUCAGCUCUGCCAGACCAAAUGAUGGGGGAAGCCAAUAGUAGCCUGGCAGGAUCCUCCCCUUUCCCUUGCAAGGCUUCCUCCAGGUUUUAGGGGGCCUUUAGCAUAGUGCCCCUUGAUGGUCACCCAUCUCUGUUAGUGGAAAUCUGCAGUAACAGCAACAGUGCUCCAAGCACCGCCAGGCAGAUGGGUCUUAAAAAGGUAAAGGACCCCUGACUGUUAAGUCCAGUCGCAGACGACUCUGGGGUUGCGGCACUCAUCUCGCUUUACAGGCUGAGGGAGCUGGCAUUUGUCCGCAGAGUUUUUCCAGAUAAUGUGGCCAGCAUGACUAGCCGCUUCUGGCAGAAUGGAACACCGAAACCAGAGCAGUGCACGGAAAUGUCGUUUACCUUCCCACCGGAGUGGUACCUAUUUAUCUACUUGCACUUUUUGGGGUGUUUUUGAACUGCUAGGUUGGCAGGAGCAGGGACCGAGCAACGGGAGCUCACCCCGUCGCAGGGAUUCGAACCACCAGCCUUCUGAUCGGCAAGCCCAAGAAGCUCAGUGGUUUAGACCGUCUUAAUUUUUCACGGUGUCCCUGAUGGAGGGCUGAUUUGAGUUUGGAAAAUUAAAAGGGCAGCUAAGUCUCAGCACUUCUUGGCAUGGGAUGCUGGAGAAAUAUAUUUUAAGGGGGCCCCAGGACAUUUAUUAUGGGCUCUGCUGAGGCACUGGGGCCUUGGCACUAACUUAAGGUUGGCAGGUGUUGGCACAAGCUCUCUGGAAAGGGAUUCUUACAGCCUUUGGAAAGGGAUUCUUACAGCCUUGCCUCCGUGAGGCGCUAGUAAUGUUUGUGUGAAAUGCAUCUCUCUUUUUUCAAUUAUUGUGGGGGAAUAAUUAUCCUAUCUUUUGCAUCUUCAAUUUGCCAUGGUACAAUUUGUCUAUCCAAUAGGCACUUGUCAAAAUGUGGGUUUCUUCUUUCAGUAAACCAUCUGUUUAAGGUUAAAUGCAAAUGCUAUUAUUUCCACAUAUGGAAAUUGCAUUCACAUUGUGGUACAAUGUGUUUCUUGCUAUACUGAAAGAUACUUUUUUUCUAUAAUGCUUUCAAGGCUAAAGUAUUGUUAGCAGUUCACUUUGCCGUUCCGUGACUGGUUUGGGGGAGGUUGCAUGUGCUGGAAAGAUGAACAGCGUGGGCAGGGACAUGUACGUUUAUGAGUCCUUUUGUUUGGCUUUGGGGUAUUUUGUGUGUCUGAAAGAAUCAUCAGAGAAUAAUGGGAUUUAGAAGAAAGUGCACAGAUACUUCAUUGACAUACCAUAACUCUGGAGGUUUCAGAUUCUACUAAAUAUUUUUUUUAACCUGAAGCUCUACAGCAACAAAAAUGUAACCCGAUCCCAGAGCAGAUUAUAAGUAUUGAAUACUGUUAAUCUACCAUCACCAUCUAGAUCUAAAUCAGGGUUUCCCAAACUUGGGUCCCCAACUGUUUUUGGACUACAGUUCCCAUCACCCCAACCACUGGUCCUGCUAGCUAGGGAUUAUGGGAGUUGUAGUCCAAAAACAGCUUGGAGGCCCAAGUUUGGGAAAGCCUGAUCUAAAUGAAUGGAACCAAAAUUAUUUGUGACACAUUAUAUAAUGCAGACAUGAAUUCAGGACAUUAUGUAAGUUCUGUAAACAGAAUAAUUUAGGGUAGCAAGGGUUGGCAGUUGAUGCCCCUGGCCUAAUGUAGCCAUUUGGAAGGUGCUGCUAACCCUUUCCUCCAUAGCCUGUCUUCUUUCCUGUCUCCCUUCUAGGCUUCUUGAAAUUGCUUGGAAGGAAAGAUCUUCCAACAGCUAGGGGGAGCACAACCAUCCUUUUAGCUGUUUCCAAACUGGGAUUUUGUGGGAGUCUAUGGGUUUAUAGGAAAAGAAAAAUAGUAAUCAGUUGAAGAAGAGGGACCACAACUAUUAAAGGUGCAGGAGACCUGCUGCACGCACUCUCUCUCUCUCUCUCCCUAGCCAUUCUAGGCAAAGCCAACCUUUCUGCUCCCAGUUGAAGCUUCUGGUUGGCUACAUGCACCAUCAGUUUUCUUUUUUAAUCAGUUGGCAGCAUAGAGAACCUGUGAAGCAGAUCCAUAUAAACUACUGUUGUUGCAUCUUUCACACUUGAGAAGAUAAAACCAUGCUAUGGUUGUUGCCCAUUUAAUUUUUUUUUUAAUUGUUCACCUUUCAGCAGCUCUGUCCAGUAUAAAAUAGUACACUUGCAGGUUAUGAGGGCAAAAACGUGUGACUGAACAAACAACAAUAAAAAGAAGAACUGAAUAAAUAACUUAUUAAGAGCAAUCAUUGUGAAAAAUCUAGUGUAUAGCUAAAUUAAAAGUCAGUAGUUGGAGAAGCUACGACCAAAGCCAGCCCCUGAAAACCAGUUUCCUCCCAACUCUCAAGUUACAAAUUGAAAGGGAAAGAGAGGGUCAUGGAGAAUGGCAUGGGGCUUAUGAAUAUAGAAAUGAUAUGUUGGCAGUACGUAUGUUUUAUUAUGAGUUGUGGUGUAGCAAACUUGUGAUAAAGGAGGUGGCAUCGGUGAAAUUGUUGCCAAAGUGUGACAAGGCAGGGUUUGAAAGGCGUUGAAGAAGUGUGGCAGACUUUAUGAAUAUGCCCUUCAGAUUUAUUAAUUUUUAUCACAACUCCCAUCAUCCCUGACCAUUUGCUAGGGCUGAUGGGAAUUGCAGUUUAAAACAUCUGGAGAGUACUAUGCCGGGGAAGGCAAUUUUAGAGACUUUCCCAGAAAGCAUUGCAAUUGAUUAACUUUCUGUUUGGCAACCCGAACAGCUACUUAAAUUUAUAAAAUGCUUAUAUUUUCAAGACAUAUAGUGCUGUAGUAGUUUUGUGAUCUGAAGAUACAAAGCAAAAAAAGUGCAUUCAUCUUGAAAGUCCAUUUUCUCUCUUAAUGCUUUUCUGAACAGCUGCCUCAAUAUGGGUACUGUAACUUGAUAUAUUUUUGCCCUGGUUUAUUAGCACAAAUUUGUAAUGGUUGUUUUGGGAAAAAAUGUGCUGAAAAUUAAUCUGGAUCCCUUCACACUACAGUGGUUAGUUCAGCAUUACAAAACCUUGAGCAUUAACUUUCAUAACGGUCUUUGUAAACUUGUGAUUUGAGGCCUUAAAGUCAGCAAAACCAAAUUAUACUUCAACAGUGCUUUCUUCUUUGAUCAUUUUUCAAUAUCUGUGCCCCCAGACUGUUCCUAUAAUACAAAUUACUUUGCCAGAAUAAUGGGGCACGAGCCCAUUGGUCUGUUUUUGUAGUUUGGUUGCUGUGGUGAUCCUCAGCCUUCCAUAAAAACUGGUAUCUCCAGGGAAACUGAAAGUUUGCAGCUGUCUUUACCUCCUUGAUAUUGUAUGUGUCUGCAACGCUCUUUCGAAAGAGUCUUAAUAACUGCAGAGGCAUGCAAAGCCUAUAUUGAAAGAUUAUUCACUUGAUAAUGCCCAUUUUUCCUGUGCUGGAUGUAUUAGUUACAAAAUGCUCUCAGUGAAUUCUAUAACAUUCUCUCACAACUAGGCCUUUCUCUUUCUUAUUGACUGCUAUAUCUAUAGUGGAAAAGAGGAAACAAGUGUUUUCUGAAACUUCCAUUUCCGUCUUAACCAAAACUACAGUGGUACCUUGGGUUAAAUACUUAAUUCGUUCCGGAGGUCCGUUCUUAACCCGAAACUGUUCAUAACCUGAAGCACCACUUUAGCUAAUGGGGCCUCCUGCUGCCGCUGCGCUGCCGGAGCACGAUUUCUGUUCUUAUCCUGAAGCAAAGUUCUUAACCUGAAGCACUAUUUCUGGGUUAUCGGAGUCUGUAACCUGAAGUGUAUGUAACCUGAAGUGUAUGUAACCCGAGGUACCACUGUACUUGUAUCAUCCUUUGAAUAAUGGUGCAUGUGGGUUUUGGUUGUUUUGUAAGCACAUAUUAUUGAUGUUUUCCUGUUCGGUGCAUCUUCAGAAUACAGGCGAUGGAUUGCAUGAUAGCUGGCCUAAGUCACUGUGCCGCCUGAGGCAGGGAAGUCUCCCGACUUCUUCCCCAGUCUGCCUUUUUGAAUUGCUUUGCCAGUACAUUAGCAGUGGCAAUGCUGGCAUUCCCAGACUUGAGGCCAUCUUCUCUCUCAGUGUCCUUUCUCAGAAGGAAGCAGUGUCAGAAGAUAGCCCUGAAGAGUGCCUGUGCCGCCAUGACUUUGUCACAACAGUGGGUGGCAGAGAUAAGGGAGGAGGAGAGGGAGUGUGUGACCCUGCAAGGAGGUUAGGCUAGUUCACAUAGCAUUAAACCAAGGCUAGCUAAUGUGGUUCCCUCCAAAUGGACUCAACUCCCAUCGUCCCUGACCAUUUCUCUUGCUGUCUGGGGCUGGUAGUUGGAGUCUCAAACAUCUGGAAGGUACCAUAUUGGCUACCUCUGCACUAACUGGUGGUACAGUGGUACCUCGGGUUAAGAACUUAAUUCGUUCUGGAGGUCUGUUCUUAACCUGAAACUGUUCUUAACCUGAAGUACCACUUUAGCUAAUGGGGCCUCCUGCUGCCGCUGUGUCGCUGCUACACGAUUUCUGUUCUCAUCCUAAAGCAAAGUUCUUAACCCGAGGUAAUAUUUCUGGGUUAGCAGAGUCUGUAACCUGAAGCAUCUGUAACCUGAAGCGUCUGUAACCCGAGGUACCACUGUAUAACCUUUCAUCUCAAAUGUCAUUCCCAGUGGAAUCGCAGACACUUCCUGUACCUUCAGGUUGCUCAAUUUUCCUCUUUUUCAUGGCCACUGUCACCUGGUGUGUGCUUGGUUUUUUAAGAGAAGUGAGAAGGAAGUUAGAUUAUCUUGUUUAUACAGCUCUUGAAGGAAAUAUGUUAGUACGUUGUGGGGUGGGGGAAGAGAAUUUGGAAAAAUAUGCCCAGUAUUCCAAACAUUGAUAAGUUCAAGCCAGAAAACUAUGAUUGCCCACUUACAAUGAAGAAAGAGGUUUUAGGAUAAUGGUUAAACUGAAGUAUUAUUUACUGCUGAGCAGGUGUCUUUCUAAGUUUGCCCGAACACUGUCGCAAGAUCCAAAAUAUCUCAUCUCUUUCCUGGAAUUGUUUUCAUUAGCAGACCUCAUCCUGAGCUUGCUAGACUUCUUCCCUAAAAGCUGUUUAGCCCACACGCCAGACUUUGCAACGGAGAAUCGCUCCUGCCUUUUCCUCCAAUGGGCUCACGAGGCUUGUGCCUCUGUGGGCUGCCCAGGGGCCCAUACAUCCAAAAUCUCCAAACCUGCCCACAGAAGUCUGUUAACAGCAAAUUUAGACAUGAUGGGGGCCAUAUGGCAACUGAGCUCCGAGGAGCCAGGAACCCCGGUGGCUUUAGGAUGGUGGCUUUUCCCAGCAGUGCAGAACAGCUAAUAAUGACAUUGUGACUAUACUUAAUCUGUGGGCGUCAGGGAAUGUAGUAUUGAAUUGUCAGUGGCUUUGGAAUUGCUGUGCAGACUGGGUUAUUUGAAGAGAAAAUGGGCACUCUGCUGAGGGUUCGGUCCUCCCAGUCAGAAGCAGGUUUCCUAGCUUCCCUGCCAUUUAUGAGGAUUAGGCUCAGGAAUGCAAAACUGUGAACUUGGAAAUUAGGGUUCAAAUUCCACCUCGGUUCUGAACUCAGUAGGUGGCCUUAAGCAUGCCUCUGCCACAACUCUACCCCCAUCUGUAAGUGGUAAGGGUGUUCGCACGUUACGUUUAAAGAGUAUACAAGGGGUAUAUUCAAUAGUUGAGCUGCACAAAUCAGCGAGCGUACACGAGCUCUUUUAUGCAAACAGUUGCACCUGUGUUCAGUGUGAUGUGUGAAGAAGUCUAGAGUUGAUUCCUCUCCUAAUCACUCUCCUCACUGCUCUUGUAACUGCUUCUUUGCCAGUCCCUCUGAGCCCAAACCAACCACAGGGAGAGGGCCAGGCAAGCAGAGGGUGCCUCUCCAUCCCCUUGCUUCUGUCACUGCCAGGGCUGCCAUACAUCCAGGUUUUGAGAUCCAAGAAAAGCCCCCAAAUGUGUUUUUGGGGAGAGAUGUUCCCCCAAAAAGCUCGAUAACUUUGAACAGCAACCCUAACCACUGCUCACUUCUUUGGAGAAGGUGGUUGCAGGCAGUGACAGUAACGAGGAGGAGCGAAGGUAGGGGGCUCUGGGAGUUGGCACUUGGUCCCCUGCCCUGCAGAUGCCCAUGGCUGGCCAUACCAUCAAACAGAGCAAGGUGGCCAUCUUAGGCUGCUGAUUUUGGGUUUUCUUAUAAGGGCAGCAAAUUGCUGCUAAUAAUAAUAGAUAGUUGUUGUUGUGUUGGUUGUUAUUAGCAACAUACACUGUCGUUUUACUGCUAGGGAGGUGGAGAAGAACUUGUGGGGUUGUGUGUUUCAGGUGCCAAAAUAACGUGACCAGAUUUGAGUCCUGUGUGCCUACUUUGAGUUUGUGUGCAUGAAUUUUUUUUGCUCUGCCACAGAUAGCAAAAUUCCUUGAGAUGGCUCUGCAGAUGUACAGUAUUGCUAACCCCUCACCCCAGCCCUGGCAGUGUCCAGAACAUUACUAUUUCAAAUUUCACAUCAGUCAUGAACCGAGCAGGUGGGCUUAAGCACAUUCCUUUUCCUCAGUCCCAUCAUCAUCAUCAUCACCAUCUUAUCAACUUGUCUGUGUAUAAGGAUUACUGAGAAAAUGUACACAAAGCACUUGAAAUGUUAAAGAAGCACUAUAUAUUAAUUAUUUUUGGAAUAUUUAUCAAAUAAUGACCACAUUUUAAUUGGUUGAUGUGUAUUUGUGGUUUUUUUAUAGGUCACCUUACAUUUGAAUCCGAUUUCUUCAAUUCAUAUUCACCAGAGGCCAUUGGCAUUCAUACUGAACUCUCCCGUUCCCCUGGUAUGGAAGGUGAAAACAGAAAGACUUGCCCCAGAGAUUUCAAGGUUUUUCACUGUAAGUAUUGGGAGCUUCAUGAAGCUUUGUAGCCACUUCAUAAUGGACCCUACUCAGUUAGCUGGUACUCCUUUCGAAGAAGGGGAAGGGAAAGUCAUGUCGAUAGAAAGAAAUGUUAACUAGUUAUCAGGUUUCAGAACAAAGGCUCUUGGGAGCAGUUAGGUGGCUUGUGGAAGCAAUUUGAGUUCUCUCCAGUUAUUUAUUUGAACUUUUGUUUAAAAUGGGGUUUAUGGCAUUGCCCUUAAUGUGUGAUCAUCGAUUCUAGUGGGCUUCCUAUUCUGAGAGGCUGUGUGGCCUUGUGACAGAUCAUAAGCCCUGGAAGGCAUGAUAGGAGCAAUGCCAAAGGCAAGAGCAUGGAAGAAAAUGUUAACUAACAAACAACUUGCUUUCUGUGUGGUCUGCAACCAAAUCUCUAAUCACUUUGAGACGAGCCUCUUGGUGCACAGCGGAAAGUCUUUAUUAUUAUUAUUUGAGGUUUUGUUAAAGGUACAAAAAACUAGGCCCAGGAUGAAGUCAUGUAUGUGCUUCUCAAAUACUGGCAUGUUGCUCCUGGAGAAAGAUCCAGCUAUUACCUACUGUUUUGUAAAUCACUCCUUCACAGUUUGCCAGGACAUUCAAAUUUGCUGUUUGUAAAGCUGAGCAGACUGGUUGUUUGGAUUGCAUUUUUAGGCUAUGAUAUCAUGUCUCAUGGUGUGUCCUUAAAGCUUCACUAUUUAACAUCCUAAUUUCGGAAACAAACAUUACUGUUGCUGGUUGUAGAACAAUUGCACGGGGUCCAGUCCUGCUUUAUAAAGCACAGCCCACAACAUGAAAUAGGGCAAGUGAUGUUCAUCCUGAAUUGGAAUAAGAGAGUGAGUUUUCUCAGAUUGCAUCUGGAACCCAGCGGACAAUCCAGAAUGUAGUAAUGAGAACAAAUGUUAUUACCACAUGUACUGAACUCAUUGGAAUGCAGUUUAUAGUGUAGUAUUACACUAUUCCUGCUAUGAGCAUGUGGGACAGAAAACUCUGGUUUGGGGCAGCUAAUCUGGAAGAAGAGUUGUGAAGUGGAUAUUGUCUUGUGAGCUGAGCCUGAGACCCAGGCCAAAUAUUGGAAGGUCGGGGGAAUCACAUUGCUCAGUCCUCCUGGUGCUAUACUACAGGAUUCAAAGAUCAGUUUAGUGCCCUGUGUAUCUUGACCCUGAGAUGGCCGUUUGAUCCAGAGGUGAACUAUUCUGUAAGUUUUUGUUUCUCGCAUCUUUCCCUUUUCCCAAUAUUAAGUUCAGUUUACAACACACUUCUGUGUCAGUUUGCAAAAUGCAUGUGUGAAUAAUAUGUGUGACCAGUUCUUAAACACAUUGAAAAUUUCUCCUUACUAGCCAGAGACAUUCAGAAAUGUCUACCCUCAGGCUGGAUUGUGCUGCCCUCACAGUUCCUCCAAUGUCUAGGAUGCAGAAUUAUUCAAGCUUACUCUGACCCUUGUACUGAAUAUUUUCUUGCUUGAUUGCCAGACUUUCCAUGCCACUACAUCCUGGAAAACAUAGUAUUUUGAAUCCUUGCACAUUCCCAGUUUGUUUUAUUUCUUUAAUUUUGGGGGGGAAAGUCCAUUGUUUAUAAAGAGAAAUAUGUGUGUCUUACAUGAUGUACUAAUGUCAGAAUUAUUGUGUCUGUCUCUAUGGAAGAAUUUAGCUGGAUGAUUCAUAGACUUUUUGGCUUCUCUUGCUAAUGUAAAAGGACAUUGCUUUUUCAUUCAAAAAUGUGAAGAGGUUAUUUUCCAUCAAAAACUCAAUAUUUUGAGAUGAAGCUUCUAAUAGAAAGAUGAUGAACUAAAAGGACCUAUACUUUAAGGACUGAAAGAAAGGCAUUCUGGAGCAACUGGCAGCCAAAUUAAAAUCUUGCAGUUAAGUUGCCACAUAACAGUAUGAGAGCUGUCUUAGCGGAAAGCCAGUCUCAGAGGCCAUCUGGGUACCUCUCACGAACCUCUCAGCUAGCUUCUCCCGUAUUUUGUCUCUAGCAUCAAAUAAUCAGAGAAAUCAGCUUUGAACGUGGAAAUUCCAUUUUUGGUUAUUAAUAGCAAUUAAAUGAUACCGUGUUCAAAGCCCUUCACAUGCAUAUGUAAGGUAGGCCAGUUCUUUGUGGCCUGGUUUUCAAUGAGAUGGUCAAACCUGUUUCUGGAUGAAAUUGUUCCAAACUGCAGGUGGGGGCUCACAUAGCCAUGUGAGCAUCCACACUAAAAAAAACCCUGCCACAUAGAUUAGGGCUGUCAAAGAUCCAGAAUCUCUUGACAUACCCAGGAUUCAUCUGUAGGAAAUGGCGUCCAGGGAAACCCGGGCAUAUGGCAACCUGGAAGUGUUAGGUUUUUGGGGCAAAUUUCCUAAAAAAAUAGCUCAAAAACUUCAUUUUCUUUUGGGAGAUUUUGCAAAAAAGAAAAAAGAAAAAAAAAAGCUCUACAAUUUUUGUAUCCAGAUGCCAACUGUAACAUAGAUGACAAGGAAAAUGGCUCUAGGCUAGCCUUUCCCCUCCCACAAUGGUUUUCUGAGUGCAGGAAUUUAGCGAGCGUUGUUUGGUCCUGCUCAAAGAGAAUAUAAGACUAUGUUCUGUCUCCACUGCUGGAGGCAGCAUGCCUCUGAAUGCAUGUUGCUAGGAAUCUCCAGUGGGGAAAGUGCUCUUGUGCUCAGGUCCACCUUGUGGGCUUCCCAUGAGCAUCUGGUUGGCCACUGGGUGGACAGAGUCCUAUACUAGAUGUGGACCUUUGGCCCGGUCCAGCGGGGAUCUUCUUGUGUUCUCAAAGCAUUCAAUGGCAUGAUAUCCCCUGCGUGACAUGCUUCAGGCGUACCACCUUCUGUGAGAACUAAGCCUCGUAUGUUUUUGUAUGUUACGGAAAAGAUAUUUUAAAGCGAUAAAGCGUGGGUGAGGGGGUGAGGAAAUGGGCCGAUAGGAAAGGGUUAAGAAGCCCCCUCCUCAUUCUACGCUUUGGCCAGAGUCCCCCUUCAAAUUGUAACUUCAGCUGCUGCAUUUUUUCAAAGCAAAAAAAGAAGCAAAGAGUUCUGAGGGGGAAAAGAAUCACAGAACUACAGUGGUACCUCAGGUUACAUACGCUUCAGGUUACAUAUGCUUCAGGUUACAGACUCUGCUAACCCAGAAUAAUGCUUCAGGUUAAGAACUUUGCUUCAGGUUGAGAACAGAAAUCGUCCUCCAGUGGCGUGGCAGCAGCAGGAGGCCCCAUUAGCUAAAGUGGUGCUUCAGGUUAAGAACAGUUUCAGGUUAAGAACGGACCUCCAGAACGAAUUAAGUACUUAACCCGAGGUACCACUGUAUAUGUAAUUCCUCCGUUAGCAAUAUUGCAAAUCGUAUCUUUGAUUUUUCAGCGACAUUAGUUCUUAUACAUAUUUUAUUUGUAUUUUUAUCACCCAUGCUCGUAAAAUCUUUCUCGGGCGCUUAUUAUCCCUUUUGUGCGUCCUCUGUGAGUAGACAAUGUUGAAGAGGACUGACUAGAACUACAGCCUGUCGACAACUGUACUUUUGAAUGUGAUUCACGAGGGAACAAAUUCAUAAUGAUUUUGGAGGGUUUUUAAAACCUGUUUUGCAUUGAAAAAAACUGGUAUGUGCUUUAGGUUGGUUCCUUCCCCUCCACAGACCCUCACAUCUUGUUAGGAAGUGAGUUAUGUUCUCCUCUACUAGGGGGAUUAAUUUAAUAGCAGGAGUAAAUCACUGUGAAGGGUAGAUUGUUUGAGGUCUUUGGUGACUUGUUCAUUCAAGCAGUGCUGGAAAUGAAACACACGCACACAUACAUACAAUCCAAAUUGGGGCGCAUAGGAUUUCAGCUUUAGCCUUAUAGGAACCUAGGGGGACUUAUUUCUGGGUAGAAAUGCAUAGGAUUGUAAUAGUUCACAUGACAGAACACUGUUCCAUGACAAAACACUUUGUUCCAUGCUGCCUGUUCACCUACUCCAUUCCUGUAGAAAUUACCACUUGGAACGGGGAAAUAUCAUUCAUAUUUGAGCAUGGAAUCACCUGAUCCAUGUAAAUGGGAUCCUGCUUGAAAGUAGGGUUUGGAUCGCAGGGUUUAUAUGCCUCCAUGGAACAUCUUUCAGAGCCUUCUGGAAUUUUGCAAGUUUCUGCCUUAUUUCUUCCUUGAACUUCCUUUCUUGGACUUGACUAUACAGCUGCAAAUAAAACGUUUUAUGUUGUAAAGUGCAAUAUGUGACACUAGAUGGCAACAGUGAGCUAUGGCAAAUUCAAUGUAUUUUUCAAAACAUUUUUUAGAAAAGCAUUUUCACAGCGUUCUUUUAAUAUGUGUGUAGAUUCCACCUUACUUUCCAAAUCUCACUUGGAGCAGAGGUGGAUGUAGGUGUGUAAGUCUAAUCUGAAUAGACCUACUGUAAAACAACACUGGGAAUGCAUGGCCAAACUGAAUAAGCCUCUGCUGUUCCCAUGUACCACUUUAACCACGUAACCUGACCCUUUGCCAGAUUAAGGAUCUAUAAUGUACUGCAUUCACAUACCCAUAGGAGGCCAGUGUUCUGGCUUCUCAUCCAGCUGUGGCAGAUUUCUUCGCCAUUUAGCAUUUCAGUUAAAAGAAAAGUCUUUGCACAAGGAGCAAAACAAUUAAACAUCUGAUGCAAAGCAGUUUCAUUAGCGGUGCCCUUAAACCCUAGAGAUACUCGAAGGCAAUAGGGGAGAAAGCCAUUCCUUUCCCCCUCGCAGGAUUUAAAUAUCUCCAACCUGCUGUUCCGUCCUGGAGGGUAAGGGAAAUCCCAGCCGCACUAUUGCUAAUUCCCCUCCCUCCUUUUUUUUCCGCUUCAAGCAAGUUUGCGCAUGAAGGUAUUGGCAGGAAGCCAUGCUUUUUUAUUUUUUAUUCUAGUGUCGAAGAGGUGGCCUUUGCAGGUGUUACUCAGCUGGUGGAAACUUUUGCUUCAGGAGGUAGCCCUUUGACUUUCAUGGCUCAAGAUCUUUCCUGCUGGAAUGCAGCUGUUUGUUAUGGAAACUACAAUGAAUCUUCCUUAGAUACUUCAUGCAGUCCGUGGCCACAGAGACAUUAGUGGGUUUAAACAUUCAGCAGAGGGCAUGUGCAGUGGUUUACUAUUUUGAACAUUCUUGACACAAAGCCAGCAAUAUUUAUUCAAAGGCCUUUAUAGCACACCCUUCCCUCUAUGGGACCAGGGCUGGUUACAUGCAGCUCAACACAAUUAAGCCAUAACUUCCUCCAUCCCCAAAGGUUGUGCAAAAAAAGUGCACCUUGACCUGACAUCAGAAUGUAUACAGUGGACGUUCAGGUUGCGGGAGGCACGUUUACAACCCUCAGCAUUCGCAACCUGCAGUGCUGUGUCUGUGCACGCGCGGGUCGCGAUUUGGCGCUUCUGCGCAUGCGCAAAGCGUGAUUUAGUGGUUCUGCACAUGCGCGAGCGCCGAAACCCAGAGGUAACCUGUUCCGAUACUUCCAGGUUUGGUGCGGUGCGCAACCCGAAAACACACAACCUGAAGCGUCUGUAAUCCAAGGUAUGACUGUACAGCGACAAGGUGCACCUAGGAGGGGAGGGCUUUCCAAAAUUUGGGGACCUCCAAAUUCUGUCUCUCUCUUACACCCCCCACCCUUACCUUCAUAUAUGUUGUGGGCCUAAGGACUGUGAUGCAAGUCCCUGCCUGUCACUAAUGUCAUUGGGGUGGGAUUCAUGAGCAUCCCUGCCAUACCCAGAAUUCUGGAUCAGGGCAUUUGACUGCAUGACUGAAACAUCUUAUUCCUUGCUCAUGAGUAUUGAUUCCAGAAAGGUUAUGUACAAGGGUUUUUUUAGGGUAGGGUCCCUCAGGGUACAGCCCUUUGAGAGGUGUGCAAUCUACCAUUGGUUCCUGACUCUAUAUGUUUGCACAGGUAAGUAAUCCUACUGGCUUUAAAGGGAUUGCUCGUGGUGCAUUUGGUGAUCCAAAGCACACACACGCUGUGGCAAAGAAUGAAUGGUUACUCUGCUUAAGGCUAGCAAUUAAAAGUCCUGUAUCCAUUUCUAGAAAUAUAAAGUGAAGCUGUGUCAUUAUUUCUGGUGAAGCCCGGUUUGCUUCCUUCUCCCAAGAAUAUGUUUCAGAAAUGUUGGGCCCUUGCCAUCAAACCACAGACCGCUCUUUGGUGUGCACUGGAUUUUGGAUGGCUGUCAAAACUCACUGAAAAACAAGUGCUAUUUCUUUUCCUGUGCCUAGUAUUUAACGGGAAAUCAGGAGGCUACAUUUCCAAUCACUUGUUAAAUCAACCCAGAUGUGAACGGAGCACUAGGCUAAGAGGAGAAGAGGGUAGAAUAGGGUAGGAAAUGUAGAACUAGUGAUAAAACGUGAAUAAAUAGUGACCUUCAUAUGAUUUCAAGUCAAAGAAGAAGACAGGGGUCACGUUUCCUAAAGUUUGUAUGUGAAUAAUUUUAUGGGAUUUAAAAAAAGUUCCUUUUGUGUCCAAACCAGAGAGUAAUUGAAUUUUUUUUUUUUUUUGCUUAAUUCAUUUGUCAGUUCAUUUCUUCCCACUGCCUUAUGCUGCUUUAGAGUAUGUGGAAUUAGCUGUUUAAAUUCCUGUUUAAAGUAAAAAUAAUUCCUGUUUAAAGUGAAAUUAAAAGCCACUUUCUUAGGCCACUAACUAUGGUCAUAUCCAGUGUUUGUUCUACUCAGAAUAGACCCAUUGAAAUUAAUGGGCAUCACUAAUUUCCAUGGGUCUACUCUGGGUGAAAGUUAAUUCGGCUACAACCCAAUAUUUUGAAUAUCUCCCACUAAACUAAGGAUGCCAGAAUGGAAGGUGUUGUUUAUAUAAGCGCUUCCAACUGGGAUUUUAUUCUGCACUUGGAUUCAUUAAACCUUCCUAGAAUAGUGGAAUAAAACUAGGUGGGGAGAGGGUUCAUGAUCAAGAAAUUAUGGACUUGUAAUUAUGUUAGGUUCCAGUUACAAGUAACAUAUGAUGCACCAGCUUUUUUUAUCUGCUUUAAAACACAGACACAAAUAAACGAAAAUAAGCAAUUGUUGCUGACUGAUGCACUGAAAUUAUCAUUGCCCCAAGCAUUUUUACUACAUACUGCAUGUUCAGUAUAUUGACUGUCAUGUUAGAAAUAUGAAUGCAACUAGAUCAGCGUGCCUCUUACAGUGCUUUGACUAUAAAGCACUUAUAUAUUUACAUAUGUAACAGACUAUUUACCACACACAUCUACGCCUUUUGAUAUAUGGUAGAUCUCUCUUUACACGCAGCAGGACAAAUGAGACAGCCAGAUUACCAAGGAGUUGCCUGCACGUCACAGUAAGCUACCAAUUGCUAAAUCACCAUCUAUAUCUACAUCGAAGCCACCUCAGUGCCAGAAGGAAGAUGUUCUCUCCCAGGAGUGGAGAACAUCUGGACAACGUAUGUUGCUGGACUACAGUUCCCAUCAUCCCUGACAGUUGGCCAGACUGUCUGGGGCUUAUGGGAGCUCAGGGUCUAGUAACAACCGGAGGGACAUAGGUUCUUCAGCCCUGAUCUAUCUCUCCUUAUCCAUGUUUACUGGGACCUCCAGUCCCAACAGAUGUUGCCUUGGUGCAGGGCUUGCCCACCUUUCUGGGGUCAGUGGACACAUUUGGAAUUUUGAGAAAGUGCCAUAGACUUCCGUAACAAAAUGACCACUAGGCUUGCUGACAGAGAGAAGCUCUUUGCACAUCUCUGUUUGGUACAGCAGGGAGGGAAGGAUGCCCAGCCCUAACAUCCACUGAAAUGUGGGCAGGGUUAAGGGAUGUUUUCGAUGUCUGAAAGGCUGAGCGAGUACAGUCAGAAUCUGAGCAUUGUUCAUGCAUUGUGGAGUUUUGAGAGGAUAUUUCUUUUGACUUUUUGCUGGUGCUAUAAGAGCUACUGGCAGACACAUUGGCACCCAUGCACACCACAUUGUCAACCCCUGCCUUAGUGCAACCACCAGCAGAUUUGGGUCAUAUAAUACAGUACUUCUUGGGAGCUAAAACAAAUCAGACAUUCAUGAAUGUUCGCACUGGACUUGUUGUUCACUUAACAUUUCUGUAACUUAUAUAGAAAAUCAACAGAUUUUCUGCUAUUCUGUCAACGCAAACAAUUGCUCCACUUUGGUUAUUUCUCCCCUUCUUUGCUGGCAGGAAGCACUAGGCUGGCCUCUUAGUUUAAUUAGAUGUAAUAAUGAAGUAGAGAUGGGAGGAUGAGCAGAGAUAACAUAAAUGGAGGUGGCGAGGAGUGGGAAUUGGAUUACAGAAAGGGCCGUCUUGAAUAUUAUAUUUGUUGCCCCUCUCAAAUGUAGUGCUUGGGACACAGCCUAAUGAGGUGCUCACUUUGUCCCUGAUAAGGGGAUCUGUACCUUCUUGAGCAGGCUUUUGCUCAUCAGAUAACUCAAGCUGAAAAUGGCCUUGGCAGUCAAUCUGCAUACUUUUAAAACCAGAUUAUGGUAAGGAACAUAAACAACCAUAGAGUCAAGGGCGUAGAUUAUUCUGUCUCUUUCUGGGGAAACUAAAGAAAAGUCAGCAACGAACUCCAGUCUGGUAUGAAUUUAUGAUAUCUAACUGCUGGGGGAAAAACAUGUGCUGGUUUGAAAUAAACUUUCUUUCCACAAACAUUUAAUUUAGCAUUUUUUGUCUUUUCAGGGAUCUACAAUGAGUUUCUGGUUAGUGGAGGGAGAAAGUGGUAGAUCAUGGAAUCCUAUUAGUUUCGAUAUUGUUUCCCUUUAUUUCUGUAGCUUUCUAUUCAGAUUGGUCAUGUCUGUUAAGCAACCCACCACCCAUUCCAGCACCCAUUUGUAAUGUGUAUCUCAGGAAGUUUCUUCACAUAUUUGAGAAAUUUCCUUUUAUUUCACUCUUAAUUGUCUAAGAACUGUCUUGGUGACCCCAUGAGAUUGUCACUCUCACCUUUAUGAGUGCCAUGGAAAGAUCAUGGAGAUGGGGUGGUCAGAUCCUGUGGAAGAAUGGGAGAAGCUUGGGGAAUGAGAGCUUGACGCACAGGUCCUAGUGGGAUGAGGGGAGUGAAAUUGGGACCCCAAUAGAUGUUCGAGUCAGGCAAGAAGCCUGGUGGUUUAGGGGAUGCAAAGACCUUGGAGAUGGUGCAGCCUCUGACACAUCUCUCUUCCCGUGGCACCUUCCUCCUGCCAGUGAGGAGACUCCUCCUUUGUAGCAGGUGACUUGAAGUAAAUCAGAUACUGAGCCGCUGAUGAAACUGCCUCUGUCUCCCAGGACACCUCAAAGACCCCACACACUUGAAGGAGUGCCCAGUUCCUUGCCUACUUUUGAGACUCUGGCCACUUGUUGCACUAAGAGCUAUGGCCGCCCUGCCCUUCAAAAGAGAGGUGCAGGGACCAUGUCACUUGCUGGAUCAAUGUCUUAGCUUGAGUUUAGCCAUGCGCCAAUACCUCUUUACACAUGUUCCUUUGUGCAACCUGAACUUUUCCUGUGCACUGAUUUGAUUUGUGCGUUAAAACCUUUGACAGAAACUGAAUCCGUAGUUCAAGUUCUUUGCCUACCAAUGAGGGCCAGGACACUUGGAACUGCCACAGAAUGACUUUAAAAAAACUUAGUGAUCCAUUUCCAUGUUAGAAUCCGUUUCCAUGUUUCCAUGUUAGAAUCUCGCUUAUAGUAGCAGUCCUCCCUUUAUUCUUUUCUUUACACCCCAACAGAUGCUUCUUCCUGGGGAGUCAUACACAUUAGUUGUUGAGGUAAUCAGACCUGGAUAAGCCUUUCUUACUUACUUCAUGUGGAAUUCCAACUUACCGCAUCUACAUUCAUGUUGUAGAGGUGGCAAAAGUUUUAACAACCCCAAAUUGCAACACUUAGAAUAAAAAUCUAGCUUGCUUGGCCUUUCAGAUACAGCAAAGUCCAGUCUAUGUGCCUCAGUUAUUGGAAACUGGCCAAUCCAAGGAGAUGUCACAAUUCCUUGUGGGUAAGGAGAAGUUACCUACAGAAUUGUUGGAAAUCAAGCCUGGUUUCAGCAGCGAUCAUGUCUUAGGGGAGGGAAAAUGCAUUUUAGAAACCUCAUUGCCACAGUUAGCUGAAAAGCUCAGGCCGCUUCAUAAGAAUGGGGAAUAAAAUAUAAGAAUAAUUCCAGUGCUGUAUACAAUUGGGAGCGAAGCGUAACAUAGUUUGAAAGACAAAACCUUUCACCCUGUGUACAUUUUUAAAGUGUGUCUCUCUGCUGUAACACAAGUGGAGCUGAAGCUGCACACAGCAACAGAGGGGGAUGACAAAGGCUUGUCAAAUGUUGGAAGCACCAAUAAGAGCAGGAAGUCCCCAGUCAGCAGAGGUGUUAAGAGCAUCAGCUGAAUUGAGGGAGACAUCUAGCAGCAGGAAGAAUAUAUAUUGCCCCCAAAAUUGUGCAUAUGAAGCCCAUCAAUUCUGGUUGGGUUGUGAGACUCUUAAGAUCAUUUUAGUCACUUUAUUUCUUUGUAACUGUUCCAUUUUGGGGUAACUACUUAGCAAUGCUCCGUUUGCAUUGUUAAUAGGUCAUGUUUUGAGAGCACAGCAUCUCAUAAGUAUUAGGCAUAUGUUAACAAAAGGAAUAAGAAGCACAGACAUACUCAUCAUCUCAUAUUACUAGCUAAAGAGGUACCCAUAGAGCUAAGAAAAGAGUUUGUGUAGAAGGACUGCUGUUAACGUGUAGUUUUUAUCAUGUUAGUCAUGUUCAACGGAAUCCAUUUUUUCCCAGUGGAUUAAUAUUUUCAAAGACCAUCCAAAGGUUUCUGAUUCAUAGAUUUUUGUGUCAGCAAGGACCAGCCAAAGUUCUCCGAUUUAGAGAAUUUCUCGUCUGCAAAGGGUCAGCUGCCUCAUUUUGGGAAGGAGAACACUUUUGGCCAAAAGAUCAUUCUGAGAAUAUCAAAUGAGGCAAUAGGAAAAAGAAUAGGGAGGAAAAGCAGAAUAGGGAGGUUCUUACAUGAGCUGCUUCCUGUGUAAAAACUGCCCUUAUCUGGAGCUCAGUGUGAUGACUGGUGUGUGGUUACAUUUGGUAGGUGCAUCAUGUGCUCAUUUAGAAAAGUAAAGAUGGUGCCUCUAUGGAGUUGGCUACAGUGAUUGGCAGAGACAUUUUCAUAACUACAAGCCUUGACAGAGGGGUUGUUAGCCAGCUACCUGACUUGGCUAGGAGAUUCAUUAACCUGUGACCCCAAAAUUCAGGAUAUUCCCCCCCCAACUGAUGCCAAAGUUUUGUGCUGCCAACCGAACAAGGUUGGGUUUUGGGGUGUUCUUAUCGUCCCCGGUUUGAGUGUCAGUUACUCAGUUUCGGGGUUGGGGUGGCACAAAACAUAGGGUUCACAGCACAACACGGCACUAAACUAGCACAAAACUUUGUUAUGAGUUUGGGAGGGGAUCCUGAAUUUUGGGGUCACAGGUUAAUGAAGCUUUGGAUAAGUAGUCUGCAGGUGAACAGUGUAUGUACCUUCUGUGCAUCAACACAGGAUCUUGCUGAAUUAAAGAAUGUUGGGCUCCAGCUGGGAAGUGAAUGUGUUAGAAUUAAGAGCCCCAGCACACCAUAGCAGGAUUCCCUCUACUCUAUUGUUGUAUAAGCUCCCUCAUACCUGUUUACUUGGCAGGUAGGGGAUCAAAGCAGUAUGGGUAGGUGGGAAACGUAAUUCCAGACACAAAACAUCCCACUGACUGCACUAGACCUGGAUUUGAAAGUUCAUUGAGAUUGUGCUUCCAUGCUGCAGAGUUCACAGGUCUCUCUGUCUCCUGCACCUCCAUACUGCAAAAAGGAAGUUUCAUCCUCCCUCUGUUGCUGCAGAUUUCCAAGUUUGCACCCAGUGCAAAGUUCUCUAUCUCUGUCCCAGCACAUGGUUUUAAAACGGCAUACUCUUGGGGUGAUAGCCUAACGUUGAGAUUCACAAAAUAAUUCCCUGAGUCGUUUGUUUGUUCGAGCAGGUAUUCAGAAAUGCUCCUCUGCCGUCACGUGAUAUCCUCCUCGCCUCUGUCAAAAGGUGCUCAGGAGCUUAGCCAAUCCUUAAGCACCUUCCUGUUAUUUCAGACAAGUCCAGUUGUUGGCUUUGGAAUGCUACCUUCACAGUUCACAUGUACCUUCACGUCCUGGAUACUUUGAGAGCAGCCUCACGCUCCUGAAACAGAUCCGUUCUAUAGAGGAAGCAGUUAACGUUUGACGAAAAGUGGUGAAACAAAAGUGACGGCUGCCUUUUCUUUCCCUCUCUGGAAGAGCUUCUUGAAUGCAGUCCAAAGAAAAUAACGUGCUUGGCUCGUUGAAUGUAGCCUUAAGCCCUCAUAGUAAAACUUUGAGACCUGGCAGGCACAACAGAGUCCUCCUUUGCUCUUGCUUCCUCUGCUUGAUUUCAGACUGCAACACUUCGUGCAAUUUUUUUUUUAAGCAAGCUUUAAUUAAUUAGCAUCAGUUAACCUGUAAUUCCAGAUUGGAAGCAGCAGCACUGAGCCACACUGACUGUGCAUGCAGGAGUUGUCUCUCUCUUCUCCUUAAUCUUAAAGGGCAGGUGGCCCUUUAAAUAGGGUGAAAUGAAAGGAUCGUGUGCUCAGUCAGUGUGUUGCAGUGCUAUACUUACAGGCCAAAAACCAAUAGUUCCUUCUGCCAAUCUUAUCUUUAAAUAGACAGGGCAGGUACUUGGGAUGCCAUGUCAAUGAUGGGCAGCCAAGGGUGAGAAGCAGCGCAGGUAAAUGAAGCAAGAGAUGAGUCAUCACCCCACGGAAUUAUUAUUUCCAAGGGAGACUUAAUCCUCCAAAUGGUAGGCAGAAAGUCCUAGCAAAAUAUCAACUAGAGCUUGCUCACUUAGCUCGGAAAUAACUUUGCCAAAAUGCAACCUCGGAUUUCAAGCACUGAAGAAUACACUACUCAAGAGAACACACCAAACUGAUUGCGGCAUCUGAUUUUUAAAAGGCAGCUCUUCUAGGCAGCAGCAAAACAAAUAUUUCAGUUUUGCUUUCCAAAUGGACCAUGUGGUUCCUUCUGUAUGCUCUCUGUGAAGAGGUGUAGGCUCAGGUAACAUAAUACAACGCAAAUAUUAGAUGGCAGUUUGUUAAAACCUUGUUUGCUCUCAUAGAUUGCCCUAUACAGGAUCAAGCUGUUAUUAUUAAUGUGUGGUUUAUGCAGCCAGCAUAACUCCCUCAGAGCCUCAGGCUAUAGCCGCAUGUAGCCUGGAUCUCUGGAUGCCUUAAGGCUACUACUUGAUUUGUUUGCUUUCUGUCUGAUGCUGUAGCAGAAUUUGGACAUACUCAAUUGUUGGGAGCUGCCAGGUCUAAACUAGAAAGCCGUGGGCCUGUUCAUAGCUACUGUGCGUGGUUAGCUGUCAGGGCUUCAGCUUUGAGCAAAUCCCCUAGACGGUAAAGGGCUGAGGUUCUGGACCGACUCUGUGUACUCAGGCUAGAUGUUGACUCUUCUCAAGAGGACAGACUAUAAAAGACUUCUUCUUUAAGGUGGAAUUUUGGCUGAUCAGCCACCAUCUCUCUGGCAGGUUCCAACUUGACUGUUGUCAAUGGAUCAGUUUAAACAACAGCCCCCUUCCCCAAAUACACAUUCUCAUACACUUUGUGUUUGGGGUAUUUCCGGUACCAAAAUGCUUCCUGCAUGAUAAAAGUCCUGGAAUAUGUGGAAUUGAAACAAAAGCUAAAAUAAUUAUAAAAAGGAAGAAGUGUCACCACCAUGUCUCAGUGGGGAGCCCCUUGAAGCUGCAAAUGAGGCAGGUUGAUGCAUGUUGCAUACCUGGCAGUUCUUUAUGUUGGGAUGUAGACCUGCACGUACCUGUUCCUGCUAUGUGGUCUUCAGGCGUACUUAUGAUUUCUCCCCACCACCACUCCCCAGUACUGCAGUUCCUUCACAGACCCACACGCCUGAUGGCAACUACAGAAAAUGAAUGGUUCACCAAGGCUUCCAUUCCAGAGAUCUCUCCCUAAGUGGAGAAAUGUUCACGUCACACGUUGUCGGGGCUUAAGAAAGACGUGUUGAGACUACCGGGUGAUGCACUGCCAGAAGAUGGUUUAAUGAAAUGUAAAACAGUGACAUUUGGAGCCCUUGCAUUAUAGAAGACAGGGUAUACUUAUGUAGUUUCCCUUGUUAGAAUGAUGCAUGAAGCGUUACGUCGUAUAGAUUUUUUUUUUUUUAUGACAUGUUUUAUGGUGGUCGCAUGACCAGCGGCAACAAAUGAAAGGAAUCAUCGAGAGUUGAAACAGAGGUUAGUUUAAAGUUUUUGGAACUAUUCUGGCAGGAGGCGAAGGGUUCUUAAGCUGCUUUCUGUGAUUUGUCUGGGUUAAAUGAACUCUUGGGAUAAGAGGCAUCUCUUCACAAGACAAGCUGUACAAUAGGGCCCCAGUGGAGACGACCCAUAAUAAUAGAAUGCUGGAUUUUUUUUAAAAAAAAAAAGUUCACCAGUGAAAGCUGUAAGCAGGAUUGGUCAUAUUUGGUCAUUCUGUGCCUAGUAUAGAAUUGGGAGUAUUUCACAUUUGACAUUUUUCUUAGGCUCAGGGUCAAGCUAUACUUUACAAAUACGUGUAAUGUACAACAUCAUUUCUCGUUGUGCGUGUUUAAUUGCAGCUGAGUUAUGAGCCCAAUUUGUCAUCAGGAUUGCAGGACACAGAGAGCAGAAAUUUAUCCCUUUCUUCCCCAGCUAUGAACACCACCCACAAGCAUGGCUACAAAGCUUUUUAAAACAAACAAACAAACAAAAACAACCUUUCCUUUGCUUCAGUUUAUGGGAUUUGUCAAUAAUAGCCAUAAGGCCAGACAAAACAGCAGAGUGAUAAUAUGCAUUAAAGAGGUUGGGUAAAAAUUAUUAAUUAUUAACCAAACAAACAUGGAUCAUAAAAAUGCAUAUUCUGGGACAUCAUUUGUGAAUGAUAGAUAUCCAUUUUUAAUGGCUGAUGGUGUUAAUUAAAAAUUUAAAUUGAAAUAUCUCUUUAAACAAAACCUGGCUUUUAAUUGUGUGGAACUAUUUUGUGCUGCAGCAACAUCCAACUUUUUUACACUUAAAAAGUACCCUGCAGUUUUGUGUAAACAAUGCUUUGCUGAAAUGUAUCUAUUGUUUAAGAAUACAUCUGUGUUUUUCCAGAUGAAGUCAGCCAAGUGUUUUCAAAUCUGUUUGCAACAUGUUGUUAUUUGGAGCAAUACACAGUUGACAUAGUUGUCCGGGAGAUAUUUGGAACUGCCGUGGCAAGUCAGUUGGUCAGGGUGCUUAAGAAAAUGUGUCUUCUGAAACAAUUGCAUCCCUCUGUCUUCCUUUGUCAGUUCUGUGCUCUGCUUGAACAUAACAGGUCCUACUUUCCCACUGAAAUAAGUUUCCUAUGAUGCAAUCCUUCACUCUGUGAGAUUUGACAACAUGAAAGACAACUUAUCUAUUUUCCUAUAUUUUCUUCCUCCAAGAUAGAAUGGAGCUGGAUUGAAUAGCUCAUAAACUGCUGAAAACGCAGGAAAUGAGCUCCCUGUAUAGCUUUUAAAAUAGAUAACCCAUGUGCCCUGUGUAUAACCUCUUUUGAAUCCCAUAUCUGUGUUUAGCUUUUGAAAUAAGUGAUCCGCAGAAGUGAUAGUCAAGUUUUAGAGGGCUGCUCUGGUGCCCACUACCUCCCAGUACUUUUUCAACCCUUUCUAUUCUGAUCCAGCUGUUUGCUUAAUCCACUAUGAGCCAAAAGUUUAUACCAUUCAAGGAUCACCUGGCCGACAGAGAUGUGAAGGAAGUGACACGCUAGGUAGGAAGCAGUGAAGCCCUCUUGUGUUGUCAGCAAAGCAACAUAUAGCCUAAUAGGGUCUUUCUGGCAUAUCUAUGCCAUCAAAAAAAUUCUCUGUGAGUGGACAUCAAAAUGUGAUUCAAUAUAAGCCGUUGUGAGUGGCGCACACAGAGGCAAAAAAAACCUCCUAGCUUCACAUAUAUGCUAAUGAAGUCUGUGCUGAUGGUGACUGACCGGGAAAGGGAUUUUGGAUUCAAGGUGAAUAGGUCAAUGAAAAUGUCAACCCAGCUGUGAAAAAGGUGAAUUCCAUCUUAGGAAUCUUUAGGAAAGGGACUGGACAUUGCUGAUAUCAUAAUGCUGUUAUACAAAACUAUGGUGUACUUAGAAUACUAUUGUCAUGUUCUGGUCUGGUGCCGUAUCCCAUGGAGAAGGCCGGUGAGGUUAGAAAUUGCAGGACCACAAAUAGUAAACAACUUGCUCCAACAAAGGUUGAGGGCCGCCCGAGCCACUUUAAGCUCUUGCUCUCAGACUACCUCUCUCAGGCAUUUCUGCUAACCUUAGAUUCCUAAAGGGCCAACCCUCUGUCCUGAAGACUGGUGCUCCUCCAUUGUAUACCUUCCCAGCUGGUGUGCUGCCAGACAGUGAGGUCCUAUGCAAGGUUCCUUAGUCCAAAGGGGAGAGUCCAGAAUCUGGCCUUAAAGAUAUGUGAGGCUUAGUGGUCUCUUGAUAUCCAGCAGCAAGCUCUGGAGUCCUGUACCUGGUCUAGUUCCUUAGCAGGAGACUCUUCAGCCUCAGAGCCUUGAUUGUUUCUGAUGGGGAGCUAGAUCUGUAGCUGAUACUUUUCAAGUUCCAUCCUCUUCUUUUGCAUGUAGUUUUCAUUACAUAAGAUACUGCUCAGUUUCACAGUACCUUAAAGGCUUUCUGAAGUGGGAUCUCCUGUGUCCCUUGAAGUAAUGAGUGAAAAUAUCUUCUCUGGACCUUCUUUGUUGAGUAGUAUAUGUGAGUUUUUGUUUUGUUCGUUGGUUUAAGCAUAUGGUGGAGGAAAAAUCUCUAAAAUUUUGGCUUACAUGUUUCAAACCCUUAUACAUCUUUGUUUUGGUCAAAGUAGCAGUGAUAGUUUUUCUUAUUUUCAACGGAGCCUCAUCAAUACAACACUUUUGUUCUUCAUCACUGUCAACAAGACAAGGAGAAUUCAAUCUCAUGUUCUUUGUUGUUAUGUUCCGUUGAAUGUGAAAGCGCAUUGUACAAAUGGUUCACGGUAUUGCCUGUUUAGCAGAUGUUAUGGAAAGAACCCCUGUGAGAAAUGGGUUUUGGUGUGACAAGUUUAAAUGACUUUUUGUGGGGGUGAGAGUUCUGCAUGAUGUGGAUGUCGCAUUAAAAAGGUGUUUCUAUUCUCCUCAGGUAUCAGCAGGUUCCAUUGUGCAGUUUGAGAAAGAAAAUUUCUCCUUGUCGGCAAAAAUAGAGGAAAAACCUCUCCCUCAAGGAAACAAGCAUCUGCUACAGUGGGCCCAAAAGGAAUAUGGGGCAGUAACAUCUUUCACUGAACUCAAAAUAUCCAGAAAUGUUUACAUCAAAGUGGGUGAAGGUAAGUGUCUCCAAACUAGUAAGAUUGUACAUGGGGAAUUGAAUUGCAAUCCUGUCCGUUUUUGGGAAAGCAUUCCCCCAUACACAAUCCUUCUUCAUGUCACAGUGGCUGCAGACUCAUUAUUUGGCGUCUUCCUUCCAAUUUGCAAUUUGUGACCACCAAGGCAGAUUUCACCUUGAGCAAUUCAUACUAAAGGUAUUAUUAGUGUGAUGUCAGUCUUCAGUUAGCUACCAUAUUGCAUUGUUGCCUGCACUUUUCUGCCUGUUCAGGUCAGCUGGUCUUUCCCUUUUAUUUGUCUACUCUCACAUUUAUUCUGGAGCUUUUUCUGAUUCGCCAUUGCUCCUUCUGUCUUCCUACCAAAGCUCUGUUGCACAGAAGGAUUUCACAAAGCAUUAAUUAGUUAACAAUAGUUUGAAAUCCACUACAAUUAACUUAUUGUUUCAGUUUCAGAGCUGAAACUUUAUCUCCUUUCAACAUUUGGUAGCUCCUGGACAGUAAUCCCUUUGGUUCUCCAUUAUCCUAGACUUAAACCUUUUCAAAAAGGAGUUCCAGCUGGGAAGAAAUCUUACCGCUGAUGUAUAGCCCUUGGCAAUAAUAAUUUAUUAAGGAAAGCUGAUACAUGAUGCAUGGUUCUGAUAUAUUCAUAAAGAGUGUCCUCACAUUGUCAAGCCAAAAGCACUCAAGAUUGCUCCAACUUUGGAUCGUGUUGGCUGGGAAUCUGAUAGUAACACCUAAUUUGUACAGAAUGAAGCAAAACACUCUCAUCCCUAUUAAGACAGAGGUGUGACCCAAAGAAACUAGUAGGGUUCAGUAUACAGGUCUUGGUUGCAGGGAAGCAAGUUGGCAGCAUACAUAGAAGACAGAAGUAUCUAUUACUGUAUUUACAUUACAAAAUUCUAGUGCAUUCUCUGGCAAUUGUUCCUCCUACUGUCCUCCUAUCCAAAUCAGAUACCAUGCUAUUUACCAUUCCUUACAUACUAUGAUAGGAACUUCAAUUCAGUGCAAUAAAGAAAGCCAUUUAGCUCAGUGUUGUCUAUGCUGAUAGGCAGUAGCUCUCCAGUGUUUCCCAGCCUGGACUUGGGACAUUUUAGAUAUAGAACGUGUGGUUUACCUAGAGUUGCCAUAUUUCAAAAAGUGGAAAUCCAGUCACAAAAGUUGUUGAGAUUUUCCCGGACAUGAUUUACACCCGGACACUGUUUCUGAUGGCCGAAUCCCAGCUAUGUCCAGGAAAUCAUGGACGUUUGGCAACCCUAGAUUUACCACUGAGCUAUGAGUCUGCCCUGCAGGUUGGCUAAACGGUAUGGAAGUUAGAAAAUAUCGGCAAUAUUUGAUCUCAAAGAGUUUAAAUGAACAAUUGAAAGAAACUGAAAUGCUGUCGAGACCCUUGCUUGCUGUUGACGGUAUCAGAAGAGAUUGCCGAAACACGUAACACAAAUGCAAUAACUCUUUCUUUUUUUUAAUGAUUCACCUUAGAACCUGUGUUCCUCUUCCUGGAGAACUCGUUGGCAAGCCAUUUCUCAGUUUAACAAUAAUGACGUUACUAGUACUGGCGAAUUACAUUUGCAUGGCGUCUUUAUGUACAUUAGUUUGAGUUCAACAUGGUCAACCUUGGGAUCACUUUCCCUCAUUUGUGUGGGAGGAGUUGGCAGAAUCGCGACUGCUUUUGCAUCCCAUCUGGCAGGGUACUUAACAGAUGUUUGAGGAGUGCUCCGUCAAGCUGCGCAAAUAGAUUUCAUCUCUCAUAGUUCACAUAGAAGGAUCCUCUAGAGAAGAAGGCAAAGUGAGCAUUCAGAUACCGCUUAGUAUGGAAAGGGAUGGGGGGGGACACCCCCUGCCAUUAAUGCCUUUAUUAUACAUAUCUAUGAUGCAACUACACUUGGGAAUACUGUGUACAGAUCUGUUCGCUGAGCCUAAUAAAUAAAUGAAUUGUGAAGCUGGAAAAGGUGCAGAGAAAGGCAACCAAUCUGAUCCAGCAGCUGGAACAAUUUCCCUAGAGAAAGGAUUGUAAUGUUUGAGGCUUUUUGUUUAUUUUAAAGAAAAGGUGGUGACAUGAUAGAAUUGUAUAGAAUUGUGCGUGUUGUAGAGAAAGUGGAUAGAGGGAAGUUUACAGCCAGUCAUUCAUCAUGAUAAAAUUUUACUAUAGGUUGUGUUUUUUUUAAUAGUUAGGUGUAAAAAAGCAACAACCCACAACUGCACCAUGUUUAACUCAGAUUCUGCACCAGGAAACACAGAAUUUUGUAACUGACAUAUAUUAUUCAAAAAUUCAUGUCACAUUUUUUGUUUGUGAAAGUAUCACUUCUAAAGUAAAAAAAAAAGUGAAUGAAAUGAAAUGCUGAAACUGAAAGUAUCAAGAAAUAAACUCCUCUCGCACUGUACCGUACUUUUCGCUCCAUUGGACGCAGUUUUUCCCCUCCAAAAACUGAGGGGAAAUGUGUGUGCGUCCUAUGGAGCGAAUGCAGGCUUGUGCCAUAGCUGCGCGCAACCCCUCCGGCAGGGCGUCUUUAGCCAUGCGCAGCCUCUCCCGGCAGGGAGAGAUUGCGCGGGGCUGAAGAGGAAGCCAAAGCAGCCAGCGGGAUGUCUAAAAACUAGGUGCGCCCUAUAGUCCGGUGCGCCCAAUGUUGCGAAAAAUACGGUAAUUAUCACUGUUUUAGAAACUUGCCUUGGGACAUGAACAAUAAAACAAAAUUUGAGAUGCAAGUAGAAUUGCAUGACUUGUCAAAACACUGCUUUUACGAGGGUUUUACAGACAGCUUUUGAACAUUACUGCAAUUUAUUAUAAUUUAUUAACAUCGUAGAGGGUUAUCAGCUGUGCACAAAAGUACAGGAAGGGCUUAGAAUGUGGUUCUGACCACAGAACAGCUACUUGAGACUCUCACAGAACACUUAUAAUGAAGAAUGGGGAGAUGUGGAGCAAAAGGGAUGGGGGGCAGGUUUGGGUUUUGUUUUUUUUGGCGGGGGGUUGUUUUGUUUUUGCCUGAUUAAGCCCCUGUCUAGGAAAUGGUGUAGCCUAGGAUCCAGGGCAAGCCUGGCUUCAUCUCCACAAUCAGGAGACCAGGUAAUUGAUGUGGCUGUGAAACCAUGGUUUGACAUGGGCUUGCAAACUAUAGUUUGUUAACCAUGGUUAACUACUGCCUCCUGUAUGCGCCCUUUAUGUGCUUAGCUUAAUACAGAGGGACAAAUUAUUAUUAGAGAUGCGUCCAAAAAUCCAUUAGAGUAAGGGUGCAUUGCCCUCUGGGCACAAUUCGAAGUAGGAUUUUGCACCCUUUCUCUAUCACUUCCCUAUCAAUCCCUUCCCUGCAACCUCUUUUCCCAGGCAAGGAAAAAGGCCUUAUCUUGGGGAGGGAGUAACAAGUGAUGGAAGAUCCACUUCCACACAGGAACAGCCCCAUAAGGUCUCUGCUUUGCUGCAAAUGAUGUCCUGCUAGGUAUCUUAGUGCUUGUGGUUAGAAAACCAAAGACUAAUAAACUCCCAGGAGGAAAUUAUGCUUAACCCCAUCUCAAAGGAGGAUGGAUCUGCCUUAGAAUGAGCUCAUGCUUUUUUGAUUGUGAGGAGUUGACAUUUCUUUCUACCACCUCCCAUUUGAAGUCUUGCACCAUUCCCAAUCAACAUGGUUAAGCAUUAUUCCUGCCUUUACUGCUUUACUGCUCCUAUGGCAACGCUGAGCCAUUUUAGGCCACAUUGAAAGGAACAAUGGAAUCAAGGUAGUGCAAUGAUAGCCUUGGUGAAUGGGGAGCCCUUAAGCUGGGAUCCAGUGGGGAAGGGCACAUGGUAGCUUUAACCUUUACAAUCGUAUUUGAUCAUUAAGGAUGAUUUGUUUUAUCUCUUCUUCUUCUUUAGAUCAGUUUUUCCCUGCAACAUGCAAUAUAGAGAAGAACUUUAUUUCCUUGAACUACCUUGCGGGAUACCUGCAACCCAAGGCAGCAGAGGGAUGCAUUGUCUCCAGCAUGGAUCAAGAAAGAGAAGUUCAUAUAAUUGAACUAAUCACACCAGACUCUAACCCGUACAGGUAAAGUGCCCGUUCUCCAAGCCAAGAAUGUUGUUUAUUUCAGCCCAUCCUGCAGCUUUAAAGGAACAGAUCCUCCGUCUAUGAGAAAAGCAAAACUCCGAAAAGUUUAUUUGGCAUAAAUACUUUUAGAUUGCGGCACUUUGAAACAAAAGUUUCAAUAUGUCUGUUAUUUAGCACAUGGGGGUGUCAAAACAGGUCACAGAAUUUGUCUUCAGAUUAGAAAUCAAUGUGUCAAAUUUUAUCAAGGUCAAAGAGGCUGCUACAGGGAGGGCAAUAGCUCAGUCAGAGCGUGGUGCUGAUAGUGCCAAGAUUGCAGGUUUGAUCCCCAUAUGGGACAGCUGCAUAUUCCUGCAUUGCAGGCGGUUGGACAAUGAAGUAUCCUCGGAGUCGAGAGUGGAUUUCAUGCUCUUUGUUCAGCUCAUAGUGGUGAGGAGGAAUGGAAGUUCCCCCAGAAUGUCUGCUUUAUAUACAUUAUUUAAACAAUGGGCCCCACAUGAUUGGCUAAUUCCGGGAUUCUCCUGUAGGCCAAUCGGGUUGCGGAUUCACUUCCACCUGGAGCUGGAUUGGGUGGCUCCUGUGGACCAAUCAGACUACUGCAUUCUGGAUCCUAUUGUUCUAGGACCAAUCAGACUACUGCAUUCUGGAUCCUAUUGUUCUAGGACCAAUCAGACUGCUGCAUUCUGAAUCCUAUGGUUCUAGGACCAAUCAGACUGCUGCAUUUUGGAUCCUAUUCAACUCAGUACAUAACAGACAAGAUGAUCCUCACGGCCCUUCCAAUUCUACGAUUCUAUGGUUCUAUGAUAAAGUUGGGCUCUGACCUAAAUAUUUGAAAAGAUACCUCAUUUGAUCAUGGGCUUAUAGGUCUUGUUCAAGUGCUGCUUCACCCCCCUCCCCAUUAUCAGGAUUGCACCCUGAAAUACUCAUUAACUUCUACCUCAGCAAGUAUCGGAGGUUGGGGAACACAGGAGACCUCAUCUCACUCUUCAGGAAUAAAGGAAGGGAGGGCACUCCAGAUUUGACACAAAGUGUAAUGUGACGAGAACAGAUGCAUUUACAUUAAGCUUCUAUUAUCCUGAAGAUGAGCAGCGGGCCAAGCUAAUAACUGCGUUUUGAAAAUGUCCCAUUCUUCGUCACUGCCCAAACAUACUUUGCUUUUUUGCGCAGUCCCCAUUGUUUUCAAAGCUCAGCAGACCAGAUGCAUUUCUCUCACUUAUUAUUCCAUUUUUCCUUCCACAACAAUGCUGCCAAGCUAUAAUUUUAGGGUACAAUAGGGUGACAUGUGCUCCAAAUUAACGGAAUAAAUUGGAUAGAAACGUACAUUUAAAAUUUCCUGAAGAAAUGGGGAAAUAGCGGGGGUGGGAGAACGAGCUCCGAGUGGUUCUCUUUAACCAGCACCAAAGCAGUGGCAAUGAGCAACCAGCAACCUCUAAUUGAGAAAGCAAAGCUGCUGCUGGACAGUAAUUAUUAGCCUAAAAAGCAUUUUUGUUUCCAUUGUUAUGUAAAAUUGUUUUAGCAUGUGUGGCGUAACAGUCUGUUUUGCACAUGUUGUACCGUCUGGGAUAACCUCCAGCAUUUUAAUCAGCUGGCCAGACACUGGAAACAUGAUGGAUUGAAAGAAGGUUGAUAGCUGAAAAUUUCUGGCGUGCUGGGGCCUCACUCUUUUUUAUUUUCCACGACCAGUGCUUUCCAGGUGGAUAUCAUCAUUGACAUUCGACCAUCUCGGCCAGACACCACACUUGUCAGGGAUCUUGUACUUAUCCUCAAGUGCAGAAAGUCUGUCAACUGGGUCAUCAAGUCCCAUGAUGUGAAGGGGAAACUGGAAGCAAUUGUAAGUAGAUAUGACUUGUUGUAAGGGAGGCACGGGUGCUGUUAACAGCUCAGGCUUUUAUGUGAAGAAGUGAGCCCAUGAUAACAGACAUAUUUUCUGAGUAUCUCCUCAACUUUUGCUACUAAUCCUGGUUGUUGGUUCUCCCCACCCAACCUGGGUACUGAGUAAUGUGCUGCUCGAUUAAGAGGGUGGUGCAUUGCAUCUGUCACCAGUGCUAUUUUUCUUGAAAAAGAGAUGCCGGAACUCACCAUGAACACCUCCCUUCUUUCUCUUAUACAGUGGUACCUCAGGUUAAGUACUUAAUUCAUUCCGGAGGUCCGUUCUUAACCUGAAACUGUUCUUAACCUGAAGCACCACUUUAGCUAAUGGGGCCUCCUGCUGCCGCUGCGCCGCUGCUGCAUGAUUUCUGUUCUCAACCUGAAGCAAAGUUCUUAACCUGAGGUACUAUUUCUGGGUUAGUGGAGUCUGUAACCUGAAGCGUAUGUAACCUGAAGCGUAUGUAACCUGAGGUACCACUGUAAUGGCAAUGGCGCCCACCUGAGAGGUGCCAGGACUGAGUUCCGGCUGAAAAAGAGCCCUCUCUGUCAUUUCCAAAUGUUUCAUUGCACGCUGUUCUUCACAAGCAGAUGGAGACAGUGUUCAAAACUCCCAUUGUUCUAGGCACAUUUUGCGACAGGGAAUUUCAUUCGUGCAAGCCAUUUCUGAGCUUUGGGUGCAGUACUCCACCUAAGAUUUCAGAUUAAAAUUGCAGAGUGGAAGGAAAGGAGGACCUUUUUCUGCCUCCCCACUUCCAGCCACUUUCCGAAGACUGGAGAAGAGACCCUCUUAAGAAUAUUAGGGGGGUGGGCAGGGGAAGAACUAGACCAUGUGAAAAACGAACAUAAUAUUUUAGCUGCAGUUCAUUCAUUUUCAGCUUUGUAUUCUUGUUAUAAAAAAAGUGCACCUAGACAUUCCGUUGUUGCGCCCAUAAUCUUGGUUUAAGGAGCCAUUUAGCUCCUGGCUUUUGUAUCUCACUGGAUGAAGAUUUUCACUUUUGGUUUUCUUUAACACCUCAUUCUAGCCGAGGGUUUCUUUUAUUAAAAAAGCAAAAACGUACCCAGAGAGAUCCGAUGGGUUAAGGCAGAGCCAUGGAACCUUUCCAUUCUGGUGGGCCAAGAUUCUUAUCUUCACAAACCCCACAGGCAAAGUUUGAUGGUUGAGCAGGGACCCUGCCUGUCAUAAUGGCAUUGGUUGACAUCUACGCCUUUGAAGUUUCAUUUCAAAGCAGCUUCACACUUCACAGUUUAAUUCCUUCCGCAUCCUGUGAGCCGAUGAGCGCUGAGAGACAGCACUUUGAACUGUGUUUCCAAGCAGGUGUUUUUUGGAAACACAUGUCAAAGUGAAGGCCGCGCCUCUACCUGUCUCCUACCUGCCAUCACCUAUGAUAUCAGGGGUGGGCCAGGUAGGCAUGGUUUGAGGGAAACGGCCCCACGAGCCAAAUUAGGACCCCUUCUGGGCCUAAUUGGAUCUGCAGGGUAGAGGUUCCUCGAAUCAUAGAAGUCCAAGGGACCUAAUGACAUCAAGGAUCCCUCCACACUGCCUCUCCCCUCCCACCCUCAGUUUCUGGCAGCCACCUCUGUGUUGGGAAGCUGGGUCAGCAAUACCCCCCCCCCCAGUCCACUUCACAUUCCUGGGCCCUGCUGGCAUGCUGCCAAGUUCUGAUGUCUAUUUAUACUCUUUAAAAUGCAUUACUAAAGUGUACUGUUGCUUUGAUGCCCCGUUCAAUACUUCAUACCUUGGAAGUAUUUUACUGGCCACUGUUGGAAACUGGAUGCUAGACCUGAUGUUUGAUCAGUUCCAGCAGAGCUUCUUUUAACGUUCUUAAUUAAGUUGUGCUUCCAAUUAUUUGUUUAUUAGCUGGACCAGUUUCACUCCUCUGCAAUUUUGCUCAUGUUUUUUCACUCAGUGGAAAUGGCAGGGGUCCUGAGAGGCAAAAUUAAGUUGCCUGUAAAGAAAGUUAAAGGAGUUAAUUUGGGUUGGUUGUGCUCUGAUGUAUAGAAUCAUAGGAAAGAAUAUAGACAGGAAAGUCCCGUUUCUUUUAAGUUUUGAGGGAGCCUGUGAUCUCCAGUUUUGGCUUGACUGAGGCUGCAGCCCUUAAACAUGCUUUUGUGUGGGAUGCACCUUCAAGUACACACAAGAUCUCGCUGAAAGUUGUGAUCCGCUGCACACUUAACUUGGAGUGAGCCCCAUUGGAUGCAGUUCAACUUCAUUUCACAUGUAGGUUUGCUCUAUUGAUCACCUAUAAUUCUUAAGUACAAAAUGUACCCUGGAAGGAGCCUUGAGCCAACAGCUCAAGCAAAGGCUUACAUUGAUGCCCUUUUGGCUGAAUAAGAAAGUGUCUUAUUCAUCCCAGCCACAACUGACCGUUGCUUGAAGGUGGUGCUAUCAGCUCACCAUGUAGAACAGAGAAAACUAGGGCAAAGGCAUCAAGAAGCUGGGUAGAGAUGAAUCCAAAUUUUGAAUAGCCUUUUUUACUUUCCAAAUUUGUUUUGAUUAGCCCUAAGCAGUCCCAUCUGCAAAAAUACCAGUGGAAGAUGAGAGAUUUAAAAAGUAACAUUCCAAAUUCAAAUUAACUGCAUCUGACCCAUAGGAAAAUCCGUGUCUAGUUUGAGAAUAUGUAUUUUUAUUUUAUAUUCAAGCGUCCCAACAUUAUGGGCCAGAAUAGUGCCAGAACAUAAACAUAGACCCUGUAUGCUCCUAUUUGGAUACAUUAAAUCUUAAUGGGUCUAUAUGAAUAGAGAGGGACGCAGUUCUUUAAAACGGGCAGGUUCCAGUUAUGACAAUUAUAUUCUGAAAAAUAUUUGUUCAGCUGUUUUAUCUAACAUUUAAAAGAGAGAGAGAGAGAGGGCAGGAAAUCCGGAAAAUUUAGGGAUCGUCAUAAUCGCAGGUCAAUCCAAACUUGCCUGUUUAUUUGAAACAUGUGUAAAAAAAAUUGUAUCCAGAUUUGAGUAUUUUGGGCAGAAACAGGGCAGGCAGGCACAGCUCAAGAGCAGAAACUCCUCCUCCGCCCACUCCCCAAAACAGGAUUUGCUACCCUUUUUGUUAAUGGCUCUCCUUUCAGUACCACCUGCAGCAAACCAUUCAAACACAUAGAGUUUUCAAGAUUGCUUUGCAUCUUCUGUAGGAGCAUCAGAGGAAGCUUUCAAACAUAGGUUUUGAAUAGUUCCGUUUCUUCUUUUUCAGAUGACAAUUCAUAUUGCUAACAUUAAUUGUCACAAAAAUGCGAAUUAUUCAGUGCACAAAGAAUCAGGCAUGGCCUUUUUAGUGUUUUGCGGGUUGACCCAUGUCAUGAUUCUUAAAAAAGCAUUUUGACAUGAAAAGGGUAUCUUUUCCCUGCAGCUUUUACUCAAUAAAACUGGCUUCCAUAUUCAUCCCCCAUAGGCUACGAUUGCUGUUUACUAUGUGCUAGAAAAUACUGGCAUCUUAUGCAGUAGUAUAUACAGUGGUACCUUGGGUUACAGACGCUUCAGGUUACAUACGUUUCAGGUUACAGACUCCGCUAACCCAGAAAUAUUACCUUGGGUUAAGAGCUUUGCUUCAGGAUGAGAAAUUGUGCUCCGGUGGCGCGGCGGCAGCAGGAGGCCCCAUUAGCUAAAGUGGUGCUUCCGGUUAAGAACAGUUUCAGGUUAAGAACAGACCUCCGGAACGAAUUAAGUACUUAACCUGAGGUACCACUGUACCGUAUUUUCGCUCUAUAAGACGCACCCGCACAAGGCGCACCUAGUUUUUAGAGGAGGAAAACAAGAAAGCAACGCAAAGACUCUUGAGCGCAGCUGGAGUGCUCCUCCCUCUUUGCUCAGGAGGCUUUGCAUUGCUUUCGCUGAAGCCAGGAGAGCAAGAGGGAUUGGUGCGCACCAAUCCAUCUUGCUCUCCUGGCUUCAGGGAUAGCUGUGCAGCCUGCAUUCGCUCCAUAAGACGCACACACAUUUCCCCAUACUUUUUUUGGGGGGAGUGCAUCUUAUAGAGUGAAAAAUAUGGUAGUUUAUUGACUACUUAACAUCGCUGUAGUUAAAAUAAAUUCAGUAAUGGGCCUCCAUAUAGCCCAUGUGUGUAUGUAAGAUUGUGGAGUGUCCACACUCCUUUUUAUCCACAUCCACAAUUGCAUGCACCCCUGAAAGCCUGUCCAAGGGUGAAUGUUGCCCUUGGAACCAAAAAAAGGUUGGCCACCCCAGUGUAAAAUCAAGGGCCAGUCUAAACAUUUCAGUUGCCCAUGGAGGGCCGGUGUGAAGUUGAAACGUUUUCAGUGUAACAUUUCUAAACUCGAUUAUCUUCUGGAUGAUCUUAGAUUACCCCUGAGAUUACUGAGGGGUGCUAACUUGAAUAAAAUAUUGGAGGGAGGAGGUAAGCCCCUCCCUGCAUAGUAGAUUACAUGAUACAGUGUGUGUGUGUGUGUGUGCGCGCGUGCGCACACGCACACACACACACACACACUUGAAUGGCAAUGACCAUUAACUUUGGGUGGGCCUGGCUGAAGGGAUCUUGGCCCCAGGAGUUGGCUCCUAUGGGAGUACUGGUCCAACAACAUCUGGAGAACCCUUGACUCGUCUAGCGCAUAUUUUAGAUUUGUUACAUCCAGUAGCAGAGUAGAGGCCAUCCAUGCAAUGAGCCCCUUAACAUGUCAUGACAGCCAGUGGGACAAUCCCAACAUGGAAGUUGUUUCAAUUAGCUUUCAUGUAAUUUCCGUUACACAUCAGCCUCUACAAGCCCUGGAUAUGCUUUAGCUCUUACAGCUACUUACAGUCCUUGUUAUCCUUCCACAUUAUCAAGAACUUUUUUCCCUUAUCUAAAAAUCAUUGUAUUGAGAAGCAAUUGUGGGGGGGGGGGGAGAAAAACAGGUUGUUGUAUUUUGACAUGACGCAGUGGCUCUAAGUAAUUAUACUGUCCCAGCAAAGUGUGGGGAUUUAGCCUCAUCCAUGGCAAACUUUUCACAAUUCUGUGGUGGGAUGCCAAAUCAGUCUGCCUGGAAGAAAAGUUCGCUGCAGAAAUGAUGAAAAGAAGUUGUUGAAAGGAGUUCCUUUUCAUGUUAUUUUUUACCCCAGAAAGGGGUAAAAAUAUCAGUUUCCUGACAUAUGGUUUUACAAGACUUGGAAAAGCCUCAUCCAGAAUCCUAAUGUUAUCUCCUUUUCUGCGCAGGCAGCAAACAGUGUUGGCUUUGGAAAGGAAACGGAACGCUCGAUGGUGAUGACUAAAAACAUAUUUUCCAAUAUUCCCUCCUCUCAUGAGAGUUUGAUUACGUGGGCUUAUGACCAUGGCUACCAUCCAGUUACUUCCUAUACAAAAGCACCUGUUGCUAAUAGGUUCCAUCUACGCCUUGAGGACACGGGUAGGCUGGCUUGUAUCAAGUAUGCAGCACUUUUCUUGAACGCUUCUUGGUCCUUUUCCUCCCCUCAAGAGCCUUGGAUUCACUAAAGCCUUGAGAGUUGUAAUGGGAGAUAUGCUUUGAUCGGGAGAUACUAGGUUGAAUUAAGACUUCCAGGGAGCAGAACCCCACCUACUGGAUGCUCCAAAUUGGUGCUGGAGGCUGCAGGGGGAACGGGAAAUUGGUGAAAAUGGCUUCCAACCCCCGUUUCUCCAGUGGGAGCCUCUGCCGGAUUGAAGGCCCUUCUGCAAACAGAAGCAGCCCUUUCAUUUGCAGAGGGGCAAGUUUGGAUCUAAUCCCCUGGGAUGAAUGUUACAUUCGUGAAAUAAAGUUGCUAGCCUUGCAAUUUGAUUUUUUAGGAAGGUCACUAGCUUCAGCUAGGGACACCAAGGAUAUCUGCUACCUUCUGAAGACUUUUUUCUCGCCCCACACCCCGUCUGCUAUUUGCCCCUGAAAGUGCUGCGUGUAUUACCUUCUGGGGGCAACCAGCAGCUGCAUGGGAUCUUCGGCAAGAAAUGGCAACUCUCCCUGUUCACUGCAGUGCCAAAAUGUAUUGGAAGCCUCCCAUGCUUCUUUGUUAAGAAGGAGAAGUGGCAGGUCCUAUCAGAGUGAUCUAAUAGCAUUUUUGACAUACUGCAGGGCUUGCCAAUGUGGUGCCUGUGGGUGCGAUGGUACCCCUGAGGUCUUCCCCUGUCACCCACAAAAGUCUCUGAACCCCCCUGCCACUGCCCCUUAUUGUAAUAGAAUCACAGGUUUGGAAGGGACCUUCCAGGUUGAUCUAAUCCAACCCCCUGCAGUGCUGGAAUCUCAACUAAGGCAUCCAUGAGAUGCCUAUCCAGCCCUGCUAAAAACCUCCAAGGAAGGAGAGUCCGCCACCUUCCAAGGGAGUCCGUUCAACUGUCGAGCAGCUCAUACCGUCAGAAAGGUCUUCCUGAUGUUUAGUUAGAAUCUCCUUAAAAGUAGAUACAACUGAAGGAGCAAGUUGGAAGAGCGAUGCUGUUUCUUACUUCCUCUGACAUCUCAAUGUGUUUUCCAAGGCUCAGAUUAUUUCCACUGGAUCCAACUUUUAACCAUAUCCCUUGGGAAAGUAGUGUGUAAUCCUGCAGGGGAGACGUGAGUGGAGGAGCAGUGCACAAAACACUUACUCAGAAAUCCCAAAGCACCCACAGGCUUAAAAAGGCUGGCAACCCCUGAUGUCAUGCGUAGCUUAGCUCAGAGUCACAAGAAACUAAAGGAACAUCGUAAUGUCUCCAAAUUUCUGUCUUUCUCUAGAAGAGAUGAAUGAUGAGGAAGACCAUUUCCCACCAGAGCUGAAGGAGCUGCUGCGUGGCGUUAACCCACUGCCAGCUCCACUUGCGCCCUCAAGCGAAGGCGUUAGUUUUGACUUCCACUUCCAUCGAGAUCAUGAUGGAAACUUGCCAUCAACUGAUAUGGUGGACACAAUUAGGACCAAUCGUGGCUUUGAGCACCUCCUUCCAAAAGUCUCAGAACCAGAAGAAGUUCAGGGUAGCGUUCAUGUUGCCCUGACGGUGAAGUGUGAUGACACGUCCAUGAUUGUAGCUGUAGCAAAAGACUCACUGGAGGUUGGUAUGAUUUCUUAAUUUCACAUUGGAACAAACUAGGAUAGAGUGAUUUGACUAUUGAAUAAACUAUGGAGUGUGUUGCGUAUUAACCCCACAGUUAUAAGGGAACAUAUGGUUGACAUUAUCUGCCCAACCAGUGAUCAGUCCUCUGCUUUUGUCCCAAGGCUGUCAAAGGACUGCAUUCACUGCAGCUGGAAUUGUGAAGCAAUUGUUCCCGUUUAAGUCACAGCCAAAACUUAAAGAUGAUUAAAAUAUGCUCCAAAAUGCAUUAUCUUCUUUUCUCCCUUUGGAAAAUAAAUCAUUUAAAGUUACAGACAGUCAUCUCAGCGGACCUCUCAAUAAAAUGAAACACUGCAGUGGUGCUCUGGUGUGUUAUUUUGUGCAUACAAUACUUACCUUUCCACCAGACUGAAUAGCCUAUAAACUGACUAGUCUGCACUUUUGGAGGGCAAUAUUUUAAUACAGAAUUUUGCAAGAUGAUAAAUAAAAAUGCUUAAUAGUCAGAUUUUUAAAAAACCCAAUGCUUCAUUUAAAGCCCUGAUUUGUAGUUUGGGGUGUAAUUUUGCAUCGUGAUCUCUCCCUUUUUUAGGCUAGCGGUUACAUCGGUACACAACUCUCUCUGCUGGAUCCUACAUGUAGAGCUAAGACAAACAAGACCCAUUUUAUUUUGGAGUCAUCGCUGCAUGAUUGUGGGACUCAACGAAUAGCCUAUGCCUUGGAUAACGUGUAUCUGAACUCUGUGAGUCUAUUACAGCAGAAAUAAUUGUCUGUAUCUUGCAAUCAUAGGGUUGUUGUUGUCCUGGUGAUACUUUAUUUCUUGUAAAAAAAAAUGUAAUGAUAGAAAGGCAGGCUUAACAGCAAGAAGUCCCUGUCGUUUCAUGUAUAUGAAUGCAAUUUCAGGCAUAUUUUCUUGAGUGAUGGCUUCUCGCUUUUUUCCCUACUUUAGGAGGUAAAUAGCUUUCCACAGUAGAUAGAAAGCAAUGAACUUACAUUGAUGGAGCAUGGGCAUCCAUUUUUUUCUCUAAUGGAAUGGGAAAGCAAAAGUAGCUAGUCAUCUCUGCUUGCAUCCUCUUUCUGCCCCACUUAUUCCAGCAGAAAUGCAGAAUCCAACUUCACUGUGUUUGCCCAGCCAGAUAAACUCAACUGGGCUAAUAGGAUCUGCUUCCUAUUGUUGGGAAAGAAAGCAAGGCAAGACCUGCUAGCUGUUAUUCUGUGUUUAGAACAGAACCCACUACAUUUCAGAGACAAAUCUGGAGGGUCCAAAGUAACUACUGAUCUCCAUUUAUGUAAUGAGUAGAGAGACAGCCCAGUGUGGGGCCUUCAGAACAGAGAGAUUCUGUGCCGCGCUGGGCAUGCUUAACUGAUUUUUCAUGCUCCCAGAAGGGAGGUGAAGAGAAACAGUGCCACUUCCACAGCAGAAGUCUGGUUACCCAUCAAACAGUACAUCUUCCCCUUUUCUGCAAGAGUGCGAGAGAAGGCUGCAAAGCCAGCUGGCUUGCCUGAGCGUCUAGAGCCAAUUCUUCCAACCAGGAGAGUGGCUAUUUACAAGCCUGGAUCAAUGUUUUUGAAUCUAGUGGUGUUUAGGAUGGAAACAGACAGCUUACAUGUCUUAUAACGUCUAGUUCCUUUCUCAGGAUCAGGCUAGAUCUGUAACAGUUCUCCUAUUGCUGUUCAAGCCAGUUGUUGUUGUUGUUGUUACAUAUGAACAGUGGUUCAGUAAGUAAUAGCCUGCUUGAGGGCCUGAACUUGGCGCAUCAACCUGGCAGCUCUCAAAUAAGUUUCCAUUGUAAAGAAAAAUGUAUGGCAUGGUUACCUAGCACACACUAGUUUUUGUUAAGUGCAUUUUAAAUUACGGUUAAUAUAUGUUCAGCACCUGAAAUUUGAAUCGCAAGUUCAUAAUCUGAUUUUCCAAGUAGCUAAGCAGGUAUGCAAGAAAUCAUACGCCACUUCUAAGAUUUCUAUCUUCAGCACUAGCUUAACAUUUUCACUAUGAUCGUGAAUAGAUGUUGGCCAGCUCAGGUUAACAGAAAAGGACAUCUCUUGGCUUAUGAGAUUUCAGCACAUAGUGGCAAUUUUGGCAUAUACUGAAGGGCUUAUUGUCCAACUCAAAUACAGUGAAGGCAACCUGAUCAGACAUAACCUAGUCCAAUUUUAAAAAGAGAAAAACUCCAGAAAUCCUUUAUUUGGCCAGACCUUCUGGCUGUUGAUCUAGAGAUGUACCCAACCAAAAACCAUGGAUCAACAGGCUGUGGAAAAAUGCACAUCUGGAUCUCAAUUCAGCAGUUGCCCCGCCAUUUUUGAUGGUGGGUUAACCCAAAACAUGCCAAGACUUAAGUUUUACUCAAGAUCCAAAGCUCAGAUUUUUUUUUUCUGAGUACUGAAUCUCAGGCCAGUUUCAACACCAUCAAAGCAGAUAUAGAAUUACGCAGUAAACGCCUGAAAACAGUAGAACUGCUCCUUUGGAUAGCAACAACCCCAACAUCUGAGCAAACAGACGAAAUUGAGUUAAGGAAAAGCUGAAUAGUCAGGAAAUGCAGAGGAACGGAAUAUGUGGGGAAUGUUUGUAUGUGAAAAGUGGGCAGGAGAUGCCUAACACAGCCCAGUGUGGGAGUUGUAGCAGGAUACAGAAAUGAGAAGGAAAACUAGAAAGCAAAAGAACUAUUUUAAAGGAAGGGUUAGAAAUGUCUGUAUGUUUAAAAAGAAGAAGAACUGCCAUGUCAAAACUCUUGGCUCAGUUGUAUCUUGUGCUGAUUUACUGAAAAGUAGGGUGUAUACCAGUCCAGUCCAGUCAGCCAUUGCUUGUUAACAAUGCUGAGUACAUAGCUUUACCAGAAGCAGAGCUGGGGCUGCUGGUAUCUUCAUCUACAUACCAGUGCCCAGACUGCAAUACUUUUAUUGCUCAAGCAGGCUGCAGAUUUGGAAACAAGCUGAAGGUAUUUCCUUUUACUUGCUCCAAGCUUGCCUUUAGAGAUUCAGUGGUGGGCUUACUGGAAAGAUGGGGGUUCAAAUCCCUACAAAGUCAGUGGUGAUCUCGCACCAGUUACUACAUCACAGCCUCACUUACUGCACAGGGUGUGAGGAUAACAGGGGAGAAAUCACCUUGGAAGAGCAGGGUGCAGAUGGGUUAAACAGUAAUCCCUGUAAGGGUGCCCUGAUAACAUGAUUAGCUUUUCCCACCAGCAACGUUUCUUGAUCCAUGUUUCUGACUCAAGGGGGCAAGUGAGGUGGAACUCCUCCCUAAACAGCUUUGAUAGAACGACAAAUUUUCUACUCUUUUCUUCCUUUGUCAAAGAUUGUUAUCCAUGUGCCGUCACCAAUUGAGGCCAGUGGUUGGGCGGUUGACUAUGAAGACAUGGAAUCAGGGGAUAAUGGAUUCCCUGGGGACACUGAUGAAACAGACGUCGUCAUUUCCAGCAGGACUGAAAUUGUUCGGGUAUGUAACAAUUAUCCACAAUCUGGCUUCAUAAAGAAAAUUUGGAACAGGGACGAAACUCACUAUGAUCUUGACUUCCAGAGUGUGGAGUAAAUUGUCCCGGUGGUGCACAGGCAGUUGUGAGCUGAGACACAAACUUCUCCUGAUGUUUAUGCAGUAUAUGCCUUCAUCUACCCCCACCCAAAAAAAAAAAAACACCAGAGAAGCGCAGGAGCCAGAGGAAGCAAGCCUUUUUGCUUCCUUUUCAGAGCAGUUCUAGAGGCUUUCUGUCCAUGCCCUUCUUGCAUGGUGAGCAGUAACAACUACCCCAUGAUUUUAUCAUUUUUAAUCCUUUAUAAGCCUUUUGUCCUCUUCAUUGUGUGCCCUAAGAACCUCAAAGCAUGCCAUGAGCCCAUAUCAAUUUAGUCCUCCUUUCUGUCUCCCUUCCCUGCAAAAAAAAAAAGUUGUCCAUUGUUGGACUCUGGAGGAAAGUGAGGACCCUUAAAGUUUCUGCUUUGUUCUGUGUACAUAUAGAAUAGAUGGAGUGAUUUUCUUUUAUCAUGAAAGUCAGAAAUAGCCAUGUUAGAUUGCUGUAGAGGAGUGGGGGGGGGAUGUCAUUGUAGUACCAGGCAUGGGCAAAUUAGAGAGCCAAGCAAAACAGAAGGAAGGAAUCACUUCUGAAUCAAGCACUGGAGGAAUAGUUGGGCCUUGGCAAAAACUUUGAUUUUUCUGUUUUUGUGAACCACUAUUUAUUUCCAAAUAUUGAAAUAAACACUUCUAUAGACUGGUCUAUAUCCUUUUAUGUGAGUGUGCUGCAGCCGAUGAUUGUAUGUAUUGGCAAAACACUAUGGGUGUAAUUCAGUGUCGUGCUCCUCCAGUUGUUCUGUCUGCGCGAGCAUUGCAGCUUGCCUGGUAGAACAAUCCCACUUCUCCUCCCCCAACCCCCAUAGAGCCCAUUCCAUGGGGUGCACAGGGGAAGGAGAGGAGGAAAGCCCCAUUGCACAAGCAGAAGUCAUAGAAUCGUAGAUCAGAGUUGGAAGGGACCUUGAGGAUCUUCUAGUUCAGCCCCUUCAGUGUAGAAAAAUGCAGCUGCCCCUUAUGGGGAUCAGACCUGUGACCUUGGUGUUAUCAGCACCAUGCUCUAUCUAACUGAGCUAUUUGAAGUCCCUAUGCAAGACUUCCCUGAUGAUGAAUCCCUCUGUCCCUAUGACUGCCCCACAGCCACGAUGUUAUUUCUCCUCUCUGCAUCCUUAAUUUGUUUUGCUUGCUUUAGUUCAACUGCACAUUCCAUCAGCUGAAAGCUCCUAAAUCUCCUAAGUACUAUUCACCUGAAUCGCGCAUCGGCAACGUCACCUUCGGCAUGGAACUUUACGAAACAGGCCUCUUCCGUACUCCAACCCAAGGGUUCUUCUCCGUUGCAGAGAACGGCCAGAUUUUUGUUGAGGUAAUGAACUGUGACAGAAAUGGAAAUCCAUGAAAUGUUCUCCGAGAACAUGGGAGCUCGGCUAAGUCUGUUCUUGCCUGCCCUGAGCUGCAACUGUGCUGUCGCCUCAGGCAGACAGAUGUAUUCUCUUGCGGUUUCUGAAAAGGGAAAUUGUAGAGAUCACGAGAGAGAGAGAGAGAGAGAGAGAGAGAGAGAAUGCUUUUUGUAGCAGAGACCAAAGACUCCUCUCAGCGUGGGCAAGCAUAAUGCAAAUAUGUGUGUCACCCUCGUCGAAACCUCUGUGAAAGAGCAGCCAUUGGAGACGGUUGGCUCUUUGGCAAAGCACAAUCAAAACAUUUUUCUAACAUUAGUACAAAGAGCCAUCGGCAAAGCAUAAGAAUCCAUUUUGUUUAGCAGUGUGGCUUAAUUCCACCAGCAAGAGAGCGAUAUUAUCUGUCCCAGACCUUAAGCUGGAUUGAGAUCCAGAUAUUUAUAAUGCUGCGCUUCCCCUUUCCCUGUUGCCACUCACACCCUUGUAUCCUCAUAUCAACCCUGGGAGAUGGAUUAGGCCGAGAGUGAGAGGGACUGGGCUUUGCGGAUGUAACCAUCCCUAGUUUGGUUCUAACCAUUACACCACACUGACUCUCGUGCUCUUGAAAAGUUCUCACAACUGCACUGAGCUGGAGAGACGACAGGUACAAGGCAAUAUACCAGAUCUGGCUACGCCCACUAUGGAUUUGGGCGUGGAAGUACUUAACCAAGUAUAUGCCCUGCUCUUACUACUGUAAAGGUAAAGGGACGCCUGACCAUUAGGUCCAGUCGUGGCCGACUCUGGGGUUGCAGCACUCAUCUCGCUUUAUUGGCCGAGGGAGCCGGCGUACAGCUUCCGGGUCAUGUGGCCAGCAUGACUAAGCUGCUUCUGGCGAACCAGAGCAGCGCACGGAAACGCCGUUUACCUUCCUGCCAGAGUGAUACCUAUUUAUCUACUUGCACUUUUUGGGGUGCUUUCGAACUGCUAGGUUGGCAGGAGCAGGGACCGAGACGGGAGCUCACCCCGUCGCAGGGAUUCAAACCGCCGACCUUCUGAUUGUCAAGUCUUAGGCUCUGUGGUUUAACCCACAGCGCCACCCGCGUCCCUCUUACUACUGUACUUCCCUACAAACUGGAAGGGGCAGCAUGGGACAAGUGUGCACGUGGAACAAGUAUUUGCACUGCUGUGGUCUUGACUCGCGCUGGCUCAGUGAUGUGCCCCCUGAAUGUCUGAUGUCUCCUUCAUUUCCCAUGUCUGACUGAACAGCCCUACCCAGUCACACUACUUUUUUUAGUGCUCUCUCCUCUCUCCUCUCUUUCUCAUUAGAAAAUAAACAGAAAAGACUUGAGGGAGUCGCUGAAUGAUGGGAUUUUUACGAAUACGACUGCUGGGGGUGACAGACACUGCUAGGAUACAGUUUUGGAUUUUAGAGCUCAGAAAGAAAUGGUGGGAGGGCUCUGCCUACCUUGCAGUUGUGACCACCCUCCCAUGAUGGCCCCAGGGGUACCCUCCCAGCAGGCCCAUGAAGUGGGGCUGGGCAGCUGGGGACACUUGCCCCAGGACUCAGAAGGAUAUGUUGGUGGCCCUGCUGGGGGCCUGCCAGACUUACACUGUCAUAUUUGAGUUUACAGCUUUAUUCUAACAAGACUCCCGCCCCGGGGCUCAGACCAGCUCCACACACAAUUGUGACCUUUAUUGGAAAUCCCUUUAAAUGCCAUUAAAUGCAUUAGAAGGGAGAUAUUCACAGGAAGGACCGCUUCCACUUUUAUGUUUGGGUGCACUUUUAACUUACUAUUACUACUACUACUGCUGCUGCUGCUACUACUACUAUUAUUAUUAUUAUUAUUAUUAUUAUUAUUAUUAUUAUUAUUUGUAUACUGCCCUAUACCCACAGGUCUCAUGGAGGUUCACAGGGUAAAAUCACAACCUAAAAGCAUGAAAUAUAUAAUCAAAAUAAAAAUGUAAACAACCCAAUAAACAACCCAUUUACCUACUUGAAUUGUUUCCUCAGCUUCCAGCUAUACAAAUGAGUUCAUUUGCCAUUUGUGUAUUGCACCCUACUCCCCCCACCCCCGCUGUGGCAUUUGUAGAGUUGUGUAAUGCUGCUCUGGUACACCUCAUCCACCACUGUCUCCAGGCCCGAGAUCAGGAGCGUGUACCACUGUGUCAUGCAACUAGCAAUACUUUUGUGGGAGCAGUUGGAACGGCCCCUGGGGAGGAGCUGCAUAUUGGAUGCCCUCUGUCGCAAGAGCUCUAGUCCAUCUUGCCAUCAGCACCAACAAUUUGUUGCAUGGCAAAUGGGAUCUGCGUUCUCCCAGGCUCUGAAUAUGCUUGAAUUUUGCUGGGAAUCAGCUUCCGGCUCUGGCACAAAGAGCAGUGCCAGCGCAAUGGAGAAUGUGUGUGGAUUGUGCCCUAGGUCACAAAACUGAAGCAGCACUGAAACACACUUCAGAUGGGCCGGGUGUUUUUUAAACAGUUUGUUUUUACACUACUAAAAACGGUAAUUUCUUUUGUCAUUAUUGGAUGAAUCCCACUGACUCCAGAUCUCCAGUUGGCCCAACUGUUAGUUCGUUGGACAGAUGUUCUAAUUUUUUCAUCACCUGUCCUGGCACAAGCUCUGUUUUCGUCUUUCUACACAGUGGAAAAUUUAUAUCUGUGCCUGACAUCUGUUCCCCAUCCCACAGUGACAGAAAUUAUUUUUUUGUUUUGUUUUCAAAAUGCUAGUCUCUACAGUCAAUAAAUUGUCCGUGAUAUAAUCUGCAAGAACUCUCUGUUUCUUUCCUCUGCACAGACACUUUGAACAGAUUGGUUUUCUUUAUUUACACGCAGGGCACAUCUAAUUCACUAUCUCUGGAGUAAUGGCCUUUAAUAUGUGGUUUCCUCGGUUUCUUUUCUUUUGAGACAAUUUGAUUAUUUAAAUUUAUAACCUGAAUUGUCACAAGGGCAAAGGAUUCGUAAUAGCAAUUUUAUGUACAGUUUCUCUCUGAUGGGCCUACUCUCUGUAUGAGACAGAGCAGGAAGUUUUGGGCCAAAGUAAAAAUUUAAAAGUUAAGUCAAAUAAUAUGGAAGUAGGCCAUUGGCAGUUGCCAUUUUUUUAAAAGGACAGUAGUUUUGCCCCUUUAAUAACUGUAUGAAGGCAAAAAUCCACAGAAUGCAUACCCCAUAUUUGCCUUUCAAUGAGAGACCGUUCCAAGUAGAGGUAUAAUAGUUCCCCAUUGUAGUGUGCUACUCCAAGUAACUCUCAAACACAGAGGUAGCCAAUGUGUUCCCCUCCAGAAGAUGUUGGACUACAACUCCCAUCAGCCCCAGCCAGCAUGGCCAAGGGUCAGGGAUGAUUGGAGCUGUGGUCCAACAACAUCCAGAAGGCCCCUUAUUAGCUAUACCUGCUAUUUCAAAUGGGUCGGUCUCAUGCAGUCUUCAGGCUCUUGUUUGCCCUUAUAAGAAUACCACAUGUUUUAAUAAUAAUAAUAAACUCACCAUAAGAUUCUAACUCUUAUUGUUGCAGAGAAGUGCUUAAAGAAAACAAGGAAGCAAGUAAAUAUAGGCUGAAACCUUUUAAGUGUUAUGCACUGCCAUCCUAAGCAGCUUUACUCAAAUAAGUGCCGCUGUGCUCAAUAAGGCACACUUACUCCCUAGUUAGUGUGUUUAGGAUUGCAGCCAAAAGCUGUCAUAAUUUCUAAAACCUAUGUCUCAAGUUUCCUUGAGGAUGAAGUGGGUUUUCUCUUCAAUUUUCCAAAGUAAGAUUUUUUAUUUAUUUUUCUGAAAAACUGCCAUUUUUCGAAACAGUAGUUGGGCAUCUCAUGUGGCAUGUCAAAUACUCGUGCCAACUAGUUAUCCUUAGCAGCAACCAUCUGUCUUGUAUUCUGAUUCUGACAUAGAGCUUAAGGCUGAUUAAAUUGCCCUUUCCUCUAGGUGCUCUUCCUUGGAUGUCUAGUAUAUGAAGGUAAUUUCAUAUCCAGAGCACAUCUGGCACCAUAAUUACAAUGGUAUGGUUUCACUGUUGGGUGUAGCUCCAACACAACUGCCAUUCCUCAGGCAGUGUUGGGGUAUUUGGGGCGGUAUGGAAUCAGUUGUCAAGGCACAGUCGCUACAUUAGCACAUCACACAAAGCCAUGCUUGUUUUAACCAUGGUUUGUUAGACAACCUAGGAUAAGUCAAACUGACAAAGUGACCGUAGCUUGUUUUGCCUACGUUUGGUUUUGUUAUGUUUCUUGCCUUGCACCUCCCUAGUCAUGUGAGCCUCUGGAAAGGACCACCAAAACAAACCAGGAUUAAGCAAAGUUCUGACAUUACGUGAAGCCAUGGUUAAUGUAACCCAAAAUCCAUAACCAAUCUUCAGGCUCUGGUAUGCCGUCCACGAACAAGCCAUAGCUGACUGCGGUGGGUUUCGAUAUGGAGAUAAACCAAAAUGAAGCUAAACAAGCCAUGGCUUAGGGUUAUGUGUUACCCAGGCCAGUGCAAGGUUUGUGUGUGUCAAACACACCUAGCCUAAUCUCUGCUUUUUAUAUAUUGCUACAAUCCCUUUUAUUGGACUCCUAGCAUGAAUAAGUUUGAUUGCAUUGUGCCAUUCAAAUGUGUUUACAGACACCUUGAUUUUGAAAGAUUCUUAGUGCUAUGAAACCAUUUCAAAUGCAACAAAUUUUUAACUGUGCUUCUGCAUUCUGCUAUUUAUAAAGUGGAGAUUAGGCAAAGGUGGAUAUAUUUUCACUGGAAUUUCCAGGUGAGUCCAAGGAACAAAUGCCUAUAAGCCAAGGCUAGCAAUCUCUGAUUUACUUUUCUACUGUUAUCACACCUGCACUGCAAAGCAUUAAAAAUGUUGAUAUUUCUAAGAAAAAGCCAAAUGUAACAUAUUAAUUACAAAUUCUGUUUUCUUCCUGCUACAGAUUUCUGUGACCAAGGCUGAAAAAUCCCUGAGCUUUGCAAUCCAAACCUGCUUUAUAUCUCCACAUUCAUACCCUGAUAAGAUGUCGGAGUACACCAUUAUUGAAAACAUUUGCCCUAAAGAUGAAUCCGUAACAUUCUACAACACCCCAGCUAAUUUUCCAAUGCAAAAUGCACAAAUGGACAGAAAGCGGUUUAGCUUUAUGUUUAGGUCCGUAUUCAACACUUCCCUUCUCUUUCUUCAUUGUGAGGUGACUUUGUGCACAAAGAAAGAAAAAUAUACUCAAGAGCUGGCCAAGGUCAGUAUUUGA